AUGAAAUCAGGGCAGGGUUAUGUGGUGUGCUACGCAUUGCUUAUUUCAGAGGUAAUGUGCAGAGGCAGACAGUCAAAAAGACAAUACGUCAAUAUUACAUGUUCCUGCAAACUAGAGUUACUCAUGCCCAGAACUCCAAAUACAUGCCCUUGCACAAGCACAAUUAUUCUUUGUUGGUUUCAGUAACUGCAGAUAUUUGUAAUGAUAUGCUGAUGCUUUGUGGUGCCCCAAGCUUGCACUGUCUUGCUAGAUUAAGGACUCCAUAGAGGUAUGACUUUUUAGUAUUCACCAACACAUUGACCAAAAACAAAGCAAGGUGUGUAUUUAUUUUUACUGCAAUACUAUGAAUAUAUGUGCUGUUGUUUUUGAAUGUUUAAUUUUAUUUUGAAUAUUUCCACCUUUUUUUUUUCUCAGUUCAAUUUUGUUGGACGUAUUUUGGGACCCAGAGGACUCACUGCUAAACAGCUAGAAGCUGAAACAGGAUGUAAAAUUAUGGUCAGAGGGAAAGGCUCCAUGAGAGAUAAAAAAAAGGUAUGUUUCAAUGUUGUAAGUUUAUACAUGCUGACUUUUUAUAAACAUUCUAAAAACAUGGCUACUUUUGUAAUACAAUGCUAUAUUUAACACACGCUUAUUUUUUAAAGCAUAACAUAUAUAGAUAUAGAUCUAUAUAUCUAGCUUCAAUUUAUAAAAUUCUUGAUAUGCUGGUUUUGAACUGAACCACUAUUGUGUUGGAGAUAUUUAUCCUUUUUUCACUGAAUGAUCCUUUUGUUUUUGUUUUUCCAUUUGCUUUGAUGUUUACUAUGUUGUCACUUUUGGUAUCUGCAAAUAUUUUGAAUGUCAGUUUGAAAGCACAUGCUUUAUUGUAUUUUAAUAACACAUAUUGUCUUUCCAUAUGUUAAAGUGGCUCUGUCACUUCAAACUUACCUUACUCAAAUUGUUUCCUCCUCGCUUCCUCUUUCAGAAUCUGUUCUUCUUUCAUUUCUCCUUAAAACCGAAGACAAACUAGGGACUACUUUGUCGUCUUUAUUCUGCUUACUCCUGACAAUUGUGACAAAAGGGUGCAGCUUAAUGCAAGCUUAUCUUCCUGUCUCAAUCUAGCAAAGGGUGAAGGUUGCCUUAAGCUCCACCCUUUGUCACAAUUGCAAAGUGUAGGAAAAACACAUAGAAUAAGGUAUUCCCUAGAAACAGAUUUGAAAUAAAGAACAAAUUCUGAGAGUGGAGGAAGAAAUAAUAGAAGAAAGGUAAGUUUGGGGUAAUAGAGCCACUUUACAUUUGGUGAGUUAAAAUAUUCACAGCUUUCAUUUUCUUCCCUUUAAAAUGAAAUCGAACGUGUAAAUGCAAUGCUUGAAUUUGCUGAAGGAUAUAUGGAUUUACAUAGGGCUACACAAUGCACAUCUUUUGUGUUUGUAAACCUUUUUUACUUGCUUUGUUUAUUAAUAAUCUGAUUAUUAUAAUAGUUCUUACUAAGGUCUUUUAUUUAAAGAAUAUAUGCCAGUUAAUACACAAAAGCAUGUUUAUUCAUAAGCUAAGAAUUGUUGGGGUUUUUCACCAUAGAAUUGCAGUUUUAGGGCACAGUAGAAGAGUUGGGAAAUUUCUCCUGCUUAGCCAUGUUCACGUUGCCUGAAAUGUGUUGUAAACAUGCAGUUCUCCAUGUAUUAUUUUUUUUGAUAACCAUGAGAGUCAAGUAUAAAAAUAUCGAUUGAUAAAAUAAGAUGGCAAUAGUUCCAUAAUUUAACUCUACAGGAGAAUAUGCAUAAAAAAAUUAAAUUAAUUUCAGAAUUAAGGCCAAAAUACAUUGGCAUACACCUGAAAUGACGCAGGAUCAACUGGUCCUCUAAUCUGAAGACGUACUGCGUAUGCGCGCGGUACAUCAGUCAGAUAUAGAAAUCUGAUGGGUGUACUGUGCACACGCAGUAAAUCAAUCAGAUUUCUAUACUACAGCUUUCACUGCGUUCUAACACAAUAGAAAUAGCUGAGAUGCAGGAUUAUGGGGUGACACACUAGGGAUGGGGAGGUUAAUUGGGGUUAUAUAAUGGGGAUAGGGUGGAAUAAUGUUGUGACACACAGGGGAUGUGGGGGUUAUACACUGGGGAUGGGAGAUCUAUGGGGGUUAAUGGUGUGACACACUGGGUAUUUGGGGGUUAGUGGGGUGACAGAGGAUGUGGGGUUGUGGAGUGACAGUCAGGGGAUCACCAUCAUUAACACCCCCCCCCCAUCCCUGUGUGUCACACCAUUACCAACCCCCCCCCCCCAUCCCCAGUGUGUAACCCACAUUAACCCCCCUAUCACCAGUAUAGAACCCCCAUUACCCAUUUUAUACCUGAUGGAUGUGCCGCGGCGCAUGCGCAGUACACUCAAUCCGAUUUCUAUAUCUAAAGGAUGUGCCGCGUGCAUGCACUGUACACCCCUCAGGUUAGUGGCCCAGCUGAUCCCGCUUCAUUGGAGGUGCUAGCGCGCGGAAAUGACGUCCGUGUGGAAAUCUGAUAUAUUUUUCUGAUAGAACACCGGUGUCAUAAAUCUAUAUGUAUCAGAUUUCUAUACAGAUGUCACUUCCGGUGCACCCGCGUCAACGCAAGAUCGGCUGCACGCAUGCUGGUCUCUGGGUAUAACAUUCUGUUAGAAUUCGGACGCGGGAUCAGCUGGGCCACUAACCUGAAGAGUGUACUGUGCAUGCGCAACAUUAUCUCCCCUAUCCCCAAUAUAUAAUCCCCAUUAACCUCCCUAUCGCUAGUGUCACCCUCAUAAUCCUGCAUCUCCGCUAUUUCCAGUGUUAGUACACAGUGAAAGCUAUAGUAUAGAAAUCUGAUUGAUUGUACCGCGCGCAUGCGCAGUACACCCAUCAGAUUUAUGUCUGACGGAUGUGCCACACGCGUGCGCAGUACACUAGCCAGAUUUCUGUAUCUGGAGGGUGCACGCUGUACACCGUUAGAUUAGAGGACCAGCUGACCCGCGUCAUCGGAGGCGACGCGGGUACAGCGAAAGUGACGUCCGUAUAGAAAUCUGAUAAGUAUCUCUUUUUGCAUAUUAAAUGUUUACUCCAGCCUCCAUGACCACACACUGGUCAUAGAACAAGUGAUCUGUAUGUGCAGUGUUUUUGCUUAAAAUGCUGCAUAUACAGAUAUCUGCAUUUUCAUUGGGUCUAGUUGCACCCCUUGCACACGUGACGCAGGCAACCUAGUACUCUGUUCCAGGCUGUGUAAUGUUAGAGAUAUGCAAAAAUAACAUCUGUUCGCUGAGAUUCUUCACUUGUAGACAGAGCUAUGUGUACUCCUACUAAUGUAAAGCUUGUUGGACUGUGUGAGUACAACUCACAUGCAUACAGUCUCAAGACAAGCCUUAAUACUCCCUCUGCCAGUUGAAAGCAAGCAUGCCAUGUGUGCCUUUCAAUGUAUGAUAGAAAAGCAUUACAUUUCAUGCUUUUGUAUCUGAAAAAUCUGAUCUGCAUGCAGCAUAUGUAUCAAUGCCUCUCUGUUUAACUAUGUAUAUGUGUUUAUAUGUAUGCAUAUAUAAUAUAAUCUCAUGUUUACUUCGUUAAAUAGAUAUUCCUUAUAUAUAAAGACAAACUCUAAGGCCAUUAAGGAGCUUUAGUGUACCCACUGAUAAGAAUAUGAAUUUUUCUAGGUAUAAUAGAGAGUCAAAAUCUCUUUGCUGUCUGCUAUAGAUUAUUAAAAAAAAAAAAAUUCCCUCUUGAAAAUCAACCCUAUUCUUAAUCAAGUCAAAGGGUACACAUUUCCUAUGAUUUGGUGCUAAAGCAUUUAUCAAAGUUGAGCAUAUAUUUAAAAAACAAAAGUAAUGCCCCAUCUUCCCACCAUUUUUUUAAUUUUAUUUUUUUAUUUAUUUCUGUCUGCAGCAGUUUCUGUUUUGCUGCCAAAUUAUCGAUGCAUGAGUGUCUACGUAUAAAAAUAUAGUUGCAUAUGACAUCACGGUGUAUAUCUGUACAGGAAGUGGUGGCUUUUUUUAAUUUUAUUUUAUUAUAGAAAAGCAAAAGGGAAUGCCCAAUUUCCAAAGAGAUUAUAUAUAUAUAUAUAUAUAUAUAUAUAUAUAUAUUAUAUAUAAAAAUACAUUAGGUUUAUUACAAAAACGUGUAGAAUAUACAACAUGAUCUAGUCGACAUUUCAGUCCACGUGGACAGUCCUUCGUGGACUGAAACGUCGACUAGAUCAUGUUGUAUAUUCGUUUUUGUAAUAAACCUAAUGUAUUUUUUCUAAGGAAGACCUCUGGAGUGCACUCGUUUUUUAUGGAGAUAGAUAGAUAGAUAGAUAGAUAUAUAUAGAUAUAUAUAGAUAUAUAUAUAGAUAUAUAUAUAUAUAUAUAUAUAUAUAUAUAUAUAUUCUUUUCUUUUUAUAUUUCUUUGUUUUAUAAAAAUUAUAUAUAUAUAUAUAUAUAUAUAUUUUUUUUUUUUUUUUUUUUUUAAAUAUAUAAAAGCAAAAGGGAAUGCCCAAUUUUUAUAAAAUUUUUAUCUACACAGUAUCUUAACACACACGUAUUGUUUUAUUGUAGUUUGUUUGUGGCGGAGUAUUUACACUACACUAACUGUAGCAAUUUUUUCCCUGUUUUGACAUGCUUCAUUCAGGCUGUUACCAAUAUACUGGAAUGCAGUAUGUUGGCACUAAAUAAGGUAAGUACUCUGGGUUGAUAUUUGUUUUCAAUUUAGAAAGUACUAGAAUUGAAUGAUUACAAUCCUAUGUUUAUUAUGUUUUACGUGAUUUUGCUCUUUUAGUAACUGCAAGAGUUUUUUGUUUUUUUUAAGCAUAAGAAGGUGGUGGACACACUAUUAGAGCAAAUAGACUUUAUUCCAUUAUUUCAGAAUAUUCACAUUGCACCCAAAAUGUUUUGAAAAUGAACCCUCUAAUGGUUUCAAGGUUUCUGUAUAGAUAUGGAAUGCCCUACUUGGUUAGCAGUAAAUGUGAAUGCCAUUCCAUUUUAGAAUUCGGUAUUAAAAAUAUUCAAUCCUAGACUGUGUCCAUGCACGCCUAAGUAAACCUUUCAUCCUCUUGUGUCUGCUAACAUUUGCUCACUUCCAUAAAUGCAGAAUUAUUGUUUUGAAUAUAUGAAACGUUGAUGGUAAAACUUGAUUAUAUCUGAGUGAAGUUGGUUAAGGUUUGCUUAUUAUUCGUGUUCAAAGGAAUAAUAUUCCACAAUAACCUUAAUAUACAACACUUUUCGAUUGCCAUACAUUUAUUGGACUGUGCUACCAUUGAGCUGCCCUUUCUUAUUCAAAAUGUUAUCCUGAAAAUCUGCAUUAAGGUCCUCAGGAUCACCAUAAUGAUUAGUACUCUGUAAAGAUGAAUAAAUAAAUUAAUAAAAUUAAAUUGACUGUUAUGCAAUGUAUUUUGAUAGACAAAUGGCAAUCAAUGUGAGGUUGGUGCAGAAGUAAUAUGAGCUGAUGAGGUAGUUUUGAAGUGAUGAAAAGGAAAGCAAUUUGGCUGGAAGCUGCUAUGUUAAGUUGUGAUUUUACCUUAAGGCUUAGAAAAACAGACGAUGAAUGUCUUAAUUUUCUGACAGUGUUUAUAGCCCUGAGUUAACAAAAAAGCCAGGACCCAGCGUGUGGUUCAGCUGUGUAUGCCCUCAAAACUGCAUCUUUCAGGCCUUGCUUACUGGCUCAAAUAUCCUCUGAACUCCACAGAGUAAUUUUGCUUUUCCUGACAUUUAAAUGUCAGCCAUGUGAAGAAACAACUGUGACAGUUUAACCAUUGUUUUUAUUGGGUUUUUAUUUUGAGGCUUUAAUAUGGCUAAGUUUAAUACGGAUAAGUUAAUUUGUUUAAAAAAAACAAAAAACCUUGAAACUUCAUGAUGAUUUAGUAACCUUUUAGUUAACAUUUUUGGUGGCAUACAGGUGGCAGAUGUAGAACAGUCCCCUCUGGCACACAUGGAUAAAGGUGGCAGUCUUGUUUGUAUACUGAAAGGGAUUUUCAUGACCAUUGUUUCAUCAAAUGCACAUGACUCAGGAAUUAUAAUUAUAUAUGUUCCAAGUACUUAUUUGCUUAGCUACUAAAAAUUUCGAUUUCCUUAACUCAGGGAUGCAUAAUAUCGAUUUGAGGGGAGACCAGAUGACUGGCUGAAAUGCUUACCGGGGUCUCAGUGCCAUCUAAUGUUAAUGAGAUGGGUUGUGCUUGAAUUUUGGAAGCGAUCUUUCUGAUGUCUGUUUGCUGUCUGCUGGAUGAAAGUGGUAGAAUUCAGACUAUGGUCUAUCUGAUACCCCUUUAAGCACGGUGAGCAAGGGAACCAUGUCUGGAUUACCCCUUUUAAUUUGGGGUGUGACAAGUUAAUGCAUUGCAACAUGUUCACUGUGCCUAGAGGGGUAUCUGCUACACCUCUCUGACAAGGCACAAAGUAGGCCGAAACGAUUGUCCGUGGUUGCCAUAGCUCUCAUGCAUAGAGAACUUGCCUGCAUUUCUGUUAACUACCCUUAUCGGUGUGGUCAGCCUGUUAUGCCUUGAAACUGGUUCUCUUUGUAAUGGCACAACAAGUGAGCAAAAACCAUUUUUACUUGAGCAGAGAUUUACUGAAGGGCAAGUGUCACGAGCCUAGGCUAUAGGCCCAGCCAAGACAGUGGGGAGAGUGUGGAAGUGACAGGGUUAAUGACACCAGACCCCUGGUUACCUGUUGUUAGUCCCAGCAACCACUCAAUUAACCCCUGCAAUCCCUUCUACACUAACCCCCUAGUACACACUUUACUGCCACCACCAAGACUUUUAAACCCGGGCGUCUUAAGUUAUCCCACACACAGGACUAUUAUAGAAUCACAGUUCUACUUUUACUGAUCAAACACAUAUAAUUAACCCUUUUUGGUAAAGUGUUUACCUGAGCUUUCCUCUGGAGAGUGAAGCUCAUAGAGAACAGAGACACAAGCUGAUUAAGUAAACAUUUAAUCUGACAAAAAAAUUCACAGUGCUGAGUACAAAAUACAGAAAUAAAUUACAUACAGAUAACAAAUAGCAAAACAGUACAUAAAAUAAAAUAGGAGAAAACACAAGAAAUUCCUUACAUAUAUCUACCCCAUAUAGAAUUCUUGUGGGAGUCUUAGAUGGUAUAGGUCUCCUAGAAGUUGCUGACCAAAGAAUAAAAAUGAUGAACUCCCUGGAUAGUCCAGCACCCUUGUUAAUCUAUCUAAACUAGUUGUUGCUCAGUGUGCAGACCGCUGGGGAGGGGGUGUAUCAGGGGGAGUUGGUCUGGCAGUUUAUUACCCACUCUAUGCAAUUCCUUGUGUCCAGCUCUGGUGAUGGCUAUCUAGAUGUUUUAUGGUCUAAGCCUGGUGCCAGAUCAGAGACCACAAUUAAUGUCAUCCCAAGGUUUACAAAAAACAACUCUUUACAUAUAUCAAUACAUCAAACACCAACUCAUGCUUUUGGCAUGACAGCAAGCCAAUGAGUUGUUCUAAGCUUUUGUUUGUUCUCAGUUCUCAAACUCUGUUUUUUGACCCAGGUUUGGUAUUGGGAAUUUUAGAUUAGCAAACCAAAGCUCGGGGGUUGAGGAGUGUUGCCAGUUGAUGAUUUAUUAUUCGUUUUAACCCAAAAUGUUUUUGCUCCACUUUUACAAUUACAAGUGAUAAUAUAAAUAUAUUUUCUUUGGGGUCAGAUUAUUGCGAUCAGAAAUAUUAUGUUGACUCUUUUUAGUGCAUUUUCAUACUGAUAAACAGAGUUACAAUAUAGACCAAAAACCUAGCCAAAUUAUUUUGAUGCAUUCCUUGUUUUCACAGUGCCUGCUGCAGAAUUUAUAUCACAAUGUGAGCUUUUGUUAUUUACUUUAUUUAUAUAAAAUGAAUUUAUCCAGGAAUAAUGCAUGAACCUUGCUGUACAAUUCCACAGGGAGUAGUAAUGCAAUGGACGAAGCGCUCUGGUUCUGCUGGGUAUACAAAUAUCAGAGGAAGCCUAAUUUUGUAGCAACUGAGAGAAACUGUUCUUGUCCCUCUGAGCAUUAGUGAUUGACUUCUCAAUCAGUUUAUGAAGUAAAGUGCUACAACUCUUCAGAAUAUUUAUAUUCUCAAAGUGUUUGCAAACAUUCAUGUAUUCAUUGUUUUGUGCAAAUGGGUUCGUUUGGCCUGUGAAUUUAGAUUUAUUAACUUGAGUAUUCUGUACUUUGGAAUAAAGGUUUAAUUGUAUUUAUUGCUUGUUAGUAAUAUCUGAAUGGAAAAUAAAUGAACACUAUAGGGUCAGGAACACAAACAUGUAUUUUCAAUCCUAUAGUGUUACAAACAUCACAAAGUUACACAUCACAAUUAACUCUAUAAUAUCUUAAUACUUAUAAACACAUGAAAUAAAAUUAUUUACAGUUAAAUCAUUAAAAUGUUGCUGUCCUAAAGUGGCACAAUGUAUGCGCUUGAUGUAACAUUUGUGUACACAAGAUACCCAUGUAUUCACAUGCAUAUAUAUAUGCAAAGCUCUGUGAUCUUGUUUGAGCUUGGCCUUCUUCACAUCUUGUCUGUUAUCACCAUGUCAGUAUUCGUUUUGUUUUGUUUUAAUACACUGCAGAAUAUUAAUAUUAAUAAAGUGUAGUAUUCGAACAUGCCACAGACAGGAAACUGACCAGCCUGCGACUACAUUAUGAAUUUGUUUAACUUGCCACUGUCCCCAAGACAGAAAUCACUGCAAUGAUUUCUUCUUACCCAGCUGUUUUCUAAAAGAAAGUAUUGAAACAUCGAGCGUGCUUGGACAACAUGAAUGCCACAUGUGGCAAUUUCCUUGCUACUAGGGCAAACUUAAAAAUGAAACUAUGUUCAACCUGUGGUGCCACUUUAAUCAUAGGAAUACAUUUCUCAGAGGAAAUGAGAGUUCAGGCAGUGACAGAACUUAUUUUAGAAGAGUAUUAUCUAUGGAAAAAUAAAAAUCUAUAUGUAAAAUUUUCUUUAGUGUUUUUUUUUUGUGUGAAAAACUUAUACCUUUUCCUGUCACAUUAAGAAUUCUAAAAAUUAAAUUUAAUUGUACCCCAUGUUGUUUUACAGUGAUGAUACAUGCAUAAAAACAUUAAGUACAUUAUUGAUGAACAAGUAAAUUUUUUUUUAAAUUGUGCUUACAACAGACCUAUUUACAAGGUAGCCCUGAUCAGUUAAAGCGAAAAAAAAAAAAAAAGUUCAAUACACUUAUCUCAAACAACCUGUGGGCCCAUAAAAUAGAUUGCAACAUACAUCUAUACACAGGAUCAGUUAAUUACCCAUGUCUAAUUAAAUAAAUUUGGAGUUCCAGCAAAAAAGAAAGUCCAUUUUAUCAGUGGAUGCUGUUAAUUAGACUUUUUAAAUUAAGUCUUGAUUAGAUUUCAGUCAGCUCAGUUACUACACAUCUGAGUACCAUCCAUUUCUAUUGUUGAACAAGAUAGUUUCAUUUUUUUUCCUCUUUCAACCAUGAUAUUGGUAAAAUGUUAAGCAUUUUCAUCAAGAAGCAUGUGUCCUUUAUCAAGAGAUGCUCCUAACCUCUCCAAAUCCUUUUACAAAGAGCUUUGAUUCUUAGAGAUUUUAUCAAUCUUGGUGUGACAAGAAGUCAUUAGCAGUUUUUGGGUUUGUCUGUAUGCUCCCAGACUUGGAAUCAAACUUUAACUGUUAACGUUACUUCAGUCUGCAUCUGCUUCUAAUUUUGUUUUAUUUCCUGGUUUGAACACCAAAAUAAAAAUUUGAGUUGCUCCCCUGCAUGUGCUAAACUUUAAAAAAAAAUGCUGCCAAUGUCUAGGUAAAAUCACAAGCAGAUCGCUAUAUUAAGCACAUUUACAUGACAUUGAUUUCUUUCUACUCCAAGAUGGAGGCUGCAAGUAUAAAUGCAGGAGUCCUUCAUUUAUAAUACUGUACACUGCAUCAUUUGUGCUUGGGAGACUAUACAAGUUCUAGAUUUUAUAGCACGUCAUUAGCAUUUUGUAUUGCCGUAAUGUAAUUUCAGUUUAUUUGAAAAAAUAAAAAUAUUCUAUUUUAAAACCAUACAUUUUGUACCAAUACAGAUGUAAUGUUUUUUGUACACUGCCUCCAUUUUUUUUUUUUCUUUUUUCCUGACUGUUGCAAUUCAGAGUUGAGGAAACUUACCAAGGUUUAAGUAUUUAGGAGCCCACAAGAUCUUGCUUCCUUUUGUAUGUAUGAAGGGGAGGGGAUUUACCCCAAUACAAAUUUCCUGCUUGCCAUAGUGCCGUGUAUUUGACACAUUCCUUAAUCCCACCACCACAUCACAUUUCAGGAGGAACUAUUUAGCAAAGUACUGUGUGUCAGUACAGGGAGCAGACACAGCUCCUCUAUUCUACAAAUCUCCUCCAUUACUAAUGUAGUCUAAACAUAUGCAUAAAUAGGAGGAAUAGAAAUAGUUGUAUGCACAUUUUCCAUACCAAAGUAAAGAUGAAAAUGGCACUUGAUGGGUGUUAUCUAGGUUGUUGGUACUGUUUGAAUUUGUUGUUGUAGAGGCCAUCAAGUUAUUGUUUGGGUGUGGAACGAAAAUGAUUGUCAAUGCUAUGUAUAGUAUAGUUUUCAUUAAAGAAACACUCACAUUAGGAAUACAAAUACACUAUAGUAUCCUGUUUCCUUUCUAGGUCCCCCGCUCCCUCCCAAAUGCAUUGUAUACACCAAGCGUGUCAAACUCAAAGUGUGGCAUGGGCCCCAUAAACAAGGUUUAAGUUUAUGUGGGACAGACAGACAUGGACAAACAGACACGGACACACUUUUCUUUAUUGCUCCCUACCUUAUGGAGCCGAAGUGGGGCUUCUCCCUGGGGGUCCUUCCUGCUCCUCACGCACGUGGUUUAGUGAUGCCGAAAUAUGACGUCAUAUUCCGGCGCCCGGCUUCACUUAAGUGAGGAGCUGGAACACUGAGCUCCCUCGCGGCCCUCCUUCCCGGUCGGGUAAAUGUUAGCAGAGUAGGCACCUGCAAUAUGGGAUGCCUACUCUGCUAUAACAGUGAGCAUGCACUCGCCGGGCCGCAAAGAUGGUCCUUGUGUGCCGCAUGUGGCCCGCGAGUUUGACAUGCCUGGUAUUCACUGAUCAAACCAACUGCCUAAUAUCGUGUAGAUUCCCCUUGUGCCAAAACCACUAUGCAUCAAGGCAUGGACUCCACAAGACCUCAGAACAUGUCCUGUGGAGUCUGGCACCAAGGCAUUAGCUGGUUUUAUAAGCCAGGGGUGCCCAAAAGGUAGGUGCUCAGGUGUUUUAAAACUACAGCUUCAAUGAUGCUUUGUCAUUCAAAAAUCAUUAUAAAGCCAUGCAAGGCAUAAUGGGAGCUGUAAUUCAGCAACAUCUGAGGAUCUACCUUUUUGGUACCCCUGCAUUAGCCAUACAAGUUGCAAGAUGAGGCUCCAUGGAUUGGAUUUGUUGUUUACAGCACUUCCCACAGAUGCUCAAUCACAUUAGGACCUGGGGAAUUUGGAGGCCAAGGCAGCAUCUUGAACUUUGUCGUGCUCCUCAAACUAUUCCUGAACAGUUUUUUUGCAGUGUGGCAGAGUGCAUUAGCAAACUGAAAGAGGUCACUACCAUCAGGGAACUACAUUGCCAUGAUGAGUAGGUAGGUAGCACAUGUCAAAGUAACCUCCACGUGAGUGCCAGGACCCCAUGUUUCCCAGCAGAGCAUAACACUGUCUCCACUGGCCUACUUUUUUCCCAUAGUUCGUCUUGCUGCCUUCUCUUCCCUAGGUAAACAAUGUACAUACAUCCGGCUAUCCACCUGAUGUAAAAUAAAACUUUAUUCACCAAACUAGGAAAUAUUCUUCCAUUGCUCCAUGAUCCAGUUCUGACGCUCACACCCCCAUUGAAAGCUUUCAGCAGUGGACAGGUGUCAGCGUAGGCACUCUGACCAGUCUGUGGCAAUGCAGCUCCCCAUGCAGCAAACUGCAAUGUACUGCGUUUUGAUACCUUUCUAUCAUGGUCAACAUUUGGUUUUUCAGCACUUUGCGCUACAGUAGCUCUUCUGUGGCAUCUGACCAGACCAGCUAGCCUUGACUACCCUUGUCCACCAGUGAGCAUUGGACUCCCAAGACAAUGAUGCCAGUUCACUAGUUGUCCUUCCUUGCACCAUUUUUGGUAGGUACUAACCACUGCAUUUUGGGAACACAAGACUUGAUUUUUUUUUUUUUUUGAAGAUGCUGUGGCAGAGUUGUUUAGCCAUCACUAUUUGGCCACUCAGAUCUUUUCGGUUGCCCAUUUUUUCUGCUUUCUACACAUGAAAUUCAAGAACUGACUGUUCUCUUGCUGUCUCAUAUAUCUCAAGUCUUGACAGUUGCCCUUUGUAACAAUAUAAUAAAUGUUAUUCACUUUACCAGUCUGUAGUUUUAAUGUUGUGACUAAACAGUUUGACAUUUGGGUUAUCUGGAUGCCCCUGUGGUGGUUUCGAUGACAUGUGCAGUGUUGGUGCCAUAUGAGCUUAUGGUGUCAAGGGGUGAUUGUGUGCUCUGACGGAUGUGAUACUAUGUGUUUAACCUGGACAGAUUGAGAUGGAAAUAUACAGUGCUGUAUGAUGGGUAAUACACUGUCUGGUCCAUGAAGGUGGUUAAUGGGUUAUGUGUUGUCUGUAACAGAGGUUCUACAUUGUGUAAUUGAGCUUUAUGGGAGCUGUAAUGGUUUAUAUGGUUUUAUAUGGUUUAUAAUAGUUCAUAUAAGCUGGUUUGUUUAAAAAAAAAAAAUAAAAAAAAAAAAUAUAUAUAUAUAUAUAAAAAAAUAUAUAAAUAUAUAUAUAUAUUCUGACCAAUAUUUUUCCCAGUUCUGAGGCCGAACUCUGAGAUUUAGUAAUGGCCCUAUUUGAAGAUAUUUUAGCAAUUCUUAGUGCUAGUCACAAUAACUUAAAAUGUGUAAAUGUUCUACUUAUUUGUAGUUUUGUUUUAAAAAAAAAAAAGGAAAGUUUUAUUUUAAACUAAACUACUCUAUUCAGUUUAAAACAAACUUGCCAAUAUGCUAAAAUCUGCCAUCCCCACUUCUUUUUCCUUGCAGAUUCUACUAAUUCUAUAAAAAAAAAUUCCAUUCAUUGGCGGCUUAGUUUUGGGGCUCUUUUUGAAAGUCUGAUAUCAACACCGCUCAAGUGACAUUUUUCUUUAAUUUGUUUCAGGAAGUAACACAUGGUAAUGUUGCGAAACAAUGUACACAGAUGCCUUAGUGAGGAAGUGAAAAUGCUGACCAAUUAAGUUGUUUUGAGAAUCACAGUGGCAGUCUCUUGCAGCUGGGAUACUGUUUCAAAUGUGACAUAGAUGUCUUUGUGUAGUAGAAAGAAGCUCUGAUUUUAGAAAGGAAAGUGAUUUGUAUUAAUAGUAGCGAGUAUUAAAGUCUACCAUUUCAUAGUUUGUCAAAGUAAUGCAUUCACUGCAUAGGGUUCUUUUGUAUGCCAGUUGAACGCUGUGGCCAUGUCCUGUCUGCGGUGUUUAGAAUUUGAAGCCAAAAUUUGUAAACGUUGGGGUGUGAUCUUCAGCAAAUGAAUGCUCACUUUAGUUGAUGCAUCAAUCAACUUUAAUAGAAACUUCGUAGUACAUGAAUGUGUGGGAGCAGAAUUAUAUUUUUAAAACAUUUACCUGCUUCUGACGAAGGGUGUAUUUCUUUUCCAAACUUUUUUUUUUUUAAAUAUAUUUUUAUUGGCAUGUACUGUGCACACAGAGAGAAAAACAAAACAGUGAGACUCGCAGGUCUCCGCUAUUGGCAUGUAGUGUGUACACCGAGAGAAUGCCAAAACAUUGAGACUCGCAUGUCUCCGCUAACUUAGCAAAUACCAUAGCCCUCAUGUACUGUAUGAUAUCAGGCAGUGCGAGAUUUGGUUUCUGGUUGUGAGAGCGGUCUUUGAUCGGGUGCGCAGGCCCGUAUUAUGUGUGGACUUUCAGUUCCUUCGUCGUGUGAUUGUUCCGAGGGUGUAGUCGUUUAUUUGGUGAUCUUCUUGAAUUAUUUAACCAUGUGUCUUGCUCUUCAUCAUUUACGCUCUAUCUAAAAUAGUUUUAUACAGUUGCAUGUUCAAUUGGGCUCGCAGGCCCGCAAUUUCGUCGGACUCUCAGGUCCCUUGUGGGUGGUGCGUGUGCGUAUGUCCCUGUUACGUAUGCCUGUCUGUGAGAAUGUCGCGUAACAGCCCGAGUCCUGUGGUCCGCGUCUCUCGUCCCCACCCCUCUUUGGAGUGCCCUGUUUAGGUGGGGUAGUCUCCUCGUCUACUUGUCAGGGCUUCCCUUGUCUUUUUUGGUGUUUUGUGGGCCCUCUAGUAUUGGUGAGCCAUUGGUGCUGGGGGUAGGUCCGCCCCUAUAUGGCUGUCUUCCCUGCUCCUCUCUGGUUUUGUGGCCUCCUAUAGCUAACUGCGUGGUGGUAUUUAUGUCAUGUUAGUGAAUUCGGGGUCCGUUGUCUUCAGGAUCCAAUGUGUCCAAGUGUUGAGGUACACUUGGAAUGUAUCGUGAGCUUUGUGGUGAAGUUCCUCUAGGGAUCUCAAUUCUUCCAUUUGUGUGAACCAGACUCUCAAGGGGGGGUGACCUGUUUUUUCCAAUACUGUGGUAUUAUCAAUUUAGCCGUGUUUAUGAUGCAGUUUGUGCGCGAUUUCUUAUACGCUGUUCUUGGGGUUUUAGUGUGAUGUAAGAGCAUGACUGCUGGGCUGAAUGGGACUGGUUCAUCUGUAAACUUUGCCAGUAUUCUGUGAAUAUCUGACCAGAAUGGGGCUAUCUGUUUGCACUCCCACCAAAUGUGUAAGAGUGUGCCUCUAUCUUCCCCGCAUCUCCAACACUGUGGGGGGUGGGAUGGGAUUCGGGCAUGUAGUGUCUCAGGGGUGUGGUACCAGUGCGUCAGUAGUUUAUAUGCCGUUUCCUGUGUCCUGCUGUAGCUAGAGCAGUGAUGUGUAAGAUAGCAAAUUUUUUCCCAUUCCGCCUUGUCAAAGACCUGGCCCAGUGCCGACUCUCACUUCCCCAUGAACCGUGGUUGGGCAAUUGGUGUGAGUGUUAUUAGUAGAGUGUACAGUGCGGACAUUCCGUGUGCUAGUGGAUUGGGAUCCAGGCAUAGAUUCUCAAAAGGAGUAGUGGCCCUAUGUAGUACCGGUCCCUGCGGGAGGGACGUAAUGUAACUCUGAAUCUGUUUGUAUUUGAGGUGCAUCAGGAAAGUUUGUUCUGUGUUCCCCCUAAGGUCCUUGAGUGUCUUUAUGCCGUCGGUGGUUUGUAUGUGUCUGAGUCUGGGUAAUGGGUCCUGUAUUAGGUCUUUGAACGCUUUCGGGUCCAUUCCUGGUGGGAACUCUGGGUUGUGUGUCAGGGGUAUUAGUGGUGUCGGGUGUGAUGUUAGGCCGUGUCUCCCUUUUGAGCGGUUCCAUUCCCGUAAGGUCGCUCUCGUGUAAGGGGACCGAGUCUCGUCCCCUGUCUGGACCCCUGGCGGCAUCCACAGUAGGACUGCGACAGGGACGCCCGCCUCAUGUUCCUCUACCUGCUUCCACUGUUUUUGUGUUCCCGUUUUGGUCCAUUCCAUGAUUCUCAUAAGAUGGCAGGCCCUAUAGUAGAGGUUGAAGUCUGGCAAUGCCAGUCCUCCCCUGUCUUUUGGUUGUGUGAGUAGUGUGUGGCGUAGCCUGGGCUUUUUCCCAUUCCAGACAUAUUUGGUGAGGGCCGUGCGUAACGUGGUGAAGUACGCUCUGGGGACUGUUAUGGGUAUGGUUUGGAAUAAGUAGAGGAGGCGCGGCAGGAAGUUCAUCUUCACCACUUGUAUCCUGCCUAACCAAGAAAUGUGUGGGUAUGCCCACUCCUGCAUCUCCAAGCGCAUCCUCUCAUGCAUUACCGUGAAGUUUUCUUUAUAGAGAUCCCCUUCCCGCUUUGUUAGCCAGAUGCCUAGAUAUUUAAUUUUAUGUGUUGCCCAUUGGAAGGAAUAGUGUUGGCAUAAAAGUUCCGCCCUACGUUCUGGGACGUUAAUGUUAAGUAUAAAUGAUUUGGAGAGGUUUAUUUUAAAAUUGGAGAGUCUACCGAAGUCCUGAAAUGCCUUCAGUAUAUUGGGGAGAGAGAUUUCUGGGUUGGUUACGUAAAACAGCAAGUCAUCAGCAUACGCUGCUGCUUUGUGGUGUGUCGUCCCCGUCUGCAACCCCGUGAUGUCCGGGUUGUUCCUAAUGGCCACCAGCAGGGGCUCCAGGGCUAGGACGAAAAGGAACGGGGACAAGGGGCACCCCUGGCGUGUGCCGUUUUGUAUGUCAAACGGCUCUGUCAGGGCACCGUUAACUACCACCUGCGCGGAAGGUUGCUGGUAUAACACCUCUAUCCAUCCCCUGAUACCAGGGCCCAGGCCGAGGUGAGUUAAGGUCUGGAAAAGGUAUCUCCAUCCGACCCUAUCGAAGGCCUUCUCCGCGUCCGUGGAUAGCAGGAGAAGGCCUUCCGUGGCCCGCCGUCUCCCGUGUAUCAGUGUGAGGGUGCGUAUAGUGUUGUCGCGUGCCUCUCUCCCCAUCACAAACCCCACCUGAUCAGGGUGUAUCAGGUUGGGCACAUGCGUCUGCAGUCUAGUCGCAAGGAUUUUGGCUAAUAGUUUUAGGUCGCUAUUUAUGAGCGAGAUGGGGCGGUAAUUUCCACACUGCUCCCUGUCCCUGCCCUCCUUAGGGAGUACUGUGAUGUGUGCUGUCUGGGAUUGCCUAGGGAGGUGGUGUCCUUCUUUGAUGGCAUGGAAUGUCAGUGUGAGUGGGGUGUAUAGUAUGUCUGCAUAUGCCUUAUAAUAGCAGAGCGGCAGGCCAUUUGCAGCAAAGGCAUCAGCAGCUCUGGCCCAGUACAAUGUCAAGAUGUAUUGUAGCCAACUGGGCAGAGAGCUGUUCCUCAGACACUUUGCUGGGCUAAGGACCCCAGUUUGUGCAAUAUGUGCAGCAACCAAGCAUUCUGACAAUUUCUGUCCAGUUUCAUAUGACACUAUCCCUACCAUGGCCAUCCCAGGCACUACGAGGGUAGAGGAGCAGGGCAAGGAUAAAUUGGGCUGUCCGAUAGUAUACCUGGGCAAGUCACAGAUAUGCAAUAACUUUAAUGUAGGUGCUUGUGCUUAUAGUGCCUGUCGACUGUUACACAUUUGCUCUCAUUGUUUCAAGGCACACGCAAAAGCUACGUGCCCAAAUAAAUUGCAUCAUAAACCCUAUUUCACAUCGGUUAAUGUUGGUGUUCUAGCUAAUCUGCUGUCCACUCAUCCUUAUAAACAUCUCCUUGAGUUUUGAUAGCGGGUUUUACCCACGGUUUCCACACAGGCCUUAUUUACAUGCCAGCGGGGACUUGGGAAUGUAAUAACCUACAAUCAGCCAUAGUCAGUAGAGAUGUUAUUACAAAUAGAAUGGGAGAAAGGGUUUGUAUUACGGCCAUUCAGAGCCUCCUUUUUCUAACUAACUCUAUUGGCCUGGUCACGGGAAAAAACACGACUAAGCAGAGAUUGAUCAUAGAUCUCUCUGCACCACAUUCCUCUGUAGUUCCUAGCCUUAGCUCUCUGAACCCCUCUGAAGAGUUCUCAGUGCAGUACACUACAGUUGACGAUGCAGUUGAAGCUAUAUUGGCUGGCAUUGGGGCUUGGCUUAGCAAGACUGACAUCAUAAAUGCAUUUAAGUUACUCCAUCAUUAUGGCACCUGCAUGGCAUUAAAAGGAACACUAUAGGAUCAGGAACACAAACAUAUAUUCCUGACCCUAUAGUGUUAAAACCAACAUCUAGCCCCCCUUGGCCCCUCAUGCCUCCCUAAAUAUAGUAAAAUCUUAAUUAAAAGUGGUGAUUUUUAGGAGAUCAAUGUCAAUCUAGCUGUCAGUGAGGCUUGCUUCCUCCUUCGGUUAGCUCAGCUGAGUGGCAAGUGUGCUGCUCUACUUGAGCACAUCUGCCUUUUCUUCACAGUUAGUCUUCACAGACCUCACAACAGGUAAGCGUUCUUCCUUUACACCGUUGCAGUGCACACACAUGCAAGCAGGUGUGCUUGGGCAUCGAAUGAUAGAUUGAUAUGUUUUUUUUUCCCUCAAUAGAGACUAUACAUUUAUUCCGGAGAAGUAGGGGAUGGUUUGCAAAGGUUGCAGUCAUAUGAACUGCAUAAUUUCUAAGUCGUUAUUAGAUAUACCCUAGUGGCUGCAUGCAUAAUUAAAUGCAUGAAUUUAUUCAUUGGUGGUAUAUCUACUAAAUAGAUAAUUUGAAUUGCUAUUAAAAAAAAAAAAAAAAAAUUUAAAAAAAAUCACACUGUGGAUUAAUCCUUUAAGCUUAAAUAGUUCUAGAUUACCACAUUGUCGCAGCUCUUGGUGUCUCUUGAGAAGUGCAGUGUUGGAAGCAAAGACAAUGGUUGCUAACAAGCCUUGUGUAUAUACUAAAGGAAGCUUCCCUGAUUGGUUGCAAUUUGAAGUUUUCAAGUAUUGUUUUUAUGUAAGCUAUUAGCAUGCUUAAUUGCUAUGCAAUCAGAAAGAAAUAAACAAUUUCUACUUAAAACUGCAAAAUGAAAGGCAAUCAUCUAAACAAAAAAGGAAACUUCUCAUAUGUAAGCAUACUUGAAUAUUGGCAUUAUUUUCUUUUUUUGUGCUUAAUUAUAGGUGGCUGUUUGAGCACUGAAUUCAUGAAUGUGACCCUGAAACAUCAGCCAGGCUUUGUUGUUUCUGAGUACUGGCAUUGAGAGAACUUAGCAGCAUUGUGUGUUUCACUGAUAAUGGUUAGUGCCAGAAUAGCUGUUAAUUAGCUACUUUUGUUUGAUGUGGAAAGUACUGGGUUCCAUAUUCCUUUUCCCACUAGCUUCGAUAUUCAGUUGAAACCUGUAUCUGAGAAGAUGCUUGUUUCUCUCUUGCCUCCCUGCUCGGAUGCUAAGUAAAGUUAAAGGUUUUUUUUUGGGGGGGGGGUUUCUCGAGUAAUUUUUGUGAAAAUGUCCGUUCAUUGUUUGUAAUAUUUUGACACUGUUAGACUGAUGGGUACCUCAAGAGAACCUAUGUUUCUUGCCAAAACGUUAAAUAAAUCCAGGCAAGCACACAUUUUAUUACUGCCUAUCAAAUACUUACAACAAAUUAAGUUUUUGGAAAGAAAAAAAAUCCGCAACCAGAACUGUCUCAAACGUCUGUGAUUCUGGUGAAAUAACACAAUAGCAAAAGGGUUUGCACCCUUUUAACCAAAAUAGCCAAGUUGCUAAAAUAGGGGAGAAUUGUUCCAGUUUGGCUGUUUUGGCUACAUGAUGGCAUUCCCUUGUUCUCUGUAAUGUUUAUAGCUCCAUAUGUGUUUAGGUAAACUAAUGCACAAUUUAUCCAUUGGUCCUACAGAUCCUAGAGGUGCUAAAAUGUAUAGUAAAUCAUAAUUCCAAAAAAUGAAGCAACUCAAAGUGGGCUCAGUUUGCGUGUUUAUGGAGUUUCUUUAUUGUGCACGUGGAUCCCCACAUAGAAAAGUAAGGCUAGGAACCCUCUAAGAGACAGUUUCUGGUGAAAAGUACAAUAUAGGAACCCAGAUGUCUUCAUCUCAUUGAAGUGGUCUGGGUGCUUUGGUCUUGUCAUUUUAGCCCUGCAGCUGCAAACAUUGCAGUUUCAGAGAAACUGCAAUGUUUGCAUUACAGGAUUAAAGGGACACUAUAGUCACCUGAACAACUUUAGCUUAAUGAAGCAGUUUUGGUGUAUAGAACAUGCCCCUGCAGCCUCACUGCUCAAUCCUCUGCCAUUUAGGAGUUAAAUCCCUUUGUUUAUGAACCCUAGUCACACCUCCCUGCAUGUGACUUGCACAGCCUUCCAUAAACACUUCCUGUAAAGAGAGCCCUAUUUAGGCUUUCUUUAUUGCAAGUUCUGUUUAAUUAAGAUUUUCUUAUCCCCUGCUAUGUUAAUAGCUUGCUAGACCCUCCUGUAUGUGAAUAAAGUUCAAUUUAGAGAUUGAGAUACAAUUUUUUUAAGGUAAAUUACAUCUGUUUGAAAGUGAAAUCAGUUUUUUAUUUCAUGCAGGCUCUGUCAAUCAGAGCCAGGGAAGGUGUGACUAGGGCUGCAUAAACAGAAACAAAGUGAUUUAACUCCUAAAUAACAGUCAAUUGAGCAGUGAAAUGAUCUAUACACUAAAACUGCUUUAUUUAGCUAAAGUAAUUUAGGUGACUAUAGUGUUCCUCAAGCCUGCCUCUUAUGGGUUUCUACCAUACAGCCACUAGAGGUGCUUCCUGACCUUUAAAUUAUUUGAAUUAGACAAUAUUUUCUAUGCACUUAUUUUAAACUAAAUUUGGCUGUUCCAUUUUCAGUUCGCUGUAUUGUGAAUAAAGCAUAAACUGCGGAUUCACAGCCCUCCUCCCACCUUGCAGUGUGAAGUAUUAAGUACUUUGCAUUUGUAUUAUUGAUUCUUUGAAUAAGGAAAAAGCCCCUGUAAUUCACAGAAACCUUGGUUUGGACUUUCAUGUAAUAAAAGGUCUGAUUACAGAAGUUAAACAACUGAAGUGGCCUUUAACAACCUAGCAUACAAGUUACCUUUCAUUUCUAUAAAAUGCGAGCGCUUGGCAAUAGCUGCUACUUUUGCCGUAAUGUUCAGUAAUUAAUUUUAUCUUAUUGUGAUUACACAGUGACUUCAUGUGGAGGUAAUUCACUAGCGGCAAUUCAAAGCUCAGGAUUGCUAUAUUUCAGCAGGUAGCCUUCAAUGUUCCUAUUUAUCUUUUGAAAACCUCUUCUGUAUCAUCAUGUAGGUUAAGUACAUCUGCGAGGGAACUUCAUGUAACAGCCUAAUAAUGCCGAAGCAUACUUCAUAAUUGAUCGGGCCUCAUGAGGAGUUACACCCUGCAGAAUUAUGAUAGUGUACACUAUUUGUAGUGAUUAUGAAGCUGCCCAGUAAGAUUUUAUAACAUUAAACAGUACUAUGUGUAGCAUGUAAAUUAAGUUUAGACAUGAUGUGCACAUACUGCAAAUAGAAGGCAUAUGGAAUAACUUUUUCCUUGGUUGAAACCACAUUUUUGCUGUAGUCAACAAAAUGUCACGAUUGAAUACGACUUCGUAAAAGCAGCAGUGUAAUGCUGAUUAUUUAAUGUGAAAAUUGUUUUUUUGUUGGUUUUAUCUGAAGAGACGCGCGCACACAAACAGUUUCCUUUUUGCAUAAGCAGAGAGAAUGACUGUGCAUUUGUGCACAAUACUCACAGUAUAUAUAGAGUUAAGUAAAGUAUUUUAAAAUGCUAUAGCAGUCUUUAUCAAAUGAGUGAGUGUGUGUCGGUCUGUCAGUGAGUGGUUCUCUGUCUCAGUGAGUGUCAGUCAGUCAUGGUCUCUGUUUAGGUGAUCGGGUCCCCUCCAAUCACUUGGGAAAGUUGUUUAUUCACCUUUUCCCCCAUACUGUGCCGAUCUCGCGGUGGCUGGCUCCACCUCCAUGGCUGAGAUCACUAAGAAACAUCUCUAGUGCCCGUCUGAGUGACUGUCACUAGAGUUGUCACUGGGCAGCAAUGUAAGCACUGCCUUUUCUCUGAGAAGCCUUCAGGGACGGGCUGCAAACACCAGAACCACUACAUUAAGCUGGUUCUGGUGACUAUAGUGUCCUUUUAAGAAUAUUUUUGUUGUUGAAAAUAAUGCUUUGUUUAAAAACAAACUGGUUCCUACAUUUUUUUUUAAUUUUUUUAAAUUUUUUUUUAAAUGCUGGUUCCUACAUUCCAAGCAAAUUUGUCAAAUUCUAAAGUACAUGAUUUUCAACUUGUACUUUACAAAACAGUUUUUGUAUACAUUAUACUAAAUCUAUCAGAUUGCUUUAUGACAAAAAAAAAGCUAAAACUAAAAAGGUUUAUACUCUAUUUGGAUAUUGAAGGAGUUAAAGUCAACAGGCAUUAAUUAGAACAAGUACUAUUUCCACAAAGUUGUUGACUAUUUGCACUUGAUGUUACCUGUGUACGUUUCUGUUAUUAUAUUGGCAUAACAAUGUCAAAACAGGGUAUGCAGUCCAAGCAAAAUGAAAGUAGCACACCACAAUUUACCCAUUGAAGUGGUUUGGGUGCAGUGUCCCAUCACACAUUUUUAAUAAACUGCAAUAAUUACCUGCUAUGGUUAACUCCUCCUCUAGUGGCCACUAGAGGGACUUCCGUGUCUUUAGGCGCCUAAAUGAUGCUGGACGUCCUCACGCUAUGCAUGAGUACUUCCCGCGUCACCAGAAUUGCCAUAGUAAAGCAUUGAAUAAUAGCAUUGCCGCGUAUGUGCAUUAGGUCUCUCUCCUGCCGGUUGAUGCUGGGGAGGAGUUAAGGCGGACUCGAGCCAACGCCAAGGGACAUCAGUGCUGGACCCAGGUGAAGGAACUGGGGGGAGGAGGGGGCUUGACAGAGGAGGAAGCUAUAGUGCAGCGGUAGACAACCUUGGGCACCCCAGAUGUUGUGGAUUACAUCCCCCCCAUAAUGCUGGCAAAGCAUCAUGGGAGGUGUAGUCCAAAACAUCUGGAGCGCCGAAGAUUGCCUAUGCCUACAAUAGUGCAAGGAAAAAGUGUUUUCCUGGCACUAUAGUUUCCAUUUAACUAGAUUUCUAUGUAUUCUAUAUUACAGAGAGGUUGUAAUAAAGCACAAAAUGAACUACUCCCCUAAGACCAUGCAGUGGUGUAGAAAGGAAAGGGUUAUUAAAUAAAUUAAAUGCAGUUUAUUUUUUAUUUUUGCUUCUGAAAUUCAUGUUGACCAUUUUAUUUUCAUUGCUAAAUAAUUUAAAUGUAUAUUAGAAGCUUGUUAAUAUUAACAUUUUGCCUAAGAAACAGAAAGCAGUAUGCAUGGACCACUAAAAUUAACUUCUAUUUUUCAUCUGUAAAAUAUCUCUUGUUCUAAUAUUGUAGUUCUUCCAAUAAAUGUGCCUUUUUUUAUUUUAGUCUUGUAUUGCUGAGUGAUGGCUACAGUUUUGACAGAUGCAGAUGAAUCCCGGGUCAGACUUGUACACUAUAAAGAUUAAAAUAAAAUGGAUAACAUUUAAAGAAAACAUCAAUCUCUUUCAGUAGCAUGCCGUGUUACAUACAGAGAAUACUAAUGAAAGGCAGCACAGUCACAUUAAUGGUAUUUACAUUUCAGCAGGACAUACACAUAUCCUGUGUAAAUGAUGGCUAUAGCUGGUACACGCCUUUAUAAUUUUCCCAUUCACACAUAAUGAGACAUGUUUUUUGUUUUUAUUUUUGUCUAAUUGUCUUUUAGCUCUCUAUAUAAUCUUCAACAGUAAAUUGCUUUUCAAAAUGUUUUCUUCAGUUGAUGGCAGGAUUUUUUUUAUUUUUCAGGGCUUUUUUUGUUGUUGCUUUAUCUUUCAUGUUUUGGUAGGAAAAGUAGUUUGCCCUCCCACCUCCUGGACAGCAUCCAUUUUUUAAGCUGCAUUCUUAGUGAGCUGUCCAGGAGGUGGGAGGGUCUGCUGCUGAUUGACUGGAAUGUGUCUGCUGACUGUGAGGUACAGGGUCAAAGUUUACUCAAUGAUGAGUCCGCGGCGAACCGUUUGGGACAUCACUACUCUUAAAACCUAUGGUGUCAAUUUGUUUCUGCUCUAAUUUAAAGGUUGGCUUUUUUUUUUUUUUUUUUAAAUAAUCCCGCUCUCAUUAAAUAAUGGUUCUUAACCACAGGGCAAAUGAAAAUUAGAUUGCUGCCAAGUGACUCAAAUCUUUAAUAUAAUGCAAAUUUAUAUAAGGCCUGUUUUGUGUAUUGCAUGUAGUAUUAAAAUAUUACAACAAUAUCGUCCGUAAAAGUGCAGUUCAUGUGUGAAAAAUGCAAAAAAGUCACUUUUACUAAAAAUAUCAUCGUUUUAAUUCAAUUUACCAUUUUGAAACACUAAUAUUUGUGUUGAGCAAAGUCUCCUGAGUAAAACAGUACCCCCCAUGUACAGGUUUUAUGGUGUUGGAAAGUUACAGGGUUAAAUAUAGUGCUUGCGAAUCAAAUUCUCUGCGAUUUCUGCCUGGGUUGUCAGGCAUGUCAAUCAAAUUUUAAUUAAUAAAAUAACAUAAUUAUGUUAAAAGAUUACUUAAAUAUACAUAUAUGUAUUUAAAUUGUACGUGUAUACUUUUGUAAUCUUUAAUGUAAAUAUAUAUUUAUAUAUAUAUAUACAUAUGUGUAUAUAUAUACACAUAUGUUUGCAGUUAUUUGUAUUUGAUAUAUAGAAUGUAAUUCUAAGUGUAUUUUGUUACAUAUAUAUAUAUAUAUAUAUAUAAACAAAAUAGUUAGAAUGAAAUUACAUGUGUAUCUAAUUUUCAUUUAAAAAAAAAAUUGUUUAAUAUUGUAAUUAUAUGUGUAUAUAUAUUAAUAUAAUAUGUACAGUUGCAAGAAAAAGUAUGUGAACCCUUUGGAAUUAUAUGGAUUUCUGCACAAAUUAGUCAUAAAAUGUGAUCUGAUCAUCAUCUAAGUCUCAACAAAAGACAAUCACAGUCUGCUUAAACUAAUAACACACAAAGAAUGAAAUGUUGCCAUGUUUUUAUUGAACACACCAUGUAAACAUUCACAGUGCAGGUGGAAAAAGUAUGUGAAUCCCUAGACUAAUGACAUCUCCAAGAGCUAAUUGGCGUGAGAGGUCAGCCAACUGGAGGCUAAUCAAUGAGAUGAGAUUGGAGGUGUUGGUUACAGCUGCCCUGCCCUAUAAAAAACACACACCCGUUCUGGGUUUGCUUUUCACAAGAAGCAUUGCCUGAUGUGAAUGAUGCCUUGCACAAAAGAGCUCUCAGAAGACCCACGAUUAAGAAUUGUUGACUUGCAUAAAGCUGGAAAGGGUUAUAAAAGUAUCUCCAAAAGCCUUGCUGUUCAUCAGUCCACGGUAAGACAAAUUGUCUAUAAAUGGAGACAGUUUAGCACUGCUGCUACUCUCCCUAGGAGAGGCCGUCCUGUAAAGAUGACUGCAAGAGCACAGCGCAGACUGCUCAAUGAGGUGAAGAAGAAUCCUAGAGUGUCCGCUAAAGACUUACAAAAGUCACUGACAAAUGCUAACAUCCCUGUUAGCGAAUCUACAAUACGUAAAACACAAAAAAAGGAUGGAUUUCAUGGGAGGAUACCACAGAGGAAGCCACUGCUGUCCAAACAAAAUAUUGCUGCACGUUUACAGUUUGCACAAGAGCACCUGGAUGUUCCACAGCAGUACUGGCAAAAUAUUCUGUGGACAGAUGAAACCAAAGUUGAGUUGUUUGGAAGAAACACACAACACUAUGUGUGGCGAAAAAAAGGCACAGCACACCAACAUCAAAACCUCAUCCCAACUGUGAAGUAUGGUGGUGGGGGCAUCAUGGUUUGGGGCUGCUUUGCUGCAUCAGGGCCUGGACGGAUUGCUAUCAUCGAAGGAAAAAUUAAUUCCCAAGUUUAUCAAGACAUUUUGCAGGAGAACUUAAGGCCAUCUGUCUACCAGCUGAAGCUCAACAGAAGAUGGGUGUUGCAACAGGACAAUGACCCAAAGCAUAGAAGUAAAUCAAUAACAGAAUGGCUUAAACAGAAGAAAAUACGCCUUCUGAAGUGGCCCAGUCAGAGUCCUGACCUCCACCCAUUUGAGAUGCUGUGGCAUGACCUCAAGAAAGUGAUUCACACCAGACAUCCCAAGAAUAUUGCUGAACUGAAACAGUUCUGUAAAGAAGAAUGGUCAAGAAUUACUCCUGACCGUUGUGCACGUCUGAUCUGCAACUACAGGAAACGUUUGGUUGAAGUUAUUGCUGCAAAAGGAGGUUCAACCAGUUAUUAAAUCCAAGGGUUCACAUACUUUUUCCACCUGCACUGUGAAUGUUCACAUGGUGUGUUCAAUAAAAACAUGGCAACAUUUCAUUCUUUGUGUGUUAUUGGUUUAAGCAGACUGUGAUUGUCUAUUGUUGUGACAAUUUUAUGACCAAUUUGUCCAGAAAUCCAUAUCAUUCCAAAGGGUUCGCAUACCUAUUCUUGCAACUGUAUAUCUUAUAUAUAUGUAACUUCAUUCUAAGUGUAUUUUAAUACUAAUAUAUGUACUUUUUUUUUUUUUUUUACACUACCCACCAGCAGGGGGCCAUGUGAUCUUUUUUUGAGUGCGAUCACAUGGCUCCCGGGGGCCUAAUUUGCCGCGGGAUGGCUGCCUGGACUGUCGGGCAGUCCUCCCGAAGAGGAUUGCGGUGGAGGUAAGUACCGCAGACCUCCUGGGGGCUUAAGCAGUUACGGCAUUCUAUGCCGCCUCAGCGGCUUUAAAGCCCAUUAGAAUGGGGACAACAUCGAACGCCGAAACGGCGUUAAGGGGUUAACAAUCUUGCAAUGUGUUGAUUCCCCUUUACAUUAAAUACAAUUGUACCUAGUAUACAUUGACCUUUCAAUGUAUACUUUUUGCCUGCUAUAUCAUCUUUAAUUCAAGCUAAAUACGGGGUUGUAGAUUUCUACAUUUAUUUAAAAUUUUCAUACAUCUCAAAAACACUUAAAUCAUAUAUAGGGGAUAAGUAAACCUUUAAAAUUCUGGAAAGUGAUGUCUCCGCUUUAAGAAAUAUUGUUGUAAUGUAUAAACUAUUUCUAUUUAUAGUGAUUAAUUCAGCUUUAAAAAAGAGGAACAAGACCAUGACUGGAAAUAACUAGUACUGUUUCAGUUACUUAGCAGUCGGAUAGCCUCUUGCAUGACUUUUUUUUUUUUUUUUUUUUUUAAAUGCAUUGCAGUAAUCUUAAAUUAAACAAAGAACAUUUUGAAAUGGUGGCCUGAUUUUCCUUACUGGGCAUACUUUGCUACACUACUUCCACUUUGUGAACUCUUGCCAUUAGAAGCACAGUAGGUGCAAAAGUCUUUGCUAAUUUCUCUGGCUAUAAAUGCACAAUUAAAACCAUGGAUCAGCAGGGGUCAGGACAAUCAGUGUGUACCAACACAGAGUGUUAAAGAAUUGCUGCUGCUGUUCAAACAGAUAAUUAGUGUAUCAUUUGAAACCUGUUUUCUGCACAGGCCAAUGACUUAUAAUGCUUUUAGCUAAUUACAUGAGGGGAAAAAACUUGUAUAGAGUAACAUUUUAUACUAAUUUACUGGAGUAUCUUGAAUAUACAUUUGACAUCGAUGGAAUUUUUGUGGUUAUUUGAAUUACUCAUAUUUGGAUUCUUUUGUUGCUGAUCCAACUAAACAAAAAUAAUGUAGCACAUGAUUCCGAUUUAUUUUUGUAGACUUAAAUCCAGAUUUUUUUAUUUUUUUUUACACAUUCUCAAUCUUUAAAUUCUAAUCCCUACAAAAAAUAAACUGUAGGGGAGACAGACCGCUUUAAAGUGAACCUGUCAUAACGGAUAUAGGUUAGCAAUUUUCUAAUCUGCCUUGACUCAUGUCAGACAAGAAGUGUUUCUUUAAUACUAUUAAAAACUAAUUUUCUCUCUCCACUCAUAUUUACUGUCCCGCCUUUUCACCCUUCUCCCCUCUUUAUCCCCUGUAUGUAGAGGGGAGGAAGGGUGGGGGAAAUUAGGAGAAUGUUCGAAACACUAGAAUAAGAAAAAUACUUUCUUUCCCUUUCUUGCUUUUUCUCUCUCCUCUUUCUUGAUUUCCCCAUGAUCACCUAUAUUUAUAGAGGAGGGUUGGGGAGAGAGUAAGAAUUGUCGAAUUACCAGAGUUAGUGGAAUAAUAAGACAAUAUCAUCUUAUAGCAUACUCCGUAGAAAAUCUGACCACUCUUAUCUUCAUAUAUAGAUGUGUAAAGCGCUACGGAAUAUGUUGGCGCUAUAUAAAUGAUGAUAAUAAUAAUAAUAAUAAUAAUAAUGAAGAUUUAAAAGACGCAGUUGGCCAGACAACGGACAACCGGGUCUUGAUUUUCCAAAUGAAUUGGAUGUUAGCAGCAUUUACUGCUAUAUGUAUGGUUUUAGAUGUAUGUGUAAAGGUUUUUUUGUAUGUAAACAUAAAAAAAAAAAAAAAAUCUAGAAAGAUCUAUCCUUCCUCUAAUGGAAAUUCUUAAAGGACCACUCUAGGCACCCAGACCACUUCAGCUUAAUGAAGUGGUCUGGGUGCCAGGUCCUUCUAGGGUUAACCCAUUUUUUUAUAAACAUAGCAGUUUCAGAGAAACUGCUAUGUUUAUGAAUGGGUUAAGCCUUCCCCCUAAUCCUCUAGUGGCUGUCUCAUUGACAGCCACUAGAGGCGCUUGCGUGCUUCUCACUGUGAUUUUCACAGUGAGAGCACGCAAGCGUCCAUAGGAAAGCAUUGUAAAUGCUUUCCUAUGCGACGGGCUGAAUGCGCGCGCAGCUCUUGCCGCGCGUGCGCAAUCAGCCCAGGAGGAGGAGAGGAGGCAGAGAGCUCCCCGCCCAGCGCUGGAAAAAGGUAAGUUUUUAACCCUUUCCCCUUUCCAGAGCCGGGCGGGACCCUCAGGGCACUAAACGAGUAUGUUUUCCUGGCACUAUAGUGGUCCUUUAAGUCAGAAUUUAUAAUAAUGCGUAGUAAGAGAUCAUAUCUGAAAAAUUGUAAAAAUGUUAUCAUUAAAGGCUCAAGGUCUAAAUACACCUUUCGAGAUCUUGCCUUUUUGAGUUUUUGAGAAAAGAACGUAUACAAAUAACUCUGCUUCCAGAAAAUCUCUGGUUGAAAGAAGAUAUAAAAAGGUUUCUGCCAAAUAAAUUCUUGAUAAAAAAAAAAAAUGUGUAUAUGUGUAACAAAAAAAAUAAAUCUAGAUUUCCAAGUAAUAUCAGGAAAUAGACCAAGAAGCACAAUAUAUAAUACCUGUAUGUAAAAUACAAGAUCAGCUUUAUACCAUCACAAACCCAUAUGCCUCAAAUAAUCAAAGUAGAAAAUUUAUGGGAAAAUUAUCAAAAAUGGAAUUUUAAUAAUGUACUGAAUCCUGAAAUAGGAUAUCAAAGAGUAGAAUACUCCCCCACCCCCAACCCCUAAAAUAAAAAUACGAAUGAGUCAGUACAGUUUUCUUAAGUAAUAAAAAUCAUAAUUUUUUUAGGCAUAUGGAGAAUAGAUCACCCAAAAUAGACUACACUUGCUAUCAAGCCUAUUCUAGAAUUGAUCUAUUCUUGGGUAAUAAACUAUAUAAUAGUGUAAAAGUAUAAAAAUACAGGAAAUAUCAUGCUCCGAUCAUAACACAGUGAUUUUAGAAUUAAUUCUAAAUACCCCCAGUGUAAAAAGAACAAAGUGGGGCAUGAAUGAUUAUAUCUUAAAUAAUAAGGAAGUAAAAUCAAUAAAAGAAAAAAAUCAAGGAGUAUUUCUUACAUAAUAAAAACGAAGUAUCGGCACCAAUGCUUUGGUCCGCAUUUAAGUCAGUGAUUAGAGGCCACUUAAUAAAGCUGGGAGCACAAAAUAAAGAAAAAUCCUUUAUUACUUUUGGAUCUUUAUAUAAUGUUAAGUAGAAAAAAUAAGGAAAAUCCUACUGUCGCUUAAUCUAAGAAAAUGGGACAUAAGAAAACAAUGAUUUCUUAAGAAUACAACAGCUAGGAACCUGGAAUAUUUAAAAACCAAAUGGUAUUACAAAGGCAAUAGAGCGGAUAAAAUGUUGACCAAUAAAGUAAAAGGAAAAAAAAAUACAAAUUAUAUACACAGAAUCACAACAGAAAAUGGUUCUCCGUUAACUCCACAAAAAAUAGAAGCAUUUAAUCUUUAUCAAAAGUUAUACAAUGCCCCAAAUUUGAAUCAUAAUUUAGAAGUUCUCACUAACAAAAUGAAAACUCUAUGAAAAGAACAAUUUAAAUGAAAUAAAUGUCCCCUUUACAGUGCAAGACAUAUUGUUGCCUUUCGACUCACAAAAAAUUAAUAAAACACCAGGACCGGUUGGUUUCCCAAACCUGUUUUAUAAAACUUUCAAAAUUAGAUUAUUAAUGAAAUGUCUAAUGCUUUUAACGAAAUGGUGAAACAAAAAUCUUUACCAGAAGAAAUGUUAUAUGCAAAUAUUGUACCUAUAUUAAAACCAGAUUUAGUGUCAAGUUAUCGACCAAUUUCGUUGAUCAAUUUAGACACAAAAAUAUACACAUCAAUAUUAGCUUACAUAAUAGAAAAAAUAACAAGCUUACUACAUCCAGACCAAACAGGAUUAAUUUAAAACUAAAUCAUAUUCUAAUAAUAUUAGAAAAAUUAUUGAUAUAUUAGACAAAGCUGAGAGAUCAGGACUCCCAUUGCUGGCCCUGUCUUUAGAUGCUGAAAAAGCAUUUGACAGGGUCAGCUGGGACUUCCUAAAUUUUUUUUAGUAUUAACUGUGGAUUUACAGGAUGGAUUUUUGCUGCAAUAUGGGCCCUGUACACAAGUCCCAAGACGAGGAGGGUGGUGGGGGGAGGGAAUAUCCUCUGAUUGGUUUAGGGUAACCAAUGGCACGAGGCAGGGAUGUCCCCUUUCCUCGCUGUUGUAUUUAUUAUCUAUCGAGUCUUUAGCCAACGAUAUAAAAAAUAACCAAAAAUAAAAGGUUUUAGAAGCAUUAAAAAUGAAUACAAAAUCUCACUAUUCGCGGAAUGAUGUAAUUUUAUCAAUAGACAAUCCAAUUACAUCACUUAGAGAAUGUGAGAACUAUUGAAAAUUAUAGCGAAAUUUCAAAUGAUAAAUUAAACAUUGAAAAAUCAUCAAUAGUUGGUGGGAAAAAAAAAACUGAAGCAAAAAGAGAAAUAAAGAACACUUGUGAUUUUAAAUGGGUCAAAAAAGAAUAAUCAUAUUUGGUAAUAAAACUAACAUCCCCAAAAGAUAGUCGAGGCUAAUGUAUUGACCUUAAUUAAACAAAUGAAUAGGCAACUCAAACAACUUAAAAUUCUGAAAUAUCUUGGCUUAGAAGAAUCAACGUCAUUAAGGCAUAUAUCCUUCCAAAAUGGUUAUAUAUAUUCUGAAUGUUAUCUUUAAAGAUCCCCAAAUCAUGGUUAACAAUGAUUCAAUCUUCUAAGGAUGGAGGACUGGGUUUUCCUAAUAUAUCAAGUAAGCAAAGCAUGUGAAAUAUGCCAUAUAAUCAACACCUUAAAGGACCACUCUAGGCACCCAGACCACUUCAGCUUAAUGAAGUGGUCUGGGUGCCUGGUCCAGCUAGGGUUAACCUUUUUUUUUUUUUUUUGUAAACAUAGCCGUUUCAUAGAAACGGCUAUGUUUAUAAAUAGGUUAAUCCAGCCUCUAAAGCCUCUAGUGGCUGUCUCAUUGACAGCCGCUAGAAGCAUUUGCGUGCUUCUCACUGUGAAAAUCAGUGAGAAGACACAAGCGUCCAUAGGACUCCUCUGAGACUGGCUGAAUGCGCGCGCAGCUCCUGCCGCGCAUGUGCAUUCAGCCGAAGAGGCGGAGAGGAGGAGAAGAGCUCCCCGUCUGGCGCUGGAGAAAGGGGAGUGUUUAACCCCUUCCUCUCCCCAGAGAGGUGGGGGCACCCUCAGGGCACUAUAGUGCCAGGAAACGAGUAUGUUAUCCUGGCACUAUAGUCUAAAAGAUAAAAGAAAGGCUUUAGAGAGAAAACAAUAAGAAAACAAAGGCGACGGAGAGAGAAUUGUAAAUAAAAAUUGUAAGAUGUCCGUCAAAUAUCUUAUUGUUUAUAUUUAAAUAUUCAUAAAAAUUUAAAGGGACACGAUAGUCACCAGAACAACUACAGCUUAUUGAAUUUGUUCUGGUGUGUGGAAUCAUUACCUUCAAGCUUUUUGCUGUAAACACUGUCUUUUCAGAGAAAAUGCAGUGUUUACAUUACAGCCUAGUGAUAACGUCACUGGCCACUCCUCAGAUGGCUGUUACAGAUCCUUCCUGGGUCAUGGUUGCCUAAAAUGCAUCCAAACAUUCAGUAUCUCCUCCCUCUACAUGCAGACACUGAAUUUUCCUCAUAGAGAUUCAUUGAUUCAAUUCAUCUCUAUGAGGAGAUGCUGAUUGGCCAGGACUGUGUUUGAAUCAUGCUGGCUUUUCCCCUGAUCUGACUCUUUGUCAGUCUCAACCAGUCCUUUGUGGAAGCAUUGUGAUUGGAUCAGGCUAUCACUUCUGGUGAUGUCAGAGGUAGGUCAAAAGGAAACGGUGACAAACUAUGCAGCUGCAGGUUUGAAUUCAAGUAAGAUUUUACUAUAUUUGGGGAGGGGGCAGGGGGGCUACAUGGUGGUUUUAACCCUAUAGGGUCAAGAAUACAUGUUUGUGUUCCUGACCAUAUAGUGAUCCUUUAAUAUAAUUGGUAUAAAAAUUAAAUAUGCAUUCUAUAACUGAUACUAAUGUCUAUGUAUGUCUUUGUUUCACUGUCUGUUGUAUUUGUGAAAUGGAAAAAAAGUCAAAGAACAGAAAUGGGGAAAAAAAUAUAAAAAUUAGCAUUUUAAUUUAUUUCCAUUACCCCUGUCUACUACUCGCAACAUCAUUCGUCUUUUCACUGAGAUUUACACUUGCCAAAAGACAUGUCUCCUCUAUACCCUUCUUUGGGAAGCUCUGACUUGGUUCCCAUAACAAGUCCCUAACACCUUAUGUUGGCUUUGAUUAGAUACAAUUUAUCUGUUCUCUCUCCCCCCAUUCCUAGAUUGCCUACCCAAAUCUACUGCCUACCCAAAUCUACUGCAUUAUCAUUUUGGUUGGUUGGUUCUCCCGUCUUUGUACUGCUCCCAAAAAGAGCCUGUUCCUCCUCACUACUUCCCCUUGCAGGCAUUGCUUUCCAUCAGGCUAAAUUUUGUACUCAAGAGUUGGAGGGUUUCCCUGGUAAGACAUGCAGAGCACAGUCUUCUUAUGUCUGUGCUGAUCGGCACCGUCUGAAUUGACUAGAAGGAAGGAAGGAGGCUGUUUUUUUUAUUUAUUUUUUAUCUGAUUUAAGAGUAAUCUUGAAAUUUGCUAACAAUUCUGCUAGCACGAUGUAUAGAUGAAAUUUGAUUCUCUGUCAUUGAAGAUUAAGUUGUACUUUUCAUGACAGGUACCUUUUAACAAACAAUUAGUCGGGUAUGAGGAGAGAGUCAGGUCAUAUGGAAAAGGGAUAUGCAGAAAGACAUAUUACAGAUUGCCAAGUAAUGCAAUGCAGUGCCAGGUGCCUAUGGAACUCCAUACAGUACCAAUCACAGUACCUGAUGAUUAGGUAUGUGACUUGUGAUAAAGAUGUCUGCCCAUAGGGUUAUAAAUGGGAACAUGUUGCUUCCAUGGUAGAGGGAAGUGUAAAGGCGAACAAAACCACAACAAAAAUGGGAGUGAGGACAUUUUGUGAACUGUUGUAAUGACGAUUGACAGAAACAAGAGUGGAGUAGGGUAGCUGGAUUUAAAAAAAAAAAAAAAAAAAAAUAGUGUUUUGUAGCUCGGAAAUCAUAUUCUUGUCCAUUCUUUGUGUCUCACAUUGACAAACAAGAUUUUUGUGCCACAGGAAAGAGUUCAAGUUGUAAAUUGAAGUAAUUUAGUGUAAUUUUUUUUUUCUUUUUUUUUUCUUUUUCUUCAAAUUCAGUCAUGUCUCUAUUACUAGAUCAAAUGCUGUCUGUGUGUUGGAAAAUGUCAGAAUUAUGCUGUAACUCUUAAAAGUUACAACAGUAAAGAGUUAUAUCAGAAUGAGAGGGUAGGGGGUACUUUAAAGGGACUCUUUAAGUUCCAUAGUAACAUAGCCUAGUUCCAUAGUGUGUCUCUCUACUUAGCUGCAUAUAUUGCUGAAAUUCUAAGCCAGACUGUAUAAUUAAAGCACACUCUAGCAUCUAAAGCACUUUACCUUGCUAAAGUGCUUUAAGUGUUAUUUUCUUUUCCUUGCAGGCUUAUUUUGUAAAUGUCUCAAUUUCAUGGGAAAUUAAUACUUGUUAUAAAAUUGCAUUGCCAUUACUGUCAUGCAGACAUCUGAUGUUUUCUCCCUCAACCACUCAGAAGCUGUGGCAAUUUUGUCAUUCACCUCUCAUAUACUGCUGUAUGGCUCAUCAAAAAUUGUGUGACAUGUAUGGGGGAUUUCCCUGCAGGACUUCCCAGUGAGAAGCAUCUGACUGGGCAAUGGCAGCACAGACAGUCUAUGCUGGACAAACUAGUUGUAAGCUAGCCAUUUCCUUCCCCCUUAAAAAAUAAAUAGAAAAUGUGUUAAUUUAAGGGGGUGGGGAGCUAUUGCAUGUUUUCAAUUACAUUUUUUUGGAGUUAGAGUUCCCUAAAUUCUUUACCUGCCCAGAUCUUUUACAUUGCCAUGUUAUAACAUUCUCUGACAAUUAUGGAACCAGUCAGUGCUCAUGCCCCUUUCUUUCCUCAUAAAAAAUAGUUUCAUAAAGAUAAAAUCUUUAUGAAAUGCUCUGAUUCCACCCAAAUAACAAGAUUCAUAAAAUUAGUUUUGUGUGUUUUUUCGAAAUCUUGACAAAAAGGUGACCUGCUCCUUUAAGACCAAAGAAAAACUUCCCCUGCACCUCUAGGCUAAUGGAGUACAAGCAUAGCAGUCACCAUGUGGGAUAUUACAAACUAUGCUUUCAUUUAAUAAUGUAAGUUGCAAUUUCUCUUAACUUGGAGUGUUUUUCUCAUCAAUUUAAUUUCAUGAAAAAAACUUCAGCAGAAAAUGUAACUGCAUACUUGGUAAACUUCCGCUGACCUUGGGUUCAUGAUAGAUCUAAAGUGUGUUAAUUAGCCAAAAUGUUUCAGCCACUUUCUAGCCUGGAGUGAGCUCAUUCAGAAUUUACAGAUCCCAUUAAUCUGUAGCAAACUCAAGAACGUCAAAGGUGAUUUGUUUCUCCUGUAUUCCAAUCUUACGUUUUAUAUAUGUAUUUUAUUGCAUUUUAAUACAUUAUACGCUAUCUAAUGCAUCUUUUCUAAUGGGUCAGUUCCACCCUGAAGUAUCCCUUUAACAAUAAUGAAAAAUUAUUUUCUUUAAAAUGGAAAGAUGGCUUUUCUGCUUUAAUUACAGCACAAUGAAUGCUGAAUAAACCAGUUUUUCAAUUUUACAUUCCCUCUUUCAUGAUUUAUGGUCCCUUGUGCAGGACACAUUGCAUUGGCAGUCAAUUAGACAGCUCUGCUCCCUUCUUAACGCACAUUAAUUAGGUUAAUAAUUCAACAAUAUUCCCUUAUGUGCAAGGAAUUACCUGCAAGUGAUAAUCUUAUUUGCCUCUGUCAUUGAAUUAUUCUGGGAAUUUACCUGGAAAUUGUCCUCUGUUGAGAGCUUCUUAGGCAUGCACAAAGCUCUUUGUUUGAAACUUUGAAUCUAAAAUGCUCAGUGAAACAUCAACUGAUUAUUUGCUUUCACUUGUUUGAAAUACCAUUGUGCUUUGAAACUUGAAGACCUCAAAAGGCCGCUUUUGAAGUAUGCAGCCCCACCUUUUCAACAUCAAAUAGUGAUUUUAUUUUGGGUUAAAAAACAAACCUUUUCAUUAAAUAAACAAUAUAGUUUUUAGUUGGAACUUAAAGUGGUUAAGUCAUUUUUAUACUAACAUUACAUAUAUCAUGCAAAUUUGUGAAAAUUAAAUAUCAAGCUGCACUUUGCAGCAAUUUUCAGCUCAUCCUUUGUUUCCUCACAUAUUGUCUUGUUAGCAACAAUUGAAGCACAAUUAAGCUGCUUGUAUAAACUGUUUAAUAGUGGACAUUUUCAAAACCCCCACUUUCUGCUUAUCAGUGCAAUAUUAUUGCUUUCUAUUUGUAAAACAAAAGAAUUCCAUGAAAUUUAGGCCUGUUUGCUGGAACACAUAGUUUUAAUCCUAGUUCUCCUGUGAUAAAUGUAGUUGAUGUAUCCCUUCUUUUUUCCAAGUUUGUCACCAUUCUGCAAAUAAUGCCUACUACAUAUCCCUCCAUGUUAAUUCAUACAGAAUGUUGGCCUAAAUUACAGAUUAAUCUGUGGAGUUUUUUUAAUAAAUGGCAAUAUUAACUAUUGUGUAUGCUAUUCAUAAAACAUCAUAGGUGGAUAUAUGCAUAGAUAUACAUUAUUCGCACUUAAAUCACAGUAUGUAAGAGUAUACUGCAAAACUCCCCACUAAUCUGUAUUGUGCAUAAGUGUGUUACAAGGCCAGUUGUAUUGAGCUCUAUAUAGGAAUGUAGUCCAACAUCUGAGGGUGAAGGUGAUUAAAUCAAUUCAAUAUGGAAACAGUUUGGAUAUUUAGUCAUGUGUAACACUAUUGACACAACAGGUAAAUCUAUUGUUUGUCAAAUCAUGUUUCCCAAAAGGCUUUACAAAGGACACUAUAGUCACCAGAACUACAGCUUAUUGAAUUUGUUCUGGUGAGUAGAAUUAUUACCUUCAGGCUUUUUGCUGUUAACACUGGCUUUUCAGAGAAAAUGCAGUGUUUACAUUACAGCCUAGUGAUAACUUCACUGGCCACUCCUCAGAUAUCUGUUAGAGAUUAUUCCUAGGUCAUGUCUGCCUAAAAUACAGCCAUACAUUCAGUAUCUCCUCCCUCUGCAUACAGACACUGAACUUUCCUCAUACAGAUUCAUUGAUUCAAUUCAUCUCUAUGAGGAGAUGCUGAUUGGCCAGGGCUGUGUUUGAAUCAUGCUGGCUCUGCCCCUGAUGUGCCUCCUUGUCUGUCUCAGCCAAUCCUAUGGGGAAGCAUUGUGAUUGGAUCAGGCUACCACUUCUAAUGAUGUCAGAAGACUGCUUGUUUUGCUAUAUUUAUGGAGGCAUGAGGGGCCCAGGAGGGCUAGAUGGUGGUGUUAACACUAUAGGGUCAGGAAUACAUGUUUGUGUUCCUGACCCUAUAGUGAUCCUUUAAGAAUAAUAAGUGUUUGAAUGCAUUUUUAAUCCUAUCAAACCCACAGAUUCCACAGAGUUUAAAAUUUUUUGUAAACUUAGUCUGGUUUAAGGCUGCUUUCCUGCACAUUUUUAGUAUGCAAGGUAAAAGGUAAGGUGAGACCAAAGGCAUGUUAAGGGUAAUAAGCAGACUAAGGGCAAAGAUAUUAAAGGAUCACUAUAGUGUCAGGAAAACAAAGCGGUUUUCCUGACACUAUAGUACCCUGAGGCUGCCCCCACCCUCACGGUCCCCCUCCGGUGGCACUAAAGGGGUUAAAACUUACUUUAAAGAAAAUGAAUGAGGGAAGGAACUCCAUAUGCUCCCUCAAACUCUAAGUAGAUAAGGGUGUUCCUGGUUUCUUCCUAAAAGCUAUGAAUGCAUUGUAAUCUACUACAUUUAAUCCAAUCUAAUUGUACCCUGUGAGCAGAGUAGGUAAUUUUACAGCACUACAGGGUGCCUGUUUUUAAAAGCAUACUUAUUAUGCUUACCCAGAAUCUUGUGAUGCUUAAAACUACUAUUUGGGGAGAAAUUGCUAAUAAUGUUAGCUUGUACUUCAACUUGCUGUGUAGGCGAGCGGAUGUGUCAGGAUAGUUUUUUGCAACUUAUUAUAUAGUAAUAUGGUGUUUUGUUUCCUUCUAAGUAACUGACUAAAUCGCUAAGCUUUUAAUCCACAAUCAAAUUACCUUUUUUAGACCAAGGCAAUCGUCAAUGAAAGGAAAAAUUGGCUUUACCAGUCACAAUUUUGGAGCCCUCGUCUAUAAUUCCGGAUUUGUUUCCAGUGGUCCUUACACUACUGUGUGCUCGUAAGGCACAGAGGACACCUCUGUAGUGCAUUGCACAUGGGCAAAGCAAAAUGAGGCAUAUUAAAACAUUUCCAUGUUGGCCUGGCAUUUAUUUCCACCAGGCUAUUAAAUGCCUAGUGGAAAUUUCAAGAAAGGCCUUCUUUUUUUCCCUUGAGUGACAGCCUCCCAAUGUUGGGUGGUGUGCUUUGAGUUGUACAGAAUUUGUACUUCUACUUUAGCUACUAGUUUUAAUUAAUUGGCAAAUGGAAAGUCAAUGUUUUCUUGACACUAGUUGAGAUGGUGUACAGCACACCAGUUUGGCGCAUUAGCUGAAAAACUAUGUACAAGCUUCGGAAGGAUAUGUACAACAGUUUUUGUGUGUGCAUGUGUUUUUAUACAUGUAACCAGUGGUAGUAAAAAUUGAAUAGAACACAAAUAAUUUGAUUACUAUAGCUACUUCUUUUCUUUUUUUCCAGUGUAUGCGAUCAUUUCUUUUCGAAAAAUGUUUAUUUGCACUGCCGUAGUGUGUUCUUAAAGCUAGUGUGCUUAAAAAGCUCUAUCUGCAGAAGGGUUUUAAUAUAAACUAGCUUUAUUUUUGUCUGCUUUAUUCUUAUCUUUGCUGGUAAAGAAAACAAAGAGAUUUUAGGAAUAACAUUUAAGAAUAUUACAUAAAAUGGCAAUUAUGGAAACCAUUUCUGCUAUUUUAAUUUAUAAAUUGCCAGCUGUGUUCUCAGUCUGGACCUCUGGGGCACUAAGCAGAAACCUGUUUGCCCUUGAAUGCAUAUCACUACCAUAUCCCAAUGUAUGUAGCAGAACAAUGUGUUGUCUUUCCUUAAAUGUGUGAGUGCUGCCACCAUAUGCUGAAAGAGGUAACUUCACCAGGAAUUCUAUUGCUGGUGAAACCGAUUAAUGAGCGGUUUAAAUCCUGUAUUUAUCUUGACACUUUAAACAAAAUAAUUAUCUCUCUCUUAUGGAGGUUUGAGCCCAAUUGAGAUCAUUCUCUCCCUGAGGUUAACUUAAAUAAAAUAUAAUUUUUGUACUAACUUUUUUCAGGAGUUUUCAUAGGUGAGAUUGUAUUGAUGUAUCCUUAUCACAAUAGGUAUUUGGCAAAUGUAAGAAGAAAAUUAUCAUUGCGCUAUGGAUCAUUUGAUGUGGUGUGCUUAAUAUGAUUUUUGUGGUAGAGCUGCUUAUGUUAAAUAUUUACUAAGUGUACACUUGAUGGAGAAUCAUGUGCGUUUUAAUUCCAUAAAUAUGCUUUCAUUUACAUGUGUUCUUCCAGAUUCAAAUGCACUAUAAUUAGUAAAAUGAAUAUUAAUGUUUAAAAGUAUAAUGCUUAUUUUGUCUUUAUUGUCUGUUGUUUUUUUUUUUUUUUUUAUAUAUCCUGGAGUCUUAACUUUCUCUGUUCUUUUGGUAGUUGGAACCCUAGGACUAUAUUUUUAAGGGUUAGAAAAGAAAUAUGCAAUUCUCAUGUUUGUAUUUUGAUUGUUAGGAGGAACAAAACAGGGGAAAGCCAAACUGGGAGCACCUUAAUGAAGACCUACAUGUAUUGAUAACAGUGGAAGAUGCACAGAACAGAGCAGAACUAAAGCUAAAAAGAGCAGUGGAAGAAGUUAAAAAGUUACUGGUUCCAGCAGUAAGUAUAAUAUUUUUUUCUGUGUAUACUCCUAAAUUAGAAUGAAAUGCAUAAAGCAUUUUAUUUCAAUUUUACAUGGGAUAGUAUCCACUGUUCAAUGAUGGAAAUUAUGCAUGUUUUUUUUUUUUUUUUUUUGUUGUGCUGAGGAUAACAUACAGGUUUGCCUCGCCCCGACAGCUGAAGCAAGCAUUGCAAUAACAAUCAGUUUCAUGUCAUAUCAAAAUAGCACAUUUUUUAGUAUAUAGAAAACACAUGAAAAUCAUCAGUAGAUAUUAUAGGACCUUCUGUAGGCAUUAAGAGAAGACUAUCAGAGCUAGGACUGAGAAGGUCAUAGACUAGUUAAUAAGAGUGGUACAUAGCAUGGUCAGCCGUAGGAAGUUUUGCUUAACAGAAGCACUUGAAAGUUAAACAGCUUGUCUGGGCUGCAUUGACAGGUGAAGCGUGGUAGAGUAAGGGGUUGUAUGGGGUAAUAGGCUAUGUGUCUGCAGAUAUGUGUAACUUGCAUCGCCAACGGUGGUACCCGGUACACAUGUAUUGACAGACUAAGUCGGAGGGCCCCUCUUGUCUCCGCUUAAGGCUAUUCUGUGUGAUUGUUUCUUGUGGCCUAUCCCCUCCGCCUGGCUACCAUUUUCUACUCAUUGACACAUACAGUGCAAUAUAAUACCCAUGCAUAUAACAGACACAUGUAAAUAAGCAGUAGCAUAUCAGGCUGGUAUCCAAGUCUUUAAAAGAACAGAUAGUAGGCCAUCGGCUUAGUAGUAUGAGAAAGUCACCCUUCAACCGAUUCCCAGGAUUAGAAAGUGCCUGGAGCACGCUGUUGGAGUGCAGGAUGCGUUAUUGUCCCCCAGAGUGGUGUUGCAGUGUAUGAGGACCUUAGGGUGAAUUGAAAGUCCGUGUGCGCCUUGUCUCUCAGCCUCCUGGUCUGGGACCUCUAUUCCCGCCUCAGCACGCGUCAGGGUAGGCCCCUCAGUUGCCGUUCUAGAGUUGUCAUUGUGGCUUGCGCCGUCGUGCGCGUGUCUUCUUGAUGGCUGGGGCCUCGGGACAGGCCUUACGGCGUCGAGUGUGGGUGUCGGCGGUGUUCUGUCGCGGGGGGUUGCGGCUCAGUGUCGGGCCCUGUUUCCCCCAGGAGUGUGUCAUCCGGCAGGGCUCUGGAUGCAGGUAAGGCUGCAGAUGUGGGUCUUUGGAGAGCUGUAGUGGGUGAUCCGGUGCUUUGCCUGAGGGUGCCCUAUGCAUGUGUGUUUUAACUUAUUAAAACCAUAUAGUAGUUUAUUACAUUACAUGAAUGAAAGAGAAUAACUGUGUAUUUACCGAACCUGUGGGUGAAUGCAGUGUCUCUUUAAUCAUCUAAAGCUAGGUUGUAAUGUAAUGAAUAGAAAAAGAUAAUAAGUAAAUUCAGUCUCAAAGUAAAAUGAGACUCAAUGCUGGUUUUUAUACACAACGGGGGGAAAAAUAAUAAGACUGGCUGUGACUAGUAAGUAGUAAGCCCAGAGUUAAGGUAAGUGGGGAUUACCAAAAAAUUCUCAAUCACACAUGGUUCCAAUAAGUGCAGAUAAAUAAUAAAUGCUUUAUUAAUAGGGCAAAAAUAAAAAGCACUAUAUAUGGAACAACUGCUGUGAGACAAAAUGUACAUACGUCAUCAGAGGAUCCUAUGUGUCCUUGGAGAUCAGUAUCAAUUGCUAUGGGAAGUCCACUAAAUAGUGGUUGGACUAGUACAUGAAUAAACUCGGGAGGUCAGUGAUUUCAGCAGAAGUGGACUGCUAUCAAUGGAGGGACAGGUGUGGCAGCUAGAGAGCAGCAGGAUCUUCCAUUAUAGGAAUGCAUAUAUAUUAAUGAAGCCAAAAGGGGGGUGUUUAAAGAACAGGCUAUAUAAAGGUGCUCAGUAAAUCAGUAGGGUUAACAGAUAGUGCUGUAUCUGGCAGAUAGCACCAGGGAAUCUUCAUCUAAUGCACCCUGCUACUCAGUGAACCUAUUAGGGUUAACCAAUAAUACUGUAUCUUGCAGAUAACAUCAGUAAAUCGUCAUCUAAUGCUCCCUGCUGCUCCUAAGCCAAUGCAUUCAAGGGUGUUCUAUGCUGUCCCUAAAGAUAUAUAAAAAGAUACAGACUGAAACCUCCCAAGAUCCCCCACUAAAACCAAAAAACUCAGAGCAGGGAAAAUUAAAUAAAGUGAAAAACACCUAGUGCCACCAUGCGUGAAGAUAAAAACAAAUAAAGGAAACCCUUAUUUUUGCCAUAUUAAUAAAGCAUUUAUUAUUUCUCUGCACUUAUUGGAAUCAUGUGUGAUUGAGAAUUUUUUGGUAAUCCCCACUUUCCUUAACUCUGGGCUUACUAUUUACUAGUCACAGCCCGUCUUAUUUUUAACCCCCAUUGUGUAUAAAAACCAGCAUUGAGUCUCAUUUUACUUUGAGACUCAAUUUACUUAUCUUUUUUCUAUUCAUUACAUUACAAACUAGCUUUAGAUGAUUAAAGGGACACUCCAGGCACCCACAGGUUCGGUAAAUAUUAGCUAUGCUAGAUAGGCUUUGGAUUAAAUUUCCUUAUUGUGUGCUUGGUUUUCUUCAUAACUUAGCCUUUAAUAUCGUUUCUUGAAAUGGCUUCUCUGCAGAAGUGAGCACUAAACACGGUGUGAUUGAUUUACAUUACAUGCACCCCAAAGCAUAUGAAGAUGCAAACUUAUGGGAAACAUAUAAAGUUCUAAAUCUUUUCAUACACAUUCAGAUAUGUGUAUGGCAUGUCAAUAUUACAAAAGAAAAGCUACACUCAUCUGAAAUCUAAAAUUGUAUUUGAGAUGCUGAAAUGGCAAAUAUAAAAUGAGGAAGUGUGUAGAACACAAAUUCCGUUUAAUUUUCUUCAUUUGAGAAUAUGUCUCUUUGGAUCACAUGUCAGAUAAUGGUUUCAAGACAAUAUUGCACAACCUGAAAUCACACUGUCCAAAACAGGGUAACUGUAAUUCACAGUGUGACUAGACACUGAAUUACAGAACUUAAUGCAAUAGCAGAUACUUCUCUUGCCUCUUUGCUUGUGAUGAGACACCAUCUCAACUGUAAUGCCCAUAACUAAAGCAUACCACCCUACUUUGCUCUUGCUGAAAUUGGGAUAGGGUGUGGGCCUUUCACGGAACAUCACCAUUGACCCAAAUUGCAUCACUGGUCAAAUCCCUAAACAGGCAUGUCCAUUCAGAAAGUAGGCAGGUCAACCCACCGAAGGAGAUGGUGAGCCUGGCAUUACGCAGGCCAGGUUCACAGAUGGCCUCUUGGCCAGCUCCCUGCUUAGAUUAUUAUGUAGAGAGUGCUGCUAUUUCCCUCUACACAGCGCAAGCAUGUCUGAUACACUCGCACAGUGCUGCGUGGGGACAGUAACCUGAUAUUUUCAAAUGCAGGACACAAUGGAACUAAAGCAGAACAGGACCCAGAUUUGGGACUGUCCCGACAAAAGGAUGACCGUUGGGAGACAUGCUAAAGCAUGUUCUAUUAACGUCUUUGUUGGAGACUCUCAUUAUCUUUUAUGAGAGAAGCAGUCCAUAGCAGCUAAUAGUAUAUUUGGCACUCCAAGCUGCUUUGUGGAAAAAAAAAAAAAGUGUUUGCUUUAAUCUAAACGAUGCAUAUGUGAUACCUGUCUUAAGGAAAACAAUAACAUUUUCUCUAUGUUCUGUCUCAUGAUUGCACAAAUUAAUUGAUGGCAUUCUAUUGUAAAUGUUUACCAAUAUCUUGUUAUCCAACUUAUCUAGCUAUUUUUUUCUAUCAGAUCUAUCUUAUACAUCAGCAGUUACUACCACUUUAGCCACUAUUGAAUUGGAACUUGCAUUCACUUAAUAGCUAUCUCAGAAUAGGAUCUUUUGCUUACUAGCAAGGGCUUACAUAUAUAGAAUUUAUUGAAUGAUGGAUAUAAAUAAUCUCUUGUAAAUAUGUAGUUAAUCAUGGUAGAAACAUUCAGGGUUAUUUAGAAAAGUGCGAAUUGUCAAGAAUUUAAAGUGAAUUUCAAAUUUAUGGCCUAAAAUCUUAGCUCUGCGUCCAAUUUGGAUGUUUUGGUCUUAGAAUAUAAAAUUCCCCUAAAAUCAUAAUUUUUAAAAAAAAGUACACUACAAUCCUCACAAGAGGGGACCUAAUGUGCAUGCGCGUUGAUCGCUGUGCACACAAUAGGCCUUCCCCAUAGGAAAGCAUUGAAUAGGAGUCUGAGAGUUAUUUUAGCAACAUUGUAAAUACUUACUGUACUAUACUGUAUUAGAUAAAGUGGUUUUUAUAUUUCUGAAACCCGUUGGUAUACCAGUAAAAACAGAACGCUUUAUUGGAGAGUGAAGGACCAUUCAUUGUUUCUUUGACCGUUUUAAGGAAGUGGGAUCAUAUAUAGUUGCAUAGUAAUCUAGGUUGAAAAAAAGUCCAUAAAGUUUAACCUUUAAUGCUCACCUCAUCCCUGCAAUGUUAUGCUUUGGGUAGUUUGUCUAGUACUAUAAAAAUGGGAAUGCGGGGCUAUUUCUCAUGUCAACUAAAUAUUUGUACUUAACCAUUAGACAUGUGGACCAAUUGAAAUUUCCAGUCCUGUUCUCAUAUACAGCCUUGUAUUGCAAUAUAUAUACCUGUCCCUUGCAAUCCCUCUGUUGUUUAGUCUAUUGAUUAAAUGAGGCUGUAAAUAUCCAUGCUGUGCCUACCAGAUACAAAGAUCAUUCCGUAUACAGGGACUGUGCACCACAGAGCAACUUUUAAGUCAAGUCGUAUUGAUUGUCCAGUCAGCUUGUGUCUGUGUGAAAACGUAUAUAUUCCUGUUGCCUUUUGCAACCUAAAGACCCUUUAAACUGCAGCGUGAAGGAUAGUGCAGAAUUUCCAAAGGGCCCUGAGCAAGCCGUUAAACUAAUGUAACAUUUUUUGAAGCAGCAUGUUCAGGUUCAGAGGAUGUAUAUCAGCGAACAGGAGCUUCAGGUGCUUUUUUUUUUUUUUUUUUAUACUAUACUCUGUAAAAUGUCUCAUAGGCCUGAGGCCCAUUACCAAAUAGCAUGUAAGGUUUAUAUAUAUAUAGGUAGUUAUGUUUAACGCAACCAUUCCCUGGCACUGUCCUUUUAAGUGUCUCUUUACCAAUCAUAUGUAACUGUGCUGACCGAUUAAAAUAACACAUAUAUUUUAGAAUUCACUAGGUAACAUUUGCGUAAAAACAACUUUUUAACUUACCACACGUGUUCUGUGUUUUCUCAUUAUUAAAUGUAACCAUACCGUGUUAGUACCCUAUUAAUGUUAUAUCCACAUUGUUCUUGGAAAUGGUGCGUGUGUUUAUGCAGCCAUGUGUAUCUGUAUUUAUCAAGUAUAUGUAUUAGCACACUUUCAGUGCCAGAAUUGUGUGCCUGCAAACAUUCUGUAAUGCCAGACUUAUGACCUGAUUCUCAGCCGGGUAGCAUUAGUUCUAGAAUAUUCUGUCUAGUUAUCUCCAUAAGUGUAGAUUUUACAGCAUUUUUAAUAUUGAUUAUUAAAUGACGUGCAUCAAUCCCUGCUCCUUUAAAAAUACAAAUCAAUUUUGUUCUGUUCUUUUAACAAAAACAAAAACGUUGCUCCACAGUUAAAUGGAUGUAUAAUCUACCCCAGAAGUGUGUCUAUUUAGAUGGCACAGUCCCUAUUUGGGGCCAAAUUUCCUCUGUCCCUCUUUUCUAUCCCCAAGACAGUGGCCCCUACUCUCCAGUAUUGUCAUGUAUGAAAUGUUCUCAGCACUCCAAAUGAUAGAGCUGGUAGUGCCUUAUUCAUUUUAUUCUAAUUUAGUAAUUGUAAUAUAAAGAACCUUUUUUUUUUUUUCUCUCAGUUGUAAUUUUUUAAAAUUAGUAAAUUCACAUUUUACCAACUGUAUUCUACACUAUAGGAGUAUUGAUAAUUUUUAAUGUUUUGCCAUGAAAUUAAAUUUUCACAGCCAUGUUAUCUGCAAAAUGUGGAGUUUCGGAUGAUUUUUACUUUUAUUCACACAUCUAUACAAUCUCACAACUUUAUAAUGCUAUACUCUGUCCAACGUGGCAUCUGCUAAUCCCCCUUCCCCUCAUCUCAGAGUUUCUCUUUCAGUGUGUGAAAAAAGAAAAGCAAUUUCUUUUUCUAUCAUAGCAAUAUAGACAUGACACUGGUAUUUCACUGAUGGUAGAAAUUUGAAAUUAGAGCUCACACACCUACAGAUUAAUGUAUCAACACAGAGAGAUUGAAAGGCUGAAAGAGUAUUCCUUGAAGAGAUUUAGAGUACAAAAUAUUGAGCAUAAUGAUAUGGUGUUACAAUGCAUGUGUGAAACUAUUCUUUUUAUCCUUAGUAAAGUAUUUUUAUACUUUGAUAAAAAAAAUCCUUUGCACUAUUUUGCAUUUGUGUUUGGGCUCUCCUUUGUUGAUUUAUUAAUCUUGUAGCUAGGUUUCAGCAUUCCCCAUAAUGAAAUGCUUAAGCAUGUCUUACAACAGACCCAGAUCCUAUAGGACAAUCCCAUAUUUGAGCUGCUGUGUUGCCAUUUUGAGUUUGAUCCUUUCUGGGGACUUUAUAGACAAAUCUCUUGUUUAGAUAUAGCCAUCCUGUCUGCAUGACUUGCAUGCACACCAAGCUAACACAGCCCUUUUUCAAGUGGUCCCAUUGCACCAAUAAUGAGAAUCUUGUAGUUUCUUGACCCUUGAACAUGAGCUGCUUUUACAACUAGUUUCAUGGUUCUUAUUCAGCACCUCUUAUCUUGAUGCUCCUGCCCAUUCCAUGUCAUAGUGGAGGGUAAUUAGUAGUUGAUGCCUUUCAGCUUGCUGUUAACUGUAAGAUGAAGCUUAUAAUUUUCUGUCUAGAAGAAAUGCUGCUGCAGUAGCUAAUCAGGAAUGUGGCGUGACUAAAAGUAAAAAGUGUAAUUUAGAGGUAAAACUCUAGAAUUAAAUAGUAUUUUUUUGUAGUGCUACAUUUUGAUCAGAUCUUUCUUACUUUGCUUGUAUUGCCUUAUUUGGAACGGAUAUAUGUAUAUGAUAUUACAUUUCCAGAAGUCUCUUUGGCAAAUGGAAAUGUUGUCUAGACAAUGUAUACACCAUCAGUACCAGGACCAGGCACUGCUGUUCUGUAACAGGCAUUUCAUUUGGAGUUCUUACAGACCUGUACAUACAACUCUAACUUCUCCCUUCUAAACUUGUGAGGUAUAUAAUACACAGAGCUAAGUAAUAGUUUACUCUCGGCCCUGUUUCAUUCAGCUAACACUCAGCUGUAAAACUGCAAAAAGAUGUGUGUGCGCACUAAGGAACUUCCUGCUUUAGCAGCUGCAAAAUGACAAGAACUUGGGGGAUGGUGGAUUAAAUAACAGAAAAAGGGCAUUAUGGAUUUAGUUCCUGUUUUGUGCAGCAGUUCCAGACUCACAAUUUUGGGAUUUCUUGUUCACUGGUAGAACCUUCUUGUGACUACUCGGUGAUCACAUGGAAGUGAUACGGUGGUCAAGUACAGGCGUUGGUCUUUUUAUUUGUUGUGUGCAUUUUAGCAGAGAGAGAGAUGAGCUGGCUGCUUUCACUAUUCUAUGUCUGACCUCUGCUUUAUUUCUACCCAUUCUUCCCUACACAUUUUCCUGUAUCCACUUCACUAUCCUUGCCCUCUCCUUUCUAGCACUGCAAGUCCACUAAAUUGUUAAAUUUGCAAUAAAUUCACAGAUUUAGAGAGAUACAACCGUGAAAUGGCAUGCAUAUAUUUCACAUGACAUACAUGCUGUAAAUCAAAAACAGAAUGCUGUACAUCUGGGGGGGUGGUUAGGUGCAGGGCUGUUAUGAGAAAUCUUAGGUGACCUACUAAUAAUUUAACUAAAAUGUAAUUUAGAAUAAGAGAUGUGCAUCAGAUUUACAGACUUAUUGCUAUACACAUUUAUUGUAGUUUAAAGACUCUGUACUGUGAGUUUAUUUCUGUGGUUCUGUUAUUCACUCACGCACCAACUAUAUAGAGCUUCCAGAAAAGAGGGAUCUUUGGGGCCUAAAACAGGGACAGUGUCUUUUAAAUAGGGACACUUGAGAGGUAUGGAAUACCCUGUAAUUUUACAGGAAGUCCUACAGAAAAUGUGUGUUUUUUUUUUUUUUAUUAAAGCAAUUUAUUCAUUUCAGAAAAGAUAUAUUGUUUUUUUUUUUUUAAAUUUCCUGAUAUUAUUGACCAAUAUGGUUUGUAUGAUGCUUCCGGACAGCUUCACUAGAACUACUAUUGUAUCUGUCUAUCCCAAUAGACUCCUAUCUGCUCACUCCCUUCUGAAAGAUUGCAGGAUUCAGUGGAUUACUGUUAGAUUCCCUUCUUCCUGGAGAGGAAGUAUGUGGGAAGUGGGUGGUGUUGUCUGGUUAUAAUUAAAACAGGAUGUGUCUGCAUCAAUUUUCUAAAGGAAAUAAGCUGUCUGGAUACUUUAUAUUUAGCAGAAAACACUGGCAUAUUGUAUAAAUUCAUAAACAGUGUUUCCAAGUAUAGAAUAGGCAAAUCUUUGUUCAUUUUAUUUAUUAAAAUUUUUGCUCUGGAGUUUGAUUGUUACUUUAAUAAAUUAUCACAUUCACACACUAUUUGAAAGAACUAUGUCAACUGUCUGAAGAUAGUUAUAUUAUUAUUUUAUUUAUAUAGUGCCAGCAAAUUCCCUAGCGCUGUACACUGGGAUAAAUACUUAGUUAUAUAAGUAGUUAUAGAUCAGUAAUUAUUGGUUGUUAAAGGUCUUGGUGAAGAAACUUGAAGUUCAUUUGUUAAGGUUAACUUGGUUUGAUGUUGUGAAAUGCUUAACUUUAUAAUUUCUUUGUUUAGUCUGCAUAUUUUAUAGACUUUGGGUGUUGCAACUAUCUUACCACAACAUUGCUUAGUUUUGUCACACAUUGCAAAACUUGUAUUAAUGUCCUAAAUACACUUUCUGCAUCCUCAGUCCUUUUGAACUAACAGACUGUCACAGGAGGCACCAAACAAAUGUCUGACUUUUGAAUAUGUUCAGCUUAAUGACUUUGCCUGCCAUCUAGUGGAUAUAUUUGAUACAUUGUCUUUUGGUGAUGCAAUUUAAUAACAAACCUGGACUGUGCUCAAGCUAUAUGGAUGCAUAAAUGCUUACCUGACACAUAUACUGGUCCAAAGCCACCACUGAUACAGCUAGUGUACCUCUUUCCAGCAGUAUCAGUCAUGCCAAGAUGGCAAACACUUUUUAAAAUUGUUUUUAUUAUUAAACCUGCACUGGAGCAAAGAGAGAUGGAAAAUCUAGUUUUAGGUUUAUAGAUUGAAUUUCCAUUAGGAGAUUUGGACUGCAUCAGGUCAACAUUAAACAACACACCUUUAGUUUAAUGAACUCGUUUUAGUGUAUCGAUCAUUUCCUGCAGUCUCACUGCAUAAGCCUCUGCCAGUUAGGAGCUAUACUACUUUUGUUUCUGUUUAUACAACCCUAGUUUCAUUCCCCUGGCUGCGAUUAACAACCUCCAUAUAAAAAAAAGUUUCAUUUUCAAUCAGAUCUUACAGCACAGUUUACUUGAGAAGUUAUUUUCUCCUGCUCUGUUUAUUGAACUUUAACUAGUGGGAGAUGAGAUAUUCUUAAUUGAACACACUGUACAAAAAGUUAGAAAAUUAGAUCUUUCUUUACAGGAAGGGUUUAGGGAGGCUGUGUAAGUCACAGGCAGGGGAGGUGUGACUAGGACUGCAUAAACGGUGACUUAAAGCAUCUCUGGGUCAUCUGCGUAUUUUGCAAAGUAACCUAAUGGUGACAUCACUGCUUGGUGUGUGGGGAAGUUUUACUUACCUGAAUCUGUUCUUCGUAGCUGCCAUGAUCUCAAUCUGUUGUAUUAUCUUCAGGUUCUGGAGCUUCAUCUGCCAGGAACCCAUGUCAGUUCUCUCAUGUGUGUGUGGUAGUAAACACUGAUGUCUGUAAGAUUUUGGAAGAUCACAGGAGCCUCCAUAGACCAUGACUUUUUUUUUUUCUCACAGCUAGUUAUGACCGUGAGAAUUUACAAAACCUGAUACCAGUAACUUUGCCCUCUGUCAGGUUUUCAUUUCCCCCCCAAGCGUAGGAAAAAUGCAUAAGACAAUGUAGUCCCUACUUUGCCUUCUGAUAUUUUUUGACUAUGAUGGAAUUUCAGUGAAAUUACAAAAAAGUCAGUGUGAGUAUUUAAUUUAAAAAAUGUCUUUAUGAAAUACUCUCGUGGGGGUGGUGACAGUUGCUUUAAAUCCUAAAUGGCAGAUAAUUGAAGAUCCCGCACAGGCAUGAUAUGUUCACCAAACCACUUUACUAAGUUAAAGUUGUUUUUGUGCUUGGUGUCAGUUUAAAUUUAGUCUUUGUGAUGCAGUGUAGCCUGUAAAUUUACAAACCUUGCAGAUCCUCAAGCACCUUUUUCAACCAUUAGAGUUUCAGUAACAGAUCUAUACAGGGAAACCGCUUUUACACAAUACAAACUUUUUUCCCUUGGAACUUUUGAAUAUUCUGGUCAUGAACACUACAUGAUGGUGAUGAAUGUCCAUUGUACCCAAAGAAAGACCACAUUUGUUUACAUAUCUUUGUCAUUUAGAAAUCUAGUGACUACACAGGAAAAUAUAAAAUGCACAUAGUUUUUGGGGCACGAACCACAGCAUAGGGCAGAGUAGGCAACCUUCGGCACUCCAGAUUUUGUGGACUACGUCUCCUCUGAUGCUUUGCCAGCAUUGACGAGCGCAUUAUGGGAGAUGUAGUCCCUGGCCUAGAGGUGGUAUGCCCAUCAACCCUUUCAUGACAAAGGUUUAGGCUAAACAUUAUUCCAAUUCAGUCAUAUUUUAUGCAGAGUAGCAGGUAAAAUUUGGCAUAUUAAUGUUAACACAGAUCAUUUUUAUUUAUUUUUAUUUUCGUCCACUGUCAUCACAUUGCAUAGGAAGGGUGGAUAUUAUGUUUUCAUCUAGCCGUUUUAAAAUGCAAUGAGUAAACAAAUCAUAAAAAUAAACUGGGAAAAACGGAACUCUGUAACUAGUAUUUGUUCCCAUAUUUUUAAAGACUACAAUUUACAAUUGUUUUCAUAAAUUCCACCCACUGUUUUUCUAUAGCUAAGAGUAAGCAUUUGAAUAAAAUAUUUCAGUGUGUUUAUAUCCUAUUUGACACCAAAGGGGCUUCUUCUAUGAAAGUGCACUAACAGAAACAAUAUGGAAAAUGGCCACUUAGUUUCCAGUUCUAUGAUUUUAAAAAGCCUUGAACUGGCAAAUCUUUGAUAGUCAUCACCCUAACCCAGUAUGAGGUAUGCAAAGGUGCAUCUGCCUCUCAGCAGGAUGCAACUUUUGAAUUGUAUAUGUAUUCUUGACAUUGAAAAUCCUUUUUAAAAAUCUGCCAAUCAUACUUAUUUUGUUUUGCUUCAUCACUUUAAAAGGGAUGCAAAAAGUAGGAUUUAUAAUGUGUUAUAAAACCUAAAACAAUCCCUUUUUGUAGCCAAUGUUGUAUUUUUUCAGAAUCAUAUUGGUUACAAAAUGAAGGAAAAGCUGAAUAAAGUGAACAUUAGUCUUGACUAGUGAUGCCGCGAACCGUUCGCGAACUUGCCGCGAACGGUUCGCCACGAACCAUUCGUGGCGAACUCCGGUCAGCUGACACAUCCCUGCCAAUCUCCGGCAGACCCUCCCACCUCCUGGACAGCAUCCAUGUUGAAGCUGCCUUCAACAUGGAUGCUGUCCAGGAGGUGGGAGGGUCUGCCGGAGAUUGGCAGGGAUGUGUCAGCUGACCGGAGUUCGCCGCGAACCGUUCGCGGCUAGUUCGCGAACGGUUCGCGACAUCACUAGUCUUGACUAAUUUUUGUAAUUAUGAUGUCUAGUAAAGAAGGCAAUUUAAACAUUUUCUAGAAAAAGUAAUGCUCGAUAGGUUUGAGAGGAAAAAUAAAAUCAAGAACAAAAGAGGAAUACACUAUAUAAAACAGAUGUUUCCAAUAGCCUUCUUUAGGGAUAUAAAACUUUUAGGUUCAAAGUCAUGUAACAGAAUAAAGAAUAACUUUUACAAGGGUGAACAGUUAGCUUUAGAAAAAAAGCUGUUUUUGCCAAACAAGGUUCCAUAUUCUGCUUGAAAUAAGCAUGAAUGCAUUAAAGGAACACUUCAAGCACCAUAACCACUACUGCAUUCUCUCUAUACUAUAGAAUGCUCUAGUGCUCAGAGAGCUCCUUUAAACACUUGAGCAUGCACAAAUGGCACUUUAAAUGGUUUGGAUUUUAUUUCCUCAUAAUAAAAUACAUUUAGAAUACACAUUGGGCAAAAAUGCAUUGCAGAGGUAGUAUGUACUACAAAACUACUGCAUGUAUCUCUCAUGCUUAAAGGACCUGCCCUUACAUUGACCCUAGACGGGUGGCAUCAAUCUAAUAUGUAAUUUUUGCAGGUUCAAUUGCGUUUUUUUUUUCCUUCUUUAUGUCCUUAAAGGCUUGACAAUUGUUAUUCAAUUCCUAGGUGUUCUAGUACUGGAAUAUUAACAGAUCUUAAAGUGGCAAUUCCACCUAAACAUACCAUAUAUUGCAUACAUAAAAAUAAUUACCUUAUUGUUUUAAACUUAUGUCAUAAAAAAACUAAAGUCAAGUGGUAGUGCUACUUCUAGGUCACGUGAAAUACAGAUUUUGACAUUAGCUGACCUUACACACUUGGCUUGCUCUGUAUACGUGAGAGUAUGUAAUAUUUCCAGAUCUGAAAUUACAAGAUAACAAUGACAUAAUAGCCUGACAUUUGCUCUAGAAAUAAUGUUUUAAACUUUUCUCCUUGUUCUGUCUUUACUUAACUGGUGAGUGGGGAAAAAAAGCAAGCUUACAUUUACAAAUAAACUGCAUGGUGGCGUGCCUUGUAUUUCUGAACAUACCAGUAGGAUUACAUUUUUCAGCACUUUUUUUUUUUUUUUACCCUCUAGGUUUUUGGUAUUUUAGGUGUCCUGGAACAUUAAACUGUGCACAGAAUUGUACCUUUGUCACGUACUAGCUAUUUCAUUUUUUUUAAUGCUGUUUUUAAAUGUUACACUAUUUAAAUGACAAAUCUCAAAAUCGGUAAAAGACAUCGUGCUGACAACAGUCUGUUCUAGGGUGAGUUUGUUAUUCUCCUUCAGCUGCUGAGAGAUUAGUAUUUUCACUGAAAUACAAGUUUGCCCUGCUUUCAUAGUAUUCGUUUGCGUUCAACAUUUGUACAUUUUCAUACUGGAGGCUAUACCAUGCAGUGGCGUACAUACCAGGGUCGCGGCUGCGACCGGGCCCGGCCCACCAGGGGGCCCGGCCGCCCCUGCGACCCGGUAUGUACCCACAGGGCCAGCCUCUUCCCCUGGGGGGCCCAGGAGCCGACCACCCCAGGGCCCCCCGAGGCUGGCCCUGCUGUCACCCAGAAGGUGGGUGGCCGGUCGGGCAGGCAGGCGGGCGUGCGAGGGAGCACUCAGAGCUUCCUCUUCAGCUCCCUCGUGCACCGCACGGAUACCGGAGCCGGAUGACGUCAUCUUCCGGCUCCGGCAUUCCUGCGCAGCGCGCGAGGGAGCUGAAGAGGAAGCACUGAGUGCUCCCUCGCACGCCCGCCUGCCUGCCUGACCGGCCACUCACCCAGGAGCCCAGCAGCACCACUGGACCCCAGGGAAUCCCCCCAGCACUCCAAAAGGUAAAGAGGCUGGGGGGAUUACAUUUAAAAAAAAAACAAAAAAAAAAAACUAGUGUUAGUGUUAGAGUGAGUGUUAGUGUAUGUGAGUGUUAGUGUGUGUGUCUGCUAGUGAGUGUCAGUGUGUUACUGUGUGUGUCUUACUGAGUGUGUGUGUGUUAGUCUGUUUGAUGUCUGUUAGUGAGUGUGUGUUUGUCAAUGAGUGUGUUUUGUGAGUGUGUAUGUAUGUCUGUCGCUGACUGUGCCUCUGUCAGUAAAUGUGUGUGUCUGUUAGCUAGUGUGUAUGCGUCUGUAAGUGUAUGUGUGUGUGUGUGUCUUCAGCACUUACCUUUCUCCGGCGCCGGACUCCCUUGGCGCUGAGGAUCCCUCAGCCUCUCAGCUCCGAAUGCGACCGCGCACGCAUUCAAACCGCCCAUAGGAAAGCAUUACUCAAUGCUUUCCUAUGGACGUUCAGUGUGCUCCUCUAGCGGCUGUCAGUGAGACAGCCACUAGAGGCUGGAUUAACCCUCAGUGAAACAUAGCAGUUUCUCUGAAACUGCUACGUUUUCAGCUGCAGGGUUAAGACUAGAGGGACCUGACACCCAGACAACUUAAAUGAGCUGAUGUGAUCUGGGUGUCUGUAGUGGUCCUUUAAAGGACCACUAUAGUGCCCUGAGGGUGCCCCCACCCUCAGGGACCCCCUCCCGCCCGGCUCUGGAAAGGGGAAAAGGGGUAAUACUUACCUUUUUCCAGCGCUGGGCGGAGAGCUCUCCUCCUUUGAGCCUCCUCUUCUCCUCCCCGUCGGCUGUAUGCGCACGCGCGGCAAGAGCUGCGCGCGCAUUCAGCCGGUCACAUUGGAAAGCAUUCAUAAUGCUUUCCUAUGGACGCUGGCGUGCUCUCACUGUGAAAAUCACAGUGAGAAGCACGCAAGCGCCUCUAGCGGCUGUCAAUGAGACAGCCACUAGAGGAAUAGGGGGAAGGCUUAACCCAUUCAUAAUUAUAGCAGUUUCUCUGAAACUGCUAUAAUUAUGAAAAAAUGGGUUAACCCUAGAAGGACCUGGCACCCAGACCACUUCAUUAAGCUGAAGUGGUCUGGGUGCCUAGAGUGGUCCUUUAACUGUGUGUGCAUCUGCAUGCACUGGCGUACAUACCGCGGUCGCAGCCCUGUAACCCCUGCGACCAGGUGCCCACCGCCAUGUGUUGCGGCCGGCCCGCGCGCGGGGGGGGGGGCGCCCACAGAUCAAUUUUCGCACCGGGGCCCCAUGGGUCAUGUGUACGCCACUGAUACCAUGUGUUUUCAUUCUCAAGUUUCUACUUAUGAAUUGAUCACUUCUCUCUUUGUCACUUAGUUGGUUUAGGGAUUAAAGUAAAAUUAUGGUGUUAAAAUAGAUGUUUCGGUAACACCUCUCCAUGUGGAGUUAAAAGGUGAGUUUAGUUAUCUGCUCUGCGUCGCUGCGACUCACACUGCCUCCAUGGCUGAUAUUGUCAAUCUCAGCCAAUCCAAAUUUUUCCAAUUGGAAAGUAUUCGGAGGCUAUUGCACAUGCACGGCAAUAUGCCGCGCUGCGCUAAUCAGCAUCUCCUCAUAGAAAUGCAAUGAAUCAAUGCAUCUCUUGAGCCUUUAGUGUCACCAUGCCCAGCUUGGCGACGCCAAACAUAGGCUUCCAUUAUCACUCCAAUAUGAAAAUACACAGAUGUUGAAUGCUAAUAAUAUAAAACUAUGGCAAACCUGUAAAAUUAAGUCUGGUAACACUAAUUACAAUCUUGUCUCUCUUGGCUUUAGUAUCUUAACUCGCUAACCCUAAGACAUGGUUAGAUUAUUAAUAUUUUAAUAAUGAAAAGACAAAUGUUACAUCAUGCUAAAAUUACAUAAAACAAGACCUACAAUAGACCAAUGCAAAUGCCAGUUCUUAAAAUAAAAUGGGACAUAUAACAUAUACUUACACAUAUUGCUGGUGAUCUUACAGUAGACCAGUGGGAACUCCUAAUUAGGCCCUUCUGUUUUUAAUCAAAGUUAAGUUUAAGAGAAGUUUAAUUUGACCUUAUCUGUCAUUCAGUUAUUUAUAUGUCUCUCUUUUUCCAGCAAAGGUAGCUACCUCUGGCUACAUGACCAGUUUAAGAUACCUGAUGUUUACCCAUCUCUUUUAUGCAGAAAUGGAGACUAUAAUUCUUAUCUGUUAAGAGACCUCUGUCCUUAAUACAUACUGGUAACAUGGGAAUCCAUCUGAAAUUAACCAUAAAAUGAGAUUCAGAAAAUAGAUUUUUUUACAUUACAUUUAUUGCUGGCACACUGAUAUAUUGAAACAUUAUUCAGUUUAACACAGAUUAAAUUCUUUAAACCAUUAACAAGAUGCUAAGUAUCAAGCUCUUAAAACACCUUAAAGUCUGUUGGUGCAUAGUGGUUGAUGUGGAGAUUACCCAGUAAUGGGGCAAACUGCUUAUCAAAUGUUACAUGUGUCCCUGCCAAGAGCUAAGUCCCAUUGCAUAGCUGACAAUGUACAUACAUCUUCUUCAGAGCUGCUGAAGACUCCUGCCAAUUCUGUCAUCAUUUAGUGAACCACUUUACACGAAGACUCAAAGCGCUUUGACCACUUUAAAUCACUGAAAUGGUUAUGAUCCUUGGAGUAAUAUUUGUGAGCCAUACACAGAGAAGACUAGACCAGUGCUCUCUUAUUUAUAAUAAGCCAUUUAUUUAAUAUAUAGUCUUUUUAUUCUAUAUUCUAUCUUAAGUGGUAGAUGGCAGCAAAUAGAUUUUUUUUUUUUUUUUUUAAUUAUAAAUGUUUUCUGAGUUUUCAUAAUAAAGCAGAUGUACAGUAUGUCAGACUGUCAGUACAAUUUUGACAACAGCCAAAACUGGUGAGUCACAGAACAGAAGCAUAGUACAUCAGUGAAACAAAAAUAUAUAACCACAAAAUGCAAGUUUUUGCAAUCUGAGAUAUCACUUGUAAUGGAGGGGGCCUCUGGGGACUUUGAAUGUACUGUGAUCAUUGCCCUGGUUGCAUUGCAGGUUGGGACAUUAAUAAGUGUAUGUGUCUGGAAGUUUGUACUGCUGUGUGGUGAAAAAGGUAAAAUUGAAGGAACGCUAUAGUCACAACAUCUUGAGCUUAAUGAAGCAGUUUUGGUGUAUAGAUCAUGUCCGUGCAGUCCUUAGUCUUACUGCUCCAUUAUCUGCCAUUUAGGAGUUUAAUCAGUUUUGUUAAUGUAGUGCUAGUCACACUUCCCUGCAUGUGACCUACACAACUUUCCUGAACACUUCUUGUAAAGAGUCAUCUAAUGUUUAUACUUCCUUUAUUGGAAAUUCUUUCAUUUAGAAUUUGUCUCCUGAGUGUAAUUAAAGUUCAAUUUCCAGAGCAUGCGAUGAAAACAUUUAAAGUAGAGGCAUCUUAAAAAAACAUUUUGUUUUAAUGCAGGCUGUCGGUCACAGCCAGGGGAAGUUAGGCUAGAGCUGCAUAAACUGAAAAGUGAUUUAACUCCUAAAUGGCAGAGAACUGUUAAUUAAGACUUCAGAGGCAUGGUCUAUACACAAAAACUGCUUUCUUAAAGGGGUUCUAUAGUCACCAGAACAACUACAGCGUAUUGAAUUUGUUCUGGUGAGUAUAAUCAUUAUCUUUAGGCUUUUUGCUGUAAACACUGUCUUUUCAGAGAAAAUGCAGUAUUUACAUUACAGCCUAGUGAUAACUUCACUGGCCACUCCUCAGAUAGCUGUUAGAGAUCCUUCCUGGGUCAUGGCUGCCUAAAAUACAUUCAAACAUUCAGUAUCUCCACCCUCUGCAUGCAGACACUGAACUUUCCUCAUAGAGAUUCAUUGAUUCAAUUCACCUCUAUGAGGAGAUGCUGAUUGGCCAGGACUGUGUUUGAAUCAUGCUGGCUCUGCCCCUGAUCUGCCUCUUUGUCAGUCUCAGCCAAUCCUAUGAGGAAGUAUUGUGAUUGGAUCAGGCUACCACUUCUGCUGAUGUCAGCAGGCAGUGGGCAAGUCUAAAGGAAACCGUGACAAAGCCAGCAGCUUUAGGCUUGAAUACAAGUAAGAUAUUACUAUUUGAAGGGCUCAGGGUGGCUAGAUGGUGGUUUUAACCCUAUAUGUUCAGGAAUACAUGUUUGUGUUCUUGAUCCUAUAGUGCUCCUUUAAGCUAAAUAAGUUGUUUUGUUGCCUAGAGUUUCCCUUUAAGCAAGAGAUCUUCAAUACACAUGACCUUUAUGUAUUGUAAACCUACCUCUGCUAAACCCUUCUGUAACUUUUUAUAAUGUGCUUACUGUUACAAAUAGUCCAGUUCUGAAAGCAUGUAUAUGUUCUCCCUUUCCCAUUGAAAUAUAUCUGCUCAAAUUGUAGAGGAAUGCAUCUGCUUAUGUUUGCUUUAUUAGCCAUAAUGUUUGGAUCACCAAAUCUGUUUCCUGUAUGUCCUGCAGCUGGUAAACUUCCUGGCUUGCUCCUCCGGCUUUGUAAAGCAAGACAAUAUGGUCUCCCUUUUAAUUAAACUUCUGUCUGUUCAGCAGGUGCUGCCUAAUACCGCAGGGCUCGUAAAAUAGAUUGAUGUGUAAUUGUCAGCUAAAUUACAAGGCAAUAUUAAACUAUGAAGUAGCAUGUGCCAACAAAAGUAAUAGUUUGUUCAGCCUAUUGCUUUGCACGGGCCGAAGAGCAAUGCGGGGGUAGACCAUUUGCUAGCUGUAGCUAGCCAUCUUGUGAUGCCAUUUUAGUUUCAGGGAAAAAUGUCAGUGGCAAUCUCUAAACACAUAUGCAUUUUUUUUUUCUGCUUGUUUUUUUGUUUUGUUUUGCUUAUACAGUCCACAUACUGUGAUGCAGUUAAAACUUCUGAAAUUAGUUUAAGUAUUGUUAGGUACCUUGGAUAUCAGAAAUUAAUAUAGUAGAAAACGUAAUAAAACAACUAUUUUGAGUAGUAUGUGGAAGAGACACAUAAGGUAGACUACCGUAUAUUCAUGGGGAAGUAUAGAGUGAUUUUGUAUGUGUGCUUUCGGAUUAUAGUUGAUUAUAAUUUAUCACGAGGUUCAAAGUAUAUAAACAUGAAAUAUUGUUAAAUUUGUAAUAGGUAUAUAAUAGGUAUAUAAUGGUUACCAGGAUUGCAUGUUUUGUCCUGCAAAUUGCUUACCCAAGUGUGAGGCUUCCUUGUUUCAUGGAAGAAAAAUCAAUGGAGCUUGUAGCUGGUGGGCAGACAGUAAGUUAUCUAGAGCAGGGGUUUCCAAUGAAUUUUUUGGAAUCCUUUGACAUAGUGUAUCAACAUCGCAGAUCCCCUCACCCUCUGUUUGGUUCGUGUUUGAUUGCUGGGAUGUAUGCCACAUACAUACUUACACAGAUAUACAUACACAUUAACACAGAGAUGCACAUAAACACAUUUCACAUAUACACACAUUCAUAAACACACACAAAGAUACACACUGACACACGAACACCUGACACACAGAUGCACUGGCGUAGAUACACACAUAUACACAAACAGACAUAAACACACUCCGAUACACACAGUGACACACGCACACCUUAACACACAGAUACACUGAAAGAUACACACUGACACUCAGAAACACACUGAACCACAGAUAGACACUAGCACAUACACACAGAUACACAACCUGGCACUGACACAUGAAUACACACACUCAGAUACACAUUGACACACACAGGGACAUACACUUGCACACACCUUAACACUCAGAUACACGCACACACACACUGAAAUAUGCACUCAGAUACACAGUGACACAUACACACACACACACACACACACAAUCAAAUACAUACACAUGUCAUUGUAUAUAUGCAGUCACCCUCCUGUUCGCAUACCUGUUGUCUGCAGGAGGGUGACUUGCUGGCUGAGGCUGGUGUGUGUGUGGGGGAGCUGCUCAGUCCUGGCUGCUGCAUCCUUCCCUCCAGUGCAACUUUUUUUUAUAUGAAGCUGGGAGGAAGUGACCGUCCGUUACUUCCUUCCAGCAUCCCAUACUAUGGAGACCCGAUUGUGCUAUUAAUCGGCCGUGGCGCUGACCGGGUCCCUGUGCAGCAAUGCCCAUCAGGUGGCCCUCAUGGGCCACCUGAUGGGAAAAUCACUGCGGUACCCCAAUUUUGUUCUCACCAAUUGGAAAACGCUGAUCUAGAGAAAAGCGUAAAGUAAUUUAUCUCUAAAAUCUCAUCAGGUUUGAUACAAUCAAUCUUAUCUGGUACAAGCAGCAGUAUGUACAUUCAGAAAAGUACUGUCUAGAGAUGUGCACAACCAUUUUACUUCAAAUGGUCAUUCUAUCCUGGGACCAAGAUUAGAGUAAUUAGCAACCUUUCCCCGUUGAGAAUAGAAGUGAUGUUAUAGUGAUUUAGUCAUAGGAUGAAAUUAAAAGGAUCUCUUUUUAUAAUGUCUGUUGGGCUUUUCUUCUGCACUACAUUUUACGAUUGUUUUGUAGAUUUAGAUUCAGGACUCCCUUUAAGAUGAAAAAAAUAAAUAAAAUAUUUAAUGGUUAUCUAAUGCUGAGGUAUUUUUCAUACAGAAGACCAAUCCUUCUCAUGGAGGAGAACAGGGAACUUAGAGCACAUGUAGCAGAUGCCUCACUCCACCAGUAAAAUUUUACUCAUAAAGAAGCAUUGAAUCCAGCACUUCACUAUAAGAAGUCUUGACCAUGUUUUUCAUUGUACUGUACAAAAAUUGAAGACCUUAAGAAGGCAAUGCAUCUACUGGCUGUCAUACUGAUAGCCAGUAUAGUCAUGUUUUCAAAUAAAUGUAAGCAUUGCCAAAAUGAAACAAUUUACAAUUGCUAGCUUUGAAUAUACUCUGACAUUUCUUGAUCCCUCUCUCCUCCACUUUCUUCUCCUUGGCUGCUAGCCUCUUAAAAAAAAAUAAAAAAUACUUAAGGAUUAUAGAAACAUUAGGAAAUAUACCUGUAUUUCUAACUCUAUGCCCUUUUAGUUGAUGAUUUCAGUUCAGUGCUCCUCAUAGAAACUUUAGCAAGUGCAUCCAAAAUGCUUCUCAUAGGAAAGGAUUGAAUUUGAUACUUAUCGCAUCACCGCGUCACUUGACCAGGUUUCACUCAGUGUAGCGGAAGCUCUUCUAGUGGUUGUCUGUUCUACAAAACUGCAAUGCCUUAAAUUUCAAGGUAAAACCUAAAGGCCCACUGCACCCAGACCACAUCAUUGAGAUGUAGUGGUCUGGGUGAUUUUAGUGGUACUUUAAAUUGCAUAGUCCUUCUGGUGAAUAUGAAUAGAGCUAUGCUAGAAAAAUGUGUUCCUUCACAAUGUUCCUCCAAUAGUGUAUAGAGGGCAAAUUUUAAUUUAAUUUUUUUUUUAGUUUUACUUUGUACUGUGGGAAGGGGUUAAAACUAAACUGUUUCAACUAAAUACAGUAAAACAAAAAAAUAUAUAUUUCUUUUCAUGAAAUCCCCUGCCAGAGAGAAAAUAAAAUAACAAGUACAUUGUUUUGAGCAUAGAUCGAAUACCUUUUUCUAGAUUGGACCUGUUUUUGAGUAAUCCUACCAAACAUCAAUGACCUGUAUUGCUUCACUAUACAUUAUGCUGGUAUUGAUUUUCCCCUUUGUGAUGCCUUUGCAUGCUAUUUUCAGAUGUAUAGUUGACAAAUUAGCAUGUUAAGGCACUGUAUUCACCAAGGAAGUUAAGUAAAAGGAAAAUGAAUUGGGGUUGCUAGCUUCUUGAGUAGGUUCUGUUAGGUCAUACGUUAAUCCUUUCGCAGUUGAAGUUCAUGCUAACUCACAAGAAAACCAAGCUUUGACCUGCUGACUCGUUUGUCAGCUCGGAUGCGGCUGAAAUGUGAGAAAAUGGACUCAAUGCUUUCAAAAACGCCUGAAGUGAUGAACAUCACUUAUGCUUGUUUAACCUUCAGUUGUGCUCAAGAAUUCAGCUGCAACAUUAAGAACUGGUUCUUUGGUAUUUUAUGUCAAAAUGUUCCCUGCUGUAUCUCCCCCAACCCCUCCUUUCCUUAUGCAAAUACACCCUUCUUUGCAUUCUUCAAAUAAUUUGGAAAUUACUUGUUCCUCUUAUUUUAGUUGUUUAUAAGAUUAGUUUCUUUGUACACUGCUUACACCCUUAGUAAUAUUAAGCCCUGUAAGUAUUACGUUAUGUUGGAUCAUGAAGUAAAGUGAGCUUAACAUCCCCAAUCAUAUUCAUUUUAUGACCAGAUAGCUGAGAAUAUAUUUCACACUGCAGGGGGUGUUACACCUUCUAAUUUACAAAACUAAAUCUUUUUCCAUCUACACAAAGCUGUGUUACUAAAUGAGAUUGAGGUUUUUGUAAAACACCGGUGAGUCUGUGAUCUAUGUUUUUUAUUUUUGUGCAGAACUAUUUAUGGGCCAAAAGACAGCUACUUAAAAGAUAAUUCUAUUAUUGGUUUUAUGGCUUAUUAGUUCUUGCAAUCUAAUCAUUUUCUUUGUGUCUUCCAUUUAAUUUAGAGACCUUUCUCUUUAAACCCCAUUUUAAUACUACUUGCGUAUAGAUUGCUGCUUAUUUCCUCUAAUUUAAAUGUAUUUGGUUUGUCAGCACUGCCAAAAAUGAGCUUCCCCAUGUUUGUAACCCUCACACCCUCUGUAUGAUAUAAGUUGACAUUCUGUUCCAGAAUACUUUUCCAGUUACAUUCAUGGCUUAGAAGUGCCUAAAGCAGUUGGAAACAGCUGGUGGAAUAGAUUCCAUUAAAAUGUGAUAAAGCUCAGUCGUUGCAGCCAUCUGUAAGUGAAGGUGUGGACAAAACUCAACAACUAAAGAUACGCAAAACUGCCCAAAGUGCUAACCUCCUGUUAUGUCCGCUCUUAUCUUUGGUUUAAAAGCUAUUAUUUUCCUAGCAGGUGUCUCUGAUCAUAGCAGCCGCAGAAGGCACAAAAUAACAUUUUGAAAUGUGCAGAACUAGAAUUUAGUUAACUAUAAAAGAGUGGUUAUUGGUUAAAGCAGCUCUGUCACCUUUAGGGGUCUUUGCAUAUUUUGCAAGGUGACAUCAGUCAAAGGUAAUUAUACUUGAGCAAAGCUCUCCUUUGUAGGCAACUUUCUUUCUUCAGCUUCUGAUGUUUCAACCACCAGGAGCUCACUUCACUACUGUUCUCUCACACAUAGAGCAGAUCUUUUGUUGCCCUAGCAAUGCCUGUAGGAAUUGGCAAAAUCUUUUCUUUCAUUUUCCAUAAGUCCAUGACAUUUUAAGGCCACCUCUACAUCUAAUGCCAUUAGAAAGAAUUUCACUUCCAUUAUUACCUGUAUAUAAUUGCACGGCAAAAUGAUAUUGUAGUGGGUGUAAUACAAGGAGGCUAAACUUCCUAGCCCCGCUAAGUCUGCUACUCUGCUGUAGAAGAUGAGAUAUAUAUAUCUUGAUAAAGACCUGCGGGUCGAAACGUCGAUUUUUUUUUUUUCUGUACACCGAUAAAAAAUUUUUUUCAACAAGUCCUUUGGAGUGCUCUCUUUGCUACUAUUUCUAUAUAUAUAUAUAUAUAUAAUUUUUUAUUAUUUUUUUUUUUACUAUUUGUCAGUGCAAUAGAAAUUUACUAUAAUCCGUUAAUGUGCACCUUCUCUGUAUUAUGUACUUGUAAGCAGAGGGAGAAGGAUGAGAAUUCUGGGGAAUUUAUUAAUUUAUUUUUUUCAUAUUCUUGUGCCCCUGUUCAUAUUAAUGUAUAGGUCUCCCCUCUUUUUUUUUUUUUUUUUCUUCUCAAAAAAAAAUAUAUACAUUUAAAGAUUUUUAUUAUCUUUUUUCCAGCCCCGUGACUCACCUCUUCCUUCUAGUAAUGUCAUGUCCUCCAUUGUUGGUCCAACGAUAGAGGAGCAUUAGGGACAUGUGCACCAAAAUUCGCCAUAGGAAAGUAUUGUAUUCAGUGAUUUCCUAGAUGCUUCUGUGUCACGUGACUGAAAUUUACUUGGUUAGUGCAGGGGAAGCAUCUCUGGUGGCUGUCUGGAAAACAAAGUAAAUAUUGCUGUUACAAAACAACAACAAAAAAUCUACCGUGUUUUCAUCUGCAGGUUAAAAGGAUGAAGUGGUCUGGGUGAAUUUAGUGGUCUAUUAAAUGCUUGACAAAAACUCAAAGGCACUGCAACUGUGACCACCUAGCACCAAAGGCCUACAAAAAUAUGUAUUGUGGUUAGUGUCCCUUAAGUAUGUGCACGUGUAGUAAUAACAAUGAAGAUUGACUUUUCAUGUAUGAAGGAGGUGACCUACUUUCUCAGUGAUCAACCAAUUAUAUUAGUCUUUGCUUGAAUUUAUAACGUUUGUGGCUGCUUACGUAACAAAGGGAUUUGAAACAAAUACUUAAAGGGACACUGUAUGCACCCAUAACACUUCAGCUCAUUGAAGUGGUCUGGGUGCUGUCUCUUCUGCACUUAGUGCUGCAAUGUAAAACAUUGCAAUUCCAGAGAACUGCAAUGUUUACAUUGCAGCUCUAAGUCUGCCCUCUGUGGCUGUCUUAACCGACAGCCACUAGAGGGUUUCCGGAUCUAAACGGACUUUUGGUCCGUUAUCUGAUUCUGGAUGUCGUCAUGGACCUCCAGCAUCAGUAUCUCCCUAUAGGAAAGCAUUGAAUAAUACUUUCCUAUGGGGAGUUCUAAUGCACGCGCGCCUAUUGCCUGCCCAUGCGCAUUAGGUCUCCCUGCCGGCUGACGGUGGGGGAGGAGCGUGGGUGGAGCCUGACCCAGCGCCAAGGGAUUCAGUUAAGUGGCGGGAGGGGGGCACUCCAGCAACCUGUAGUGCCAGGAAAACAGGUUUGAUUUCCUGGCACUAUAGGAUCCCUUUAAACAAAAAAAUAGCAUUUUACAUGUUCUUUAUUAUGAAACACUAUCCGUGUUAGAUUUUUCUAAGCUUCCCUACAUAAUCAAUUGCCUAGAAUCUAUGCUAUUAAACUGAUCUCUUCAAAUACUGCUGUCACCCUAAAAGAGAAGUGUUUGCUUGCUGAGGAUUGUGUGAACUGCCUUUUCACAACUAGAGAGCUUACACAUUGGUUACAACUGAUCUGAAAAAUAUGAUGUAUCUAAACUAGUAGACCCAAUUUUAUUUCAAUGUUAUUCUGUCAUUUAUAAGUAUUUUAAUUAAGAAAUUAAUCCCAGGGAAGGUAAGAGGCAGCUAGAUUUUUAAAGAAAGUCCAAAAGUAAUUUAACUUUUUAGACCUAUGAAGUGUUAUGUUGACAUUCAGUCACAAUCCUAUUAAAACACUGUAUGCUGCAUCUAAUUGCCUUCUGAUGAUUGCAUGGUUAAAUCAUUGUUUUAGUAAGGUUACAUUAGUAAACAGGAAGGAGUCUUUAAACAUAAUUCCUCCUAUUUGGAUAGAUCUAUUGCUUUUUAUGUAAUUAAAGACCUUUAUCAGUUUGCAUUUAACUGUUAACUUACCAGUAUCAUUUUUAAAUAAGCAUACUUCAGGCACGUCUAAACAGACAUUUGUUCAGUCCCUAAACCUUAAUUGUGUAAAUUGCAUGGCUAUAAACAUUUCUUAAGUAGCUGUAGUAAUCAUGAGUGACCUUGGCCUUUGUAUCCUAGAAAUAAGUGCCUGUCUGUAUCUUGCUCAUUCAAUGAUGCCUUUUCUCGGAACUCAUUAAUAGUGCCAAGCGUAUCAUUGUUGCAGUUCUUAAACUACAUGUUUACUCACUGUACUUUAUUACAAAAUACAAGUUUUAUUGGUAUUUUUAGGCAUUUUAAUUGGAUUUCAUUAACAAGUUGAGCAUUUUCAUUAAAGGAACACGAACUAUAGAGUUAGAAGCACAAAUGUAUUCCGAACGCUAAAGUGUUGUCCUUGAUUUAAAUUAUUCCCCAUGUUCUGGUCUCCGUACAGCUACACUGUUUCCCGGGCUUAGAUGAUCAUUACUGAUGAUCUCAGCCAAUCCAAUGUUGUAUGGAAGCUUUGGCAGGCUAGUGUUCAUGCGCGACAAUAAGCGGAGUUGUGCCAAUCAGCAUCUACUCAUAGAGGUGUAUUGAGUCAAUGCCCCAGUUGAGGAGCAUUCUAUAUUCCAUGCAUAGGUGGCCUUAGGCAACGGUGUAAGCAUUUACACUGCUGAUGCUGCAAUGACAGGCUAUAUGCUACACUACAUUACUACUACAUUAAACUGUAGUAGUUCUGGUGCAUAUAGUGCUAGUUUAACCCCUUAAGGACCAAACUUCUGGCAUAAAAGGGAAUCAUGACAUGUCACACAUGUCAUGUGUCCUUAAGGGGUUAAAGCAUGCACCCUGUUUAAUAUCUCUGGCUUUAGCUUACACACUAACUUACUUAUAUCUCAAGUUUUGGAACUGUGAAGCAAAACAUAUACUAUAUUUAUUUUUUGUUUCCUACCAUGAAAAUUUGACUUACAUUUUUACUUAAGUAUUGAGUAGUUGUAAGAUUUGAAAAUACUGCAAAUAGAAAUGAUGGCUAAUGUUUCCAUGCCUCCAAAUUGUCCCAGUAUUUGUUGGAAAAUAUCCCUAAUCUGUUUAGUGUGAGUGGAACAAAAAAUGUUUGUACUAUGCAAAAUGUCAGAUGAUAAAUAGCCUGCACGGAGAGACCAAAAGCACACUAUGCUUGUCCUGCCCUCAGUGAGGCCCUGUCAGACAGCCUAGUAUGUAUUUGAGCCAGGCUGACAUGCUAUUUCUUUGGGUAUUUUGAUACAAUACCACACUUUUGGGCAUCACCAAUAAUGCAAGUGGUGUUACUGUUAAGCUACCAUAGGCAUGCCCAGGGUAUGCAUGUCUCUCCAACUGUUUUGGAUUACAGUUACCUUUAUGCUCAGUUUCCCACGCAGUAAUGGCUAAUAAUACCUGGAGUAUCGAAUAUUAACCAUAACAGCUGUGGGGUGCCUUCUUGUGAUAACACAGUUGAAUGUACAUGUCAACGCCUAGAUUUGUUUUUGUUUAUUUUUGACCUGAAGGAACAUUUUAUUCAAAUGAGCUUCUUACAGGUGUAUGCUCUUCUACCCACAUUUGAGAGAAAUAAUAAAAAAAAGACAAUCUAAAACACACGUGUUAUUUCCUUGAACUGACUUAAUUUAGGAAAUGGUGACUCAUGCAUUUGCAAUUUCCAAGCUGACCUUGUUGCUCUUUCUGUCGAUGGUGAGUGACCUCUGUAAUAAUGUAUGGUGGAAGUAUAGGUUGCUGUCACUUAAUGUUCAGUAAGUUGAUUCCGUCUGCAUCUUUAAAUCUGUUUUUCCUUUUUUGACAUGUUUAAUUUUUUUUAGAAAGUACUUAUUGCAGAAUACGCACACAUCAUAUUAUACAUUUCAUGACUAGUAAACUUGGACUGCAUACUGACAGGGCAAUGGAGACAGCAGUCAAAUACAAGGUAUAACUUCCUUGAAUUUUUUUUGUCAUCCGUCUACCAAAAGACUGCCUCAAAACCCCGUAAUACAAUAAAAAGCUAGUAAUCUUCCCCAUACUGUAUAUCAAAUUUGAACAUUACCAUAACUUUACUGUAAAUAAUGGAUUGACAGGCUCCUUGAGCAUCUUUGCAGUGAUUAGGUGUACAGUGCUGUGUACAUAGUUUUUCUUCUUCUAAGCAGUGUAAAUCGCAUUGUGCUUGCACUAUUUGUUAGGAAAGUUCCAUCUUUCACAGGAAAGAUUUGCAAUAUAGCUCCUUCUGUUGCAGCUGGCAACAUAUAUUGCAUCUCAUAUUGUUUUAUCUUUUUUUUAAUUUUUAAAUUGGUUUGCCUCACUUUUUCAUGUCGCUACACAGCCUGCAUUUAAUAUUCCGAAUUAAAUCCGAACAAUGAAAUCAAUGUAUUCUUUAAAAAUAUAGUAUAUAUGCUAUUCGUUGUAUCCAGCAAAAUGUAAGGCUGUGUGGCAUAUAGGUUUUUCACAGGCAAGUAUAUUGUUUGAAGCAGGUGGCUAGCAGUUCAGAAAUAAUUGGGAAAAAAAAUAAAGUACUGUCCAAGCUCUUUACAUUUGAGUUUGUAGUGCACUGAGCCUCCAUUCUGAGCUGCAGUCUUGGGAAAAAAAAGUAGAUGGAAGUAGCUGGUCACAUGAAAAUUCAGUUGAAUGAAAAGCUCUUUGUUCCUAGUCCUAGAAAAGUAUCUCUGAGCUCCACAUUACAGUGCUGCUAGUGUUAUUGAAGACUAACCAUUGGCUGGUGCAAAGGUGGCUAAAAACACACACACACACACAGUAAAUGGAAAAGAUUUUCUCCCAGGCAACACAGUGGCUCAAGCUUAUAACUAGGUCAGGUGAUUGGCAUAUUUGUCUCUUAUAGAGAACUUUCAUUUGUUUCCCAGUCUUCCAAGUAUAAAUGCUAGUUUCAGACUCCAGAUUCAAAGAAGAGCUGGACCUGGUAUCCCUGAUCACUGGUUAUUAUUCAUACCUAACUUUUGAUUUCUCCAAUUGUAGCUUUCACGUUUUAAUGCAGAGAAAAAUUUGCAAGGUUUAAAGGGACACUAUAGUCACCAGGAAUAGUACAACUUAAUGAAGUUGUUCUGGUGUGUGUGCUAUGACCCUGCAGGCUUAUUAAUGUAGGUUCUGCAUUUCAUUUGAUUGUGUGUUUAUUACAUUUUGAUUGGAGAUGCAUGUGGAGGCAGUUCACACAUCUCUCUAGCAAUAAGCCAUCAAGAUUUAAUGCAUCUCAUAGGACUGCAUUAAAAUAAUAAAUUUCCACUAGAUGGUAGGCACACUAAUUGGGGUAAGGUUUAUACCUUCUUGUGGGAACUAUGGUUAAAGUAACUAAAACUUGAUUAUUACAGUCUUGCUUUCUCUGUAUGUGAGUGAGGCAGCAGCUCCUUGUGGCACAGUAGAAGAGCAACAAUUUGAUAAUGGUAAAUUAAGACCCCUUUUGUGUAGCUUCCUUCUUGUUUCAUUUUUUUAUUUUUUAUUUUUUUUUCACCUGGCUGGUUCUGAUCUAUGGUUUGUCAAAACAAAAGUAAAUACCUGAAAGUAAGCAAGCAAGCAGGAAAAAAAAAAUGCUACUAGAAAAGUAUCCUGAUUAAAUGGGAUCAUGUCAGAUAAGGUGAUGGGCAAUGUAAAAAGAUAAUAGCAAGAAGUUUCCCUAGUGUAUCUUUAACAUUAUGACCCACCAAUUUGUCAAGUGAAAAAAGUCAUCUUUGCAUAUCAUUUGAACUGGAGUCUGUACUUUGUUGAAGAUAAGCAGGCAAUGUUGCUCCUGAGAAAUAAUGAUGCUAAUUUAUCUUUGCCUGUCCACCUAGCAAAUGGAAAGACUGCUUCGGAAAAGAAAUUGAGAAAUAACUGAGCCGUACUGAGCAAUUUCUUUCACUUUAUAUUCCUGUUAUAGAUUUAGGGACUUUAAAAUGGCUGUCGACUGGAAAUUUUUCUACUAUUUAAACACAUUAUUUGUACAUUUGGUAAAUCUAAUACAAUAAUUACAUUUAUAAUGUGCUGUUUGUGAAAUAUAAAGGGGUUUAUUGCAAAACAUGAAAUCGUUGUGGGUGGCAUUGUUGACCAAUGUAAGCUAAACUGAUCCCCUCUUCUCUUCCUUUAUGUGCAUAACCACAAAUUAUGGGUCGUGGCAACAGAAUUUAAUAGACAUAUGGGAUUCACAAUAACCUUGUGUCUAUAUUUUCCUUGAAUUUAUUUAGUGUUCAACAUCACUGGCUAUUCUGAAUAAUUACUGCCCCUUUAAAAAUGACUUUUCUUCACAUUUACAUGUUGCAGUCAUGGAUGUUCUCUCUUUGCUACCAAAGUGAGAUUGAUUAGAUGUUGAUCACUUUAAUGUCACAGAGCGGUAUAGUACAUAGUUAUCCGUUUUUGAACCGCAUUUAUGUGAAUAACCUAGCUUUCAGUAAACCAAGUACUUUUAUAUGCAAAGAACAGGGGCUUCUUUUCCCUUAGGCUGCCGCUACCAAGUAAUAGCUUGUUUUCAGUCUUGCUGUGUCUUCAACACGUUUCAGAAUGUGCAUUCCUGAUGGGUUUCAUGGUGCGACUGUAGAAAACAAGUUAUGUCUAGUAUUGUGCCUUUUGUAACUUGUUGGAACUCUUAUACAUCAUUCUAUAGAUGUUUGGUAAGCUUGUGAAUCCUUGUCUAUAGUAAGCCUCAGGAAGAGUAGUCUUUUGCAGACUACAUUCUGUUUCCCUAUUCAGAAUGCCAUCGAGAGUCGAACACAGCAUGAAGUGUUUUAAAAUCAAAGAGACUUUUUAGCUCCAAGCCCUACCGAUUACCAGAUUUGAUUUAGUUUAGUAUUAAAUCACAGUUUGCCAAGUUUAUUCAUGAUCUGUUGCUGCAGUGAAGUCAAUUUAGGAAAACUUUUCUUGUGUGCCUUUUCUUGCAAUGUUAAAAACAAACCAGCUAAAUAAAAAAGGAAAAUUUACUCAUUUAUUCUGAUUUGUUUUUCAUUGAUAUGUAUAGACUAAUAUCUGCAGUGCUGUGGAUAGGUAAUUAAAAUGAAACUAAAUUGUGACAAAUUAAAAUGAAGCUAAAUUGUGACAAAAGAGAAAACAGAUCAUAUAGUGUUUACUAUGUAUGACCCAUGAUUACUGCUUUCAUCAUUUGAAAAUUUUUUUGAGAGAGACUUCUUUCUUGCAAGACAGAUCUGUGCAUAUUAGUCAGUCACCUUUUUCAGAAACUGUAUUCUUCUAACUCCAUCAGUACACAAACACAUGUAUGUCUAGGAAUCUGUGCUACACUGUGUAUGAAGUUAUUUGAUAUUAAAUUAUGAAUGGGAGGUCUCUUUCCCCCUGUGAAUGGAAACCUUCAUAUGCAAAGGAUCUUUGACCAGUGCAUGGUAAAUUUGUACUGAAGACUUAAUUGCAAUGGUAGGCUUCUCUUUGUCAGCUAGAUAAAAGCAUUCCAUGGCAUGUGUUGCCAGAAAGGAGUUACACAAGGCUGGGCUGGGGAACUUGCAGCUGUUACCAUUCAUGUCAGUCAAGGGUCCAGGAAGGCAAAUAGAAGUGUAAGCCUGCAGAUCCCUUGGGGACAUGGGGCCUGACUGGUGGAGGUUGAUAAGAACAGAGUCAGUCAAAUAUUUCUCUUGAGGCUUUUCUAAACCUGGUCCGGUUACUGUGCAGCAACUGUUUUGUUGUUUUUUUGUUUUUUUUUAUUACAAAGUAUGAGCUCAUCUCUCUGUAUUUUUAUUUUUUUUUUGCUGUGCUCAAGAUAGUAAAUAGCAUGAUUAUAGGUUUUAAAUUUAUUUACACAUCUGUAUGACCAUUUCACUUCACUUGAUAUUACUUGCUUACCCUUAUUUUAUUCACUCUCUGUUGAGAGAGAGGCAAAGUGCAGGAUUGUUAUUCCUAAAAUCUGCUGACAUUGGGACACUCUGCUUGUACACUAUGAUGGUUUUAGAAUGAGUGCUCUUUAGCAGAGCACCCUCUCUAUAUCUUGUUCAUGUAAGUUAAAGGGUACACCUCACACUAUGAUCGCUCCAUAUGUGAGGUGUUUCACUAUGAAGCACUUCACAUUCAGAACUUAAAGGGAUACUAUAAGUGCCAGAAAUACAAAGCUGUAUUCCAUGCACUAUAUCUCCCUCUGCCUCUCUUGCACCUUUCCAUGGUGGUCAAUAGGUUACAAAUCCUUAUCCCAGCGCCUAUGUUCCACCUCGUACUCAGUCCUGCGAUUAACUAAUGCUCAUGAAUGGCAAAUCCUGCACGCACAUCAGACCUCCCCUUAGGAAAAUAAACAAGAAAAAUUAUACCACUAAAAAAAAAAUACAGUGCAGAAAACGCAACCUCCUAAAUAAAGUGUUCUCUCUACGGAAACUCUCAAAAGAAAAAAAAAAAAGGGGGUGGCUACCAAAAUACUAAAUGGUGUAAAUAAUAUAUAAAAUACAACCUCUUAGUAGAGAUGAACUAGAAGGAAAAUUAAAUCUGUGAAAAAAAACACUAUACAUAAUAUAUUCUAGAAAACACUAUAGGGUAGGGGGUUGAAUCAAUGCUUUCCUAUGGGGAAAACAUUCUAACGCUGGAUGUCCUCAUGCAAAGCGUGAGGACGUCCAGUGUCCGUUACCGGACUAAAGGUUCAUUACGAUGCAGGAAGCUCCUCCAAUGCCUGUCUGGUAGACUGCCACUGGAGACAGACUUAAUGCUGUAAUAUAAAUAUUGCAAUUUCUCUGGAACUGCAAUAUUUUACAUUGCAGUGCUAAAUGCAAUAGGGACAUUGCACCCAGACCACUUUAAUGAGCUGAAGUGGUCUGAGUGCCUAUAGUGUUCCUUUAACCCCUCUGCUGCCAGAGGUGUAACUUUCAGCCUAGAAGAGCUGUUAUUUUUAUUAUUAUUGCCAUUUAUAUAGCGCCAACAGAUUCUGUAGCGCUUAACAGUAUUAUGAGAGAGGGGAUUUAACUAUAAAUAGGACAAUUAUAAGAAAACUUACAGGAACAAUAGGUUGAAGAGGACCCUGCUCAAAUGAGCUUACAGUCUAUAGGAUUGACUUGGUAAUAUCAAUUGCGAGUAUAUUGUAACUCUGUCAGCAGUCACAGCAUGCUGGAGACAGGUGUCCAGUGGGGGCACCAGGAGUGAUCUUGCAUGAUGUGCAAUAGAUGUUUGUUAUAAACUCGCUGCAGUAGACCCAAAUUAUACCAAAAUGCUGACUUAACUUUAACAGGAUUGCCGGUAUAGUUAGUCAUGUUAAAGACAAGGUCACAAAUGUAAAACUUGUAAUGUGGGCAUUAAAGGACCACUCUAGGCACCCAGACCACUUCAGCUUAAUGAGGUGGUCUGGGUGCCAGGUCCAGCUAGGGUUAACCCAUUUUUUCAUAAACAUAGUUUCAGAGAAACUGCUAUGUUUAUGAAUGGGUUAAGCCUUCCCCUAUUUCCUCUAGUGGCUGUCUCAUUGACAUCCACUAGAGGCGCUUGCGUGCUUCUCACUGUGAUUUUCACAGUGAGAGCACGCUAGCGUCCAUAGGAAAGCAUUAUGAAUGCUUUCCUAUGUGACCGGCUGAAUGCGCGCGCAGCUCUUGCCGCGCGUGCGCAUUCAGCCACAUUGGAGGAGAAGAGGAGGAUCGGAGGAGGAGAGCUCCCCGCCCAGCGCUGGAAAAAGGUAAGUUUUUAACCCCUUUCCAGAGCCGGACGGGAGUGGGACCCUGAGGGUGGGGGCACCCUCACGGCACUAUAGUGCCAGGAAAACGAGUAUGUUUUCCUGGCACUAUAGUGGUCCUUUAAUAAUGGAAUCUUAUAUACAUUGUUUUGAUUUUUUUUUUUUUCAAUAUUUAAUCAGUUUUGCUUUUUAGUAAAAAUAAAGUUAUCAAAUGCUACUUUUGAUAGAGUAGCCUCAGAGAGUUAAAUUCAAGUAACCAUUUUAUCUCUACACUAGAAAGCAGAGAGACCUGGUGGACACCAGGCAUGUAGUAGAACCAUUCAAAACCAGUUUUACUACUUACCAUGGGGGAGGGAGGGUGCCAGGAUACUUCUAGCUCCAUGACCACUACAGUUACUUUAAGAGAGUUUGAAUUGUUCUAUUUCAUAAAUCAACACAUUACCAUAAGUAUAUGUUUGCAACCAAGACCUAGUUGUUAAACAGUACACAGUGGGAAUCCUUUUGCUUUUACCCUGCUUACCGUAAGUUAGCUUUGUAAUAAAGCCAAAAUCUCUAUUAUAAAAUCACAAAGUUCAUACUGCAGUUCUGUAUCCGUUUCAUAAUCACAGCUGUUAUGUUUUGAGUUGUACUGAUGGUGCUUUUUAAUUUUACUCUGAUUUAAGAAUUACUGUCCAUAAUGGGAUAUGUACAGCUGACCAGAUUUAUUGUCGCUAUCUCACUUGAAGUGAGUCGCUGUGGAUGGGAGUAGAUGCCUUUUCAGUUGUUGGGCAUACCAGGUCCGUUAUAACAUGAAACUUUAAAAUGCUUUGUAUUCUGUAUUCAUUUUAAUUUUCCAACAAACAAUAUUAAUCUCCAAUUUCUAGACUUAGACAUUGCCACUUAGACACUGGUUUUAUUAAUUUGUGUUUUCUAUUGUAUGUUCAGAAUACAAGAGAAAUGUUGAAGAAUUUAAGAGGAUAAAAAGCUUGAGUCAAUCGCUUGGGCUUAAACUAAGCAAUGCAAAUCCGUCUUUAAGUGACCUUAUUGAUGUUUACUCAAAGCAGCUUUCUCUUAGUACAAAUGACUGAGCUUUGUUGUAGAACUGUACAGGUAGUAUUUUGCCUCGCUGGAGAUUGACUGUGCAUCCCUCGUGCAACCUCUCUUUGCUUCAACAGCGAGUGUAUACAGCAAUGCCUGGAGCAAAGAUAGAUUGCCUGUACGUGCCUUAUUUGAUCAGUUGACAGUUGUCGCGGGGACAGGUCAGCAAAAAAGCAGAACCUCAAUUUGCAGCUGACAAUAUCGGUAGCUGUUAGCUGUGAAUGUUCAUAUGGCUGCAUCUAAUUCAUUUCUAAAUAUUUGUCUCCAAGUACUUCUCAGGUGAAAAAGUAGAGAUUAUAAGACAAAACGGUGGCUUUUAAACCUCACAAAUCAAGCACCAAAUCUAUUGACAAUCAUGUUGUGUAACAAAUAGUGCCAUCUUCUGGUAUGAAAACUGCAAUGCGCACUAUGUAAUGUAAACUACAUUUCUUUUACAAUUUGAAAAGGAAAUAUCAAACAGUAUUUUGUGUUAUGCUCUGCCUUAUGUAUGUAUAUUAUUUGUAUUUUUUAGAAGUGGUUUAGGGAAUACCAUCUAAGGUGUUUUGAGCGUAAUUACUAUUUGUUUCCUACAUAUUGUGCAUUUAUCUGCAGUAUUUUGUGUCUAUUUUAAAUGCCCAAAUCUCAAACGCAUUCACUGUGUUUUCUCACUGGCUUCUUUACUGGCUUUAGCAUCUAAUAGGCAAAUGUAGAGUGAAGACAAAUCCCAAUUUAUUAAAAACUAGCACUUAUCCAGGGAUUUUCAUCCUUGUGUCCUAGGUACGGAAGUGCAAAUAUUUUUCUCAGAUGUAACGAAAGCACCACAGAGUUGUCUUUAGUACAUGGGCUUAAAUCUUUUCAAAGCACAGUUUUAGUUCCCAGGAUAAAACCAUAUUGCUCCCUAAACAUAAAAGCACUUUGAAUAAAAUGCAAUUACCACAUAGGCUGUAGUAAACUGUUAGGAAUCUAAAUACUUGUGUUUAUGUUCGAUCACAGUCACGGGACACCACGUGAUUUAAUUAAACACACACUAGGCUUUAUGCACACGUCUGAAACUAGGCAGUAGUGCAGCAUUUCUUUGCAGAUGCUAGAGUGCGCUUGAUUGCUUCCAGAGAAUUAUGGGGCAUUGAUGCUGCGGGACAAAAAUGCUGCAGAGGCAAGCAUAUUUUUAUUUAUAUGAAUUCUGGUUGAUUUCUAAACAUGAAUAAACACACACUAAAAGGUAAUCAGUUAUCUAUUUCACAGCUUAAAAUUUUUACUCCUAUGCUACUAACUAGGCUUUAAAAAUUACUCUCCAUUGCAAGCCAUAACAUUACCUCCAUGGGUCAAUGUCCAUUCGCCAGGGCUGUAUUGUCACUCGCCAAUAGCUAGUGGCAAGUACAACUUUUGAGUCCUGUUUAUUUAAUUUUUCCACACCUUUCCGUAGACGUUCAGAUAGGUCAUUUCGGCAAUAUAAUGUUUCACUGUAUAAUUUUUGCAGACUGUGAGCUGCUUUUGCAUACACAGAUGUGUUACAAUGUAUAAAGUUCAAUGCUCUCACUUUUUGUAGUGAGAAAGAAGCAUGUGUGUCACUUGAGGACAGCACUUAAAAUAAAUAAAAGAAUUACAAUAAAUAAACAAAAUGUUGUUAAAACUACUGCAGAGAAAAACCACAACUGAAUGGCUUGUUUAGGCCAUUUAUUAACGUAAAUUAUGAUUUAUUGCUAUUGAACAGUUCUCAGCAUUUAGGAGACUAAUAGUGUACUCCAAGUAAGCCAUCUGCUUACCAUUUCAGAUUCCCUGAAGGGAAAUCACAGCAGUUUCUAGAAAUUAAACCCGUUUUUCUAUUUUUGCUGCUUCUGUGUAGAUAAAUGCUUUUUUAUGAGCUUGUUUGAGCAGGGUCCUCUACACCUUGUCUCUGUCAUCACUGCUUUGUAUGUCAGCAUGUUUUAUAUUCCCAAUGUAAUAUCCUAAAACCCUAUGGAAUAUGUUGGCGCUGUAUAAAUAAUAUAGUAACAUCCAUUAACUUUUAUUCUGUUUACAUAUUUGUUGGUAAUACAUUUACCUCUGUACUUUAAUUAAAAGUACAUUGAGAACUGCUGCAAUAUUGUAUAGCUUAAUUAUAUUAUUUGCUAAUGGAACUUUGAUAUAUAUAAUACAUUGCUAGACACAAAUACACGCACCAGUCAAGCCAUAAGACUUGCUUUUCCCACAGAAAUUCGCUUUAACUGUGCUCUCACUACUGCAAGGGAUUCUGUGUAGGCGUAUGCAAAUGAGCUCAACAAAGAACCACAUUUUUGCCUCAUAAUUCCACUUUAUACAUGGAUUCCUUGGAGUAUGUGUCUUCUGCAUUUUUGCCUCAUAUUUCCACUUUAUACAUGGAUUCCUUGGAGUAUGUGUCUGCUGUAUAGAACAGCUUUGAAACACAACUCAGGGAGAGGAGCAAAGCCAGUGAACCACUUAUGGACAGCUGUUUUGUUGUUAAUCAGCAUGAGGUUGGUUACUGGCUUGCAAUGGAGGCUUGGCGUUACUUGUAAAGUACAUACCAACAGAGUUGUGGUGGGGAACAUAGUGUGGAUGAAAAUCGCUUCCACCUGAAGUCACUUACUUCAGGUGGAAGGAGUUUUCAUCCACACUUUAACCCCCACCACAAUUCUGUUGGUAUGUGGUAUUAACCUCGAUGGUACCACUUUGGAACCUUGUUGGUAUGAUGCAUCGACCUCCUAGCACUAGGCAAAGCGAACAGAGCUGGCAAGUAAAGUGAAGUUACAUUUUAAUUUGCAUUGUGUUUAUUUGUUUCUGUAUGAUUUUAUGCAUUUAUGGUAAUAUUAAACUGUAAAAUUUAUUGUAAUAUUAAACUGUAAAAUGUGCUGUACUUUUGGGGGUCUGGAACGGAUUUAUCUAAUUUACAUUAAUUCUUAUGGAAAAUGUUGAUUCGGUUUUCGAACAACUCUGUACUCAAACAGCCUUCUGGAACAGAUUAAGUUCAAGUUCCGAGGUUCCACUGUACCUCUUUGCAUGUGAAGAGUCUUUUAUUCAGCAGUUAGUAAACCAUUUCAAGAGAUGUAAAAAUGUGGCAACUUAAUAAUACUUUAGAUUAUUUUAUUUCAAGAGAUGUAAAAAUUUGGCAAUUUAAUAAUACUUUACAUUAUUUUAUUUCAAGAGAUGUAAAAAUGUGGCAACUUAAAAUCUAAAGUGUUUUUUUUAUAUAUGGGUUUUUGUUGUUGAUAAAUGGGCAGUGGAUAAAUUAAGUGUUUGUCUUAUGACACUUGCAUGUACAUAAGUUAUUUUGCAUCCUGGCCGAUUUUAAAUUAGUGGUUGUGGAACUUACAAUAUGGGGGGGAGGGAGAAACUUUAAUUUUAAAUAUUACAUAUUUUUAUUUAAUAUUUGCAAAUAUUGUGUUCACGUAUGUUAAAGAAAAGUAAAAAAGUAGUUCUUACAUUCAUAGAAAACGUUUUCCUUCAUUCACCCUGUAAUAAACUUAUGCAGCCUGCUUGUAUCGUUAGAAAAGGUUGUUCCUAUUUAUGCUUCAUGGAAAAAAAUUCAGACUGCCCUUGACAUGUGUUUUUUUGUUUUGUGAAGAUUUGGAGUCAUCCUCACUACUGGAAUGAUGUGAUUUAUUAUUGUGAUCUUACUGUAGUUAUGCUAAAUAAAGAAUAGAGGAUGAGUGAGGAAACUUGUGAAUGAAGUAACACACAGAGGUGAAAAUGAGUUGGAUACAUUUAUCAUAUUUAAAAGACAUCGUCAAACGCCACAAUAGCGUACACUUCUACAUAUACAUACAGGCUAAACAGUGGCAUGAAAUCUGAUUUUUUUUUUUUUUUACUUUUAUCAUAUUUAAUGUAAAGGGACAGUUUGUGCAUUUUAAAUCUUUACAUAAGGCAGCAUUCCUUGAUCAAAAAGCACAGUAGUAAUUGUCAAGGUUUUGAAAAAUGAAAUUCAGGUAAAACCUGCAGUAUUUAGCUUCUCCUUGAGUUUCUAACAGGAGCUGAACUGCUGAAGGCAUUUGCAAAUACCAUGGUAUUUGCACAAGCAGUUACACUGGAAAUCCAUGCUUUGAAGUCACUGCAGUCACAUGCAAUAAGACAAUGUAGUUGAAAUGUAGCAUAUUCUUGAGAUCUUACUCAAGCAUUCUCAUGCUGCUCCUAUAUUCUAAUUUUGCCUUAUUGAGCAAGUGUGGAACAGAAACUUAAAUGUACAAACUUUGCGGCUAAAUAUACUUUAAUUUCUUUUUUGUGUUUAAAGGGGCCAACUCAAGUCUAGCGUGUGCUUUAGUCAAUCAAAUGAUAAAAGUAUAAAUGAUUAAUUCUCCAAUGUGAAUAUAUCUCCAUCCUGCCUCCUUUCCCUGUGGACUUUAUACGGUUUGCCAUGUUUCCCAGUGGGUGAAGGUCUUGCACAGUGUGUGCAAAGAUAAUUUAGAAUUUUCAUGUCCCUGUUAAUGACUUAAAACACCAGCAAGUAUAUACAUUGACAUAUGUACUCUCCUCAACAUGACUCUGCAGACAUCUUCUACAGACAGCAUGGUACUUUGGACUAGAUGGAGUGGUUGUGCAUGCACCGAAAUGACAUAAUCCGCAUUAUACAAAACCCAGCAUGCACUGUACUAUAGGAGUGGUUGGUUGAAACUAGGUCAUUUGGGGUUGUCAUCUAUUCAUAGCAUCCUUAGAUACAGCCUUUACUGCUGCACAGUUGUUAGGUAGGUCAAUUUGUAUAAAGUACAACAUACCUUUCAUCCUUUUUACUUCUGCUAGCACAAAGUACAGUUGAAUUUUUAUGCCAAUUUAAAUGGCACCAAAUCGGAGCCUUAGCAUUUUCAGCAUUUAAAGUACUAGCGAUUUAUGCACUUAAAAUGUUAAUAACCUAACAGUUUUUUUGUUGUUUUUUUUUCACCUGCAGGCAGAAGGAGAAGACAGCUUAAAAAAAAUGCAGCUGAUGGAACUGGCCAUCCUUAACGGCACCUACAGGGAUGCCAAUUUAAAAUCACGUAAGGCAAUUGUGUCCUUGUUUUUCCACAUAUUAAUGUCAACAUUUCUCCAAUCUAUUCUUCUGACAUGUGCAUAGAAGCAGCCGCACAUCUGUCUCCAAUAUUAAUGCCCCCCCAAAAAACUUUGCCAUUUUUAUUUAUUUUUUUCUGUAUGUUAGUCUUGUAAGAAAAGCGAAUGGAAUUUUGUAUGUGUUUACAUAGUAUGUGUGUGCGUGGACAGUGCUGGUAACAAUAGUCAGGGUUUAAAAAAAAAAAAAAAAUAGCUCUCAGCUGACCGAUUAUCUAACUAGCAACACAUGAUCAGAGCAAGUUUGAAGACCCUAUGAACACUGUCCCUCAGUGCAGUCUUUUGAUGUGCUCACUCUGCCCUGAAUCGAGAAUCUUUCCUGGUGUUCAGAGGGAACAAACCCAGAAUGGUAUGAAAGGAGUUUGAAUUUUGAAUGUUCUGGCAGGACAUUUGGGAGGUAUAUAUGGGUGCUGUAUGGUUAAUCUAGUAUGCACAAUACAGCUCACUCCUUUCCAAACCAGCGUUAAAGCUUACAAAAUGUAUGCAAAUAUUUGCCUGAUACAGACGAAUACACCAUUAUUAUUGUAUUAUUUGUUUGCAUUAAAAAAAAUGGCAGAUUGUGUGUGCAUGACUGUGAAUACAAGAAUUAGAACCCCCAGUUACUGUUGUGGAAGGGAGGAUAAGUAAUUCUUCUCCUUUUCACAUAUUCUCUGGAAGGCAUACCUUCUAUCUGUCCCAAAUAGCCCCAGUUUGAGUGUGGAUGUGCAAAGGAUGAGAUGUCAAAGCAAGUAAAAGCAUGGAGUGUUUCCAUUUGGACGGCACUGGUAUGUGUGAUGCUUUUAACAGAAUGGUCACUUCUAGCACAGUGUUCCUUUAAAAACCAUCCUGGUAAAAUUCUGUUAUUAUAUGGAAGCAAACGAUAAUGACCUUUGGUCAGAAGGUCCAAAAUUAUUUUCCUGCAUCUUUUGUUAAUUUAGCCACGCUUUCAGUUUAUGUGUAUAAAAUGAAAAUCUUAUGUGUUAUGUCUUACUCCCUCAGAGCAUGUGCAUGUGAGCUCUAGCGUAUACACUGCCAAAUGAGCUUAUAAGCUAUGCAUUACUGCAUUUAAACAUCUACAAAGUAUGGUUGGUGCAGCACUGUAGCAGUUUAUGUUAAAGUAAGGGGAAAAAACUGAAUGUUUUGUCAGUAUGUUUUUUUUGUUUGUUUUUUUGGUUUUUGUUUUUUUAAAAAGCUUGUUUUUUUUUCUCGUGGAUGGGCAACUUAAAACAUGUUUACUUAAAGCAGUCUUCCCCAAACUCCGGCCCUCUAGAUGUUGCUGAACUACAACUCCCAUGAUUCUAUGAAUGAAAUAGGCUGAGAAUCAUGGGAGUUGUAGUUCAGCAACAUCUGGAGGGCUGGAGUUUGGGGAAGCCUGACUUAAAGUAUGUUUUAUUACUUUUAAUGUGCUGUCAUCUUGCCCAAGGUUAUUCCUAUAUAACGUGCAAUUGAACCCCUCUUACUCCCCACAAAAUAAGUCAAUUCAAUCCAGGACAGACACACGUGCGAAAUUAAAGUUUUCCUCCGAUAUUUUUUUUAUUUUAUUUUUUUAAUGCAAAAUCACACAGUGUACAUCUCCUAAGUGGCUACAGUACUGUUGGAUUUAAAGAAAGUCAGUUUUGCUUGCUUAAUACCUAUUCUGUAUAGUGUGCUGGAUUGUUAUUUUGAAAAUACUUGAAGGUAAAUACCUGUAGAACCGUUUCUUUGCAGGAAGUCAAUUAUGCACCUGCUACGUUUUGUGUUUAUCGCUAUGUAUAUUUGAUACUGUUUUUUUUUUUUUAUGCAGACAAUUUAUUCUAGAAUGUGAUAAUGUAAAAUUACCACAGCUUGGUUUUAUACACUGCAGUUACAAGUUGGAGGUGUUUUUGCCAUCUUGCCACUGAUUUUGUGAAUAAACACCUUUAGAUAUGGUCAAACUAUUCCUAAAUGUUUUAUCUCAUAUUGAGUGUAUUUAUAGGUUAUUGUGUAACAACCCUUUUAACUCUUUUGCACAUUAAUAUUUCUCAAACUGGUCAUGACUCCAUUUCCCAUAAAUGUUUCUACAUUUUGUUUGUCUAUCGCUCAUUCACAGGCUACUCUAACAUUUCUUCUUGGCAACACAUAUUCUCUCUUUUUUAAAAAAAAAUUUCUUCUUUUAAUUUUUUGUUUUCCUUAAAUCAUUUGCUGGUUUUGAGAUUGCUUCUUAUAGGUUCUUGUUUGAUUAUAAGCAUGUUUGCAUAUAAUCUCACUAGUAAUUGGAAAUAGCUUAUCUACAUUUCAGUGGUGUGCUUUGGCACUUUGUGAUCAGCGCAUGAACUAAUGAUUUUCCUUUUUUUUUUCUUCCUUCCUGCUUAUUUCUAUACCUUCCUUUCCUUUGCCCUAAACCCAUUUUUUCGCACUGCUGCCUCUACAUUUCCUUCUAAUUUUCUUUGCUUACUGUAGCAGCCCUUGCCUUUUCUCUUGCAGCGACCGCUCAGGCCCCCCGGAUUAUAACUGGGCCUGCGCCUGUUUUGCCUCCAGCUGCUCUGCGUACACCUACGCCAGCUGGACCUACCUUAAUGCCUUUGAUCAGACAAAUACAGACAGCGGCUGUCAUGCCAAACGGAUCCCCACAUCCGACUGCAACGUUAGUCCCUCAAGGACCAGAAGCUGGCUUGAUCUACACACCUUAUGAGUAUCCUUACACUCUGGCCCCAGCCACAUCAAUCCUUGAGUAUCCCAUUGAAACAAGUGGGGUAUUAGGUAAGAUUAGUAAUUUGUUUUUAAUUUAAUUUUAAGGUUUGCAGAUAUAAGGUCAUAGUGAAUAUUAUUGUUUUGCUAAUAUUGUCCUCAAAUAAUCAUAAAUAAUAUUGAAUUACAUUGCUGAAGCAUUUGUAUGGUUGUGUGACCCUUGAUGACAAGAAGAUACUGCACAUUAAACAUUGGAGUGUGUGCCACACAAAUACUUUUGCAGACCAUUAAUUGAAGGGGCACACCAAGUAACAUAACCACUACAGCUUGAUGUAGUGGAUAUGAUGCCUUCAUUAUUUGGGAGCUGUUGUUCACCCUGGUUUAAUAUAAAAUUAUGUAAGAGCAGUUAACAAAAAAUAUGUCUCUUCCCAGCACACGCUUACAAACUUUGUCCAUACUGGAUAGUGGCCAUUGGCUGAGAGUGGUGGUUUAGCCCUGCACUCAUCAGCCUAACAGUACAGUACAGGUUACGUGUAGUUGACUUUGGUAAUGUGGAAGUGUAAAUUUCACAUUAUCAUGGAUGUUUAGAAGGGUCUAGAAUGAUGUUGAGAACUAUGGUUUAUAUCAAACUGUUUAUAAACGGUUUAACAUAAAACCUGGGACAAGACUCAAGGCAACAUAACCAUUACUCUGAACUGUAAUGGUUAUGUUGCUUAUACAGUGAUGGAAACAAGUAUUUGAUCCCCUGCUGAUUUUGAACGUUUGUCCACUGACUAAUAAAUGAUCAGUCUAUAAAUUUAAAAAAUCCAGAAAAACGCAUGGCAAAAUAGUUAUAGAUUGAUUUGCAUGUCAAUGAUUGAAAUAAGUAUUUGAUCCCUAUCAAUCAGCAAGAUUUCUGGCUGCCAGGUGUCUUUUAUACAGGUAACGAGCUGAAAGAGAGUGCUCCUAAUCUCUUAAAUCUCCGCUUGUUACCUGUAUAAGAAACAUCUGUCCACAAAAGCAAUCAAUCAGAUUCCAACUCUCCACCAUGGACAAGACCAAAGAGCUGUCCAAGGAUGGGAGGAUCUUGUUAAUGAUCUCAAUGCAGCUGGGACCAUAGCCACCAAGAAAACAACUGGUAAAACACCAUGCCGUGAAGGACUGAAAUCCUGCAGCACGCACCAGGUUCCCUUGUUCAAGAAAGCACAUGUACAGGCCUGUCUGAAAUUUGCCAAUGAGCAUCUGAAUGAUUCAGAGGAGAACUGGGUAAAGGUGUUGUGGUCAGAUGAGACCAAAAUCGAGCUCUUUGGCCAUCAACUCAACUCGCUGUAUUUGGAGGAGGAGGAAUGCUGCCUGUGACCCCAAGGACACCAUCCCCACCAUCAAAGGAGGAAACAUUAUGCUUUGGGGUGUUUCCUGUGCAUCAAAGGGAGAUGGACGGGGCCAUGUACCGCCAAAUCUUGGGUGAGAACCUCCUUCACUCAGCCAGGGCAUUGAAGAUGUCGUGGAUGGGUAUUCCAGCAUGACAAUGACUCAAAACACACAGCCAAGGCAACAUAGGAGUGGCUCAAGAAGAAGCACAUUAAGGUCCUGCUGUGGCCUAGCCAGUCUCCAGACCUUAAUCCCAUAGAAAAUCUGUGGAGGGAGCUGAAGGUUCGAGUUGCCAAACGUCAGCCUUGAAACCCUAAUGACUUGGAGAGGAUCUGCAAAGAGCAGUUGGACAAACUCCCUCCUGAGAUGUGUGCAAGCCUGGUGACUAACUACAAGAAAUGUCUGACCUAUGUGAUUGCCAACAAAGUACGAAUUCAAAGGGGUCAAAUACUUAUUUCACUCAUAGACAUGCAAAUCAAUUUAUAACUUUUUUGACAUGCGUUUUUCUGGAUUUGUUUUAUUUUUGUUGUUGUUCUGUCUCUCACUGUUAAAAUACACCUACCAUUAAAAUUAUAGACUGAUCAUUUCUUUGUCAGUGGGCAAACGUUCAAAAUCAGCAGGAGAUCAAAUACUUGUUUCCCUCACUGUAGGUUUCCUGUUAAUGAACACAAGAAACAGAGUUGCUUACAUAUUUAUUUUUCUUUGAUAAAAGCAAAUAUUGAAUAUUUUCGCUUUCUGAUUCUUUUCUGUCUGUUCUAAGAUUCAGUCUUUACCCAGUUCUGAUUCAAUGAAAAUACUCUGUUUGGUAAUUUCCUGGUUCUGUCCCGGGGGAUCUACCCUAUUUCUUUCUCUCAUUGAAGCAUUGAUUGCUAAUCUGGAGUAUUUAGAGGAAUUACAGAUAGAAAAUUGGUGAGGGUUUCAAAUAAGCCCGUUAAAGGUCAUGUCCUUAAAAGACAGCGCAAAACAGAAAUUUAGGUACAGGGCAUCCUCUCCCUUGCAAGACAAAAAUAUAGAUUGACCUAAACAUGGUAAAUGGAGUCUGUGUUCUGUUCUUAUAGCAUUGUGUGCUUUAUAUUUUUACGUUUUUAAAAAGGAUCACCUGCAUGGCUUGUUACUUAAAGUAGAAAUUAUAUGGAUGUCUAAAUUGGCAAGUGUUAAUCUAGAAAUUCCCUGCAUUCAUAUUUGGGAGUAAUAGAAGACCGCUAUCACCACAAAACCCUUUUUUUUUUUUUAAUAUAAUUUCAUCAAGUUUUUGUCCUUCCUUCAUUCAUAUACAUACCUUCAUUCUAGAAUCCUUCAUUCAUUUACAUACACCUUGGGUCAGAUUGUGCUUGAAAAUGAACAUACUGUAGCAUUCCCUGUAUCUGAGCAGAGAGUGAAGCAUGGAAGAUUAUGGAGACUGUCCGUUUUCAAGAACAGUCUGACCCAAGGGGUAUAUAUGGCUGAAGUAUUCUGUCGUCUACUAAAGGUAGGGAAGAGGUUUUUUGUUUGUUUUGUUUUUUAACAUGUAUAUACUUAAUUUUAAGAAAAACUACUUUUUUUUCAAUGCAUGAUAAAGGAUAUAGUUGUCCUUUAAAUGACUAGUUUAGGCAGCAUAACAGUUAAAAAAUUCUCAAAUAGUUUUAACACCAAAAUUUUUGUUGCAGUGCCUAAACUCUGCCCUUCUGUUUCCUAAAAAUCAGGAAGCUCUUGCAGAUUCAUGACCACUCUCAUGAAGUCCAUCAGUGACUCCCCAUUCAUAAAACAAGCUUGAAAAGAAACAUCAAUUUUGCAAACCAGUUUUAUGAAUGUGAAGUCACAGAUUGGCUAAGAGCAUCAGAUGACAGCUCUCAUUUAAUUAGCAGUGGUGAUGCUGCAAGAGCUUUUUCUUUUCCCGAUUUUGGAAUAUGGAAGGACAGAGGGUCUGAGAGAUCUGCUGCUGGAAGACUUAGCACCAUAACAACUUUAUUUUGAAACUUUAAGGAAGUUUCAUCCUAGUCUUUUAACUAGAUAUAGAAUUCCUUUUUGAUACUGUGGAAUAUUUUUCUGCAUAAUCUCUCAGUUGGAGUUUACAUUUGUCAUGCAUCUGACAUUAUUAGCAUUUACAAAGCACCAACAUAUUCCACAGAGCUUUACAACUGCAGUGUAUGUCAAUUACUUCAAAGCAAGUAAUUGACGUAAAAUUAAAUUAAAAAAAAAAAACCCACAGAUGAAGUAAAGUUGUCCCUGACAAAUGGGCUUAGAAUCAAUGAGGAAGAGUUAAAGACACAAAACUUAAAUGGGGUAUAGAACAAUGGAAGGAGGGAGAGUGAUAGACUAUGGAUAUGAGGGAAGUCAGGAGGGCAGUUUUAAUGAAAGAAGCGUCACCCAAGAAGAUGGUAAACUUUUGUAAAUAAUUAAAGGACUGGACUCUAGGGAGAGUUUAAAGGCAUGGGGUAGGGACUUACAAAAGAACAGGGCAGACAUUGAACAAUAUUGCAGAUGAGAGUUGGCAGUUUGGAAACAAGCAGAUAUCAGGAGAAGGUCAUUUGCAGAGUGAGCAAACGUGUAUUUGUUGAUUAAACAGCAAAUGUAGUGAGGAGUGGGGUUAGUGAGGGCUUAAUAGGUUAUUAUAAUAAUUUUAGGUUAGCAGUUUGAAUGGAAUUCUGAAAGAUACAGGAAGCCAGUGUAACUGGUAAUGAAGUGAGGUGUGGGAAUAGCGGUUCGGUUAGUCAUGAAGAUGAGUCUGGCAGCAUUCAUAACGGAAUGAAGAGGGUGCAACGCGGGUACUUGGAAUGUCGAUAAGUAGUGAGUUGCAUCAUCCAUUUUCUAGACCUUUCCUUUUCACACUUGUCACAGUUUUCUAUAUAGCAUUAUUUUGUGUGAUUUGGGUAUAUCCAUAUAUAGUUUAGCUUGUUUGUUGUUUUUGACUCAUUCUGUAAUGACAAGUCUUUGCAGAGUAUUAGGUGUGAAGGGCGUUUUCAAAGGUAUUGGAUAUUCAAUUUCCGUGGACAUGGGCCUUUAUAGUUACCAUUUUGGGAGUAGAUACUUCUUCAGAUAUGCCCACCUGUGUUCGGUCUGUGACUGUGGCAUCUAUGAUCUGCUCCUAAGCUCUCUGUCUACACUUGACAGGCUGCUUCUAAUGCUGGAUCAAACAUAUUUUAAGUACCUGUGUGUCAAGAUUGAGAAAAUCCAAACCUGGCAUUUCUAGUAUAUAUAAACCAUGCAUGCCUUAUAUAUAUAUAUAUAUAUAUAUAUAUAUAUAUAUAUAUAUCAUGCAUGCCUUUCAAAUACUGUCAUUGCAGUAUAGAUUUAUUUGCACUUACUAGAUGUGCCUUUGAACAUCAGUACGUCAGUACUAAAUGCAUGCCUUGUGGCUGUUAUAGUUUCUAAUUUAGGGUUUUUUUGUUUUUUGUUUUUUUUAAACCUGACUCAAAUUCCCUCAUAUCUAGUGUUGCUUGUGGAAACAGAUUUGGUGUGAGGAGGUCUAGAUUGUGAUUAACAAAUUCCUGCUCAUUUCUGUUGCUCUCAUCACCUGAAGUUCUCUCUGAACUUUCAGCAACUUCAAGAUCUCUUUUCUCUGUUAAAAUGAAGAAUGUUAUCCCAUAAAGAGUUACAUGUUUGCAAGUGGAGGGAAGACUGCAAUUCCUCUGUGAUACCUGUGACUGAUUAACGUAGGACCCCUAUGGAAUGCUUUCCUAUGGACGCUGGCGUGCUCUCACUGUGAAAAUCACAGUGAGAAGCACGCAAGCGCCUCUAGCGGCUGUCAAUGAGACAGCCGCUAAAGGCUUUGGGGGAAGGCUUAACCCAUUCAUAAACAUAGCAGUUUCUCUGAAACUGCUAUGUUUAUAAAAGAAUGGGUCAAUCCUAGCUGGACCAGGCACCCAGACCACUUCAUAAAGCUGAAGUGGUCUGGGUGCCUAGAGUGGUCCUUUAAGAAGCUAGACGUGUUAAUUACAUACAGAAUUUUACAAGACCAAACAGAAGAAUACAAAAAACAUAAUUAAAAAAUCUUUCUUCUGCUUACUUUUGCAUGUCUGUUUAAAAAGGGAAGACAAAAUAUUCUUCAGAUAAAACAGUGAGAGAAAUCAAACGGCUAUAGUGAGACUGAAAACAAAAGAUGAAACUUAGGCAGACAUAAAUAAAGAUAAGUAAUGGGCUGUUUACAUUUUCAUAUCUGCUAAUUUUUUAUAGAUUGACAUGAAGGAUUUUUCAGAGAUAAGGAAAUGUCAAUAUGUACAGUGAACACAGGAAUACUUCAGAUUUUAAAAGUAAAUGUAGAUAAGCCUCUGGGACCAGUUUACUGUAUAUACAAGAAAAUAAGACUACUAAAUGACUUGCAACCAAUAUUUGUGGCCUUACACCCAGAAUUGGGAUUGGUACAAACCUCCCUCCACAUACACCCAUGCAAACAAAGCCUUUUGUAGUGAUUUGCAGAGAUAACACAUUAAAAAGGUGAAAAUUAUUUGGUCACUUUUAAAGUUUAUGGGUUUAUUGGAAAUCCCCAGCCUCUACAAUGAACAAUAACCAAACCAGGAAAUUACUCUUCCAAUCUUAUUUCUCACUCUGUGCAAGUGCAUAACUGCAGUGUAAUUUUAGCCACAAACUUUGUGUAUACAUGGCAUACCAAUGUCUACUUCUGGCCCCAUGUUUAUGCCAAUAUAAUGUAAUAUAUAGUACCAGAGCUUUCAAACAACAACAAUAUGUAAACUUUGUUAUUAAAUACACAUUCAGAUCAUGUAUUAUCUGUUAUGCAUUUUGCUGUUCUUUUAUAAAUUGUGUAUGUCCAGUACCGAAGACUUUAUCUUUAGAAAGACAUAAUGACACUACAGAAAAUUAUAUUAAGGAUUACUAUUCUGGCUAAAGGGAACUUUAAUACACAUCAAGAGUCUAUAAAAAAUCAGUUUUUUGUUUUUUUUUGGGGGGUGGGGGGAGGGGGUUAGGGUGACAUAACUGAAAGAUGACAUCCAAAGGGAUGCACAAAUGGGGUUCCAUAUUAUUUAGAAAGAAGUAAGAUGAAGAGAGAGGGGUUAAGCUAUUUGGUUACAAAACAUGCUGUGGGGUUUUUAGGGGUGGGGUGUGGGGUGGCAGGGGUUUGUGACCCUAAUGCGGUGCAGUAAGUCAGCACUUCUAGUAUUAAAUAUAAAAAAAAUCCCACAGUGCCAUAGACAAGUUAUCAUUUUGGGGCUCCCUUUUUCUCUUAUAUGGUUAUUUAUCUAAAGUGAGAAUUGUAUGGAAAUCAAAGUGAAUUUCAAAUUUAAGGUCCAAGUAGCCAAAAUGGAAGCAUAACUGACUAGGAGUUCAGCUACUUUGGUCUUAACAAUGCUCAUUUUAAUGAAUAACCCUGCUAGUAUAGGGAUGGUGAAUGAGGUCUAGCUGGUCCAAGUACCUUCAUGGUGCCCGGGCUCCUGGCUAAUCCCUAGGCUGUAAACUGCUACCUUAUGUUUGUUUAAUCUGUCUAAGGCGUGUUUUGACACAAGGCAGAAUGGAACAUAUGGUUUACAAUUAAAUCUGGCCUUACCUUUUGCAUGUUGCAUAUAUUUACACAGUUGGUUAGGUUUGACUGUUAGGUGACUGCUGUAUUUUAUUGGCUUUAUUUUUGCUAGUCUGGAGAUUUCCUUUAACUUCGUUCACUGUGGGCUGGCUAUGUUUGGUAUUUAUAAUCUGCUCAUCUGUCUCAAUACGGUUGUGUAUAAAACAUCUCAGAUGGUCAACUGUAUAGGAGAUUCUGGAGCCAAAUAUGGAACCAGCAAUCUUACUAAAGUCCAAUCUAUCUAUCUACAUAUUUCUGAAAAGCCACUGAAUGUAAAAAAUACUUUAAAAUAUAUAUCAAUGAGCCAUUUACCACAGAGAUUGUAUUGAAUUAUAAAAUUAAUUGCACAAUAUAGAGUAAAAUGGCCAAACUGUGAGUAUGUAGCUGUGCUGGGAAUAUUUUACAAAUCCGUUUUGUCUAAAAUGUGCAAGUUGGCUUUCAAUUCAGUAAAUAAACUCCACUUGUCUUGUUAAUGAAGCACUCCAAAUAUAGCAGGUGAUAUUGUUCCAUCAAAUGUUUCCUAGGUUAAAAAUGGUCUAUCUGCGUCUGUUACUUUAAAUAUAGGUGAAUGCUAACUUACAUUUAACUUACAUUAAUUCCAUUCCUUCUGUCUUCAGGUAUGGCUUUCCCUACGAAAGGCUAAGAAUUCAAGAAAGUCUUAAUUGAACACUCACCAGAAUCGAAAUUUUAACAAAACCCUAGUUUUCAGCAGUCUUGAAAAACAAAUUCUUUAAAAUUCAUAUAGCAGUCAGUGACUUACUUGCACUUCUAUUUUUUAUUUUUAUUUUGCACAUAUAAAAAAAAUAAAAAAUUUUUUUACAUGAUCAAGUCUGUAUCUUGGUAAAAAAAAAAAAAAUAGCAGUUGCAAGUGAGUGUUUAACAAAUCUGACUGCUAAGGGUUCUUUCCUGUAUGCUUUACUAAUGAGUUAAUUCAUGUGGUUCCUUCUUAUCUAGUCAAGGUUUUAAACCAUUGAUUUUUAAUGCAAAUAAUUUAAACAUGUAAAGUUAAAAAAAAAAACUGGAGUUAUUUUAUGGUUUCUUAACGUUAACAAAUGUCAGUAUUAAAAAAAACAAAGGAAUUGAAUUAAAUCCUUUGCAAGUAAAGCACUGCAAUAAACGUGUGACUAGUAAAGCUUAAUAAUGGUUGGGUCUAAUAAAUUUCAAAUAUUUUUGCUCAUUAGCAGCAUAUAGUCAAGUUUGAUUCCCAUUCAGUCAGGUAGUAGCUGUGUAUUUUUAUACCCACGACCUGCAUUGAAAGGGUUAAACAAGUUAAGGCAUGAGAUGUGAUUAUUAAGUGUGUGAUAUUAACGGUGCACAUCUCCAUUUUAUAUAGCAAGGAUUCAAACUACUGUGCCUUAACAUGUUUCUUAAAAAAAAAAAGAAAAAAAAAUUUUUUUGUAGCAAACCAUUGUGUAAAAUCACAUUUUUGAUGAAACCUGCUGUUUAUGUCAGAUUUGUUUUGUGGAGUUUAUAUUUUGUUUUUCUUGUUAUGAAUGUUUUGUUUUCUAACUAUGUCUUGGUAAUUGCAAUUUAACUAGGUGCGGUGGCUACUAAAGUUCGAAGGCAUGAUAUGCGAGUCCAUCCUUACCAAAGGAUUGUGACCGCAGACAGAGGUUAGUUUAGCUAUAUAGUUCUUGAUUAGAAAUGAUUUCUCUGAAAAUUAACUUUACAACACCUUACAUGAUAUGCACAACAUUGUAAAGGGUGGAAUGAUUUAAACCGAUGUAUAUCAAGGGAGUUAAAUGUUUAAUCCUUAAAUUAGCUGUAUGAAUACUGCAAGAUUGGAUCAUUGCAGGAUUUCUGGAUUUCUCUGUAUUCCACUUGUUGCAGUAGGCAUAACACCUAUGUUCAAGGGCUGCUGAAAGACUAGUUGUUUUGGGCACCAGACACUAAAAUAUACUGCUUUUGGUUUUUAUUUUUUUAUUAUUAUUAAAUUUACUUGUAUGUUAAUGCCCAAUCCUUGUCUAUCAGUAGCAACUGGAACAAAAAAAUAAAUCCAUUUUGACAUACAGCCCAUACUUUGAAAAAUGUCCAUGUCAGUGAUGAGAUGAUUCUCGUUGUAGGUGUGUAGCUCUUAGUCUGGUGUUGCAAAGAUAAAAAAAUGAAUGCUUAAAUAUAAAAGUAUAAAUUAAUGCAUCUUAUUGGCUAACUUGAUAUAAACAAACUUAAAUGCACAAAUAUAAAUGUGAAUUUGUCAUUAGAUGAGCAGUACCAAUUCUUAGAUGGCUUCCUUAAAGACUCUUUAUGAAAAGCUUGGUUAAAAGCAACCAUCCAUGCAUUAUGCACUUUAUAGUAAAAUCUCUUUAUAAAUGUAGUUUAAUUCAGUUCACUUUAUUUGAUUUGUAGCUUUCUAUAUCCAUCUUUAAAACUUCCCUUCUGAUGUCUAGUUCAUUUAGUGAACCUCAUUUUAGUGAAGGAGGUCUGGUUACCUUAUAUAGGUAUUGUUCCUAAUAUGGACAUUUUUACAUUCUGGUGCAAUUUUUAAUAAUCUCCAGUUGAAAAUAUGCCAGCUGUCUGUAAGCAGGGAUAUUUGCCCAUUUUUGCCACACCUAUUGUGACAAAAAAAUUUGAGAUUUUUUGGGGAGUUGGGGGGAGGAAGGGGUUGCACUUGUAUACCAAGAUUUCAGAGCCAUGCUUAGAGGGAAAAAAAUGAGGGCAACGUGCACAAACACUACUGUUGUACGGUCUAUAAUGUGGGUACAAGAUGACCUUUUAAAAAAAAAGGCACAAAACCCUACAGUAGUGAAACAGGCAGCAAUGAAUAUUUUGGCAUAAUAAAUACAUUUUGUUUGACAAAGCCCUUCCCCCAAUAACAUUUGGAGUGAUAAUAAAGGGUAAACAUUUAGCCUACAGAUUGUUUUUUAUUGAAGGGGAUUUCAUCGCCCACGCAUUUUGUAAAUAACGUCCUUUGCAAGCAUGUUUGCAUUUAUAAAACAAAUCUGGGUUGUUUUUAUCAAGAUGUUUUAUACACUUUGUUGCAAUUUUACUUUUAUAAUUAAGCUUUCAUUAGUUUCCAAGAACUGUCAGGUAAAUCAUGUAUUACUAUACCCUAUCUGUAGCCUACAAUUUUCAUUUUCAUUGGUAUAACAGACAGAAGUAAUCGUUAUGAACUGUAUAUGGUGUUGCACAAUUGUUAUUCCUGUGGAAGGCCACAGACUUUGCAGAGGAUAUAUCCAAACCAUGUCAAUAUGGCAGACUUAUUCCUACCAAAUGCAGAGUGCACUCUGUUGCCCUUGAAGUUUGAGAGUUUUAAACCUGUAACAAACUCACUUGAGUAAAACUGUUUAAUCCAGUUACAAAUACUACUUGGUUAUGUACAAAUUAAAAUUAUCUUACAUAUCUGACUGUAUACUUUAAUUGUGGGAACUGUGAACCACAUGAAUAUUUAUUUAGUUUUAUUUUCUGCUUGAUCCCAAGCACAACUUUCAACAAGCAUCCCAGUUCUUAAUAAGAACUUAAGGGAGCAUACUGGCAUUUCAGGUUUCUAAUUCAUUGGAAGGGAAAUGUGGUAGUAUGCUUAAAUCCAAUAUAUAAGCCUCUUUUUGAUUUUGUUUUCCCUAUGUGAAGUUGACCAAGGCUUUUGAUACAUUGGUCUUUUAAGACUAAACUAUCUGUGAACCUACUGGAUUUCAUUUUACGAAAUGCCAUAAAUCCUGACUUUGCACUGAAUAGUUCUCACCUUCAUCUCCUCUGCUUUAGUCACAAUGGCAACAGUACAAAAUAAAUCAAAUCAAACCUCAGAAUAUAUAAUUAAGCUGUUGAAAGAGUCUUAAAAAAUACAUUUAUACUACUGUUAAGUGGACCAAGUUUAGUGAAGGAGAGCAAGUGAUUGAGAAAGAAAGCGCUCAAGAGCACUGGGAGUGAUGUUAACUUUCCACUUGAGAACUUUGUUUUAUUUUAAUAUUUUAAAAAAAGAAAAUAGUAUUUACAGAUGGCGUAAGAAAUAUAAAACAAAAAAUAUAAAGCAGGAAUGUAUAUGAAAUGUCAGAUUUUAUUGUAUUUGCAGAGUAUUAGCUUUGAAAUUAAAGAGGGCUGUUUGUAGUUAUACAAUGCUUUAUUAGCUUAUAUUAGUAUUUUUGGAUGUACUUCAAAUUUUGAUUCUAGAGUUAAAAAGAAAGAAAGGCAGGACUUUUUCAGUGUUUACAUACAACUGCAUUUUAUAAGUUUCCUAUGUGUGUAAAUUUUUGUUUUUUUUGUUUUUGUUUUUCAAGUGGAAAUGCUGUCUGUAGCAAUAGUGUUUAGCCGUUCUUGGUUCACAAGACUGGCUACUGUGCUAGACCAGAAUUUAGUGUAUUGCUUUGUAUCAUGAGGCCAAGGUAUCUGUGUUUGUAAAUAGAAAAUGAGCAAUAAAAUUUAUUGAACAAAAACUUGUUUGGCCCAUAGUUUAUGUUAGUUUUUUUAUUUUUUUAUUUAUUUUUUUCUAUUUAACUUUUUUCUUUUUUCAAAACAUUAAAAUAAUCUUUUAGAUCCAUUACUUUUAACAAUCAGUCAAUAAUCACAUCAUCAUUAAUAGAUGCUUCAAUUGCUUGCACCAUUGAGGAGUACUAAUGCUUAAUAGCAGUCAGAUACUAUUGUGUGCACUGACUGUCUCAAAAUUCCUCCUGAGUUCUAAGCUGAUUCAUUUUUUUUGUCUUCAAUUUCCGACUGCUACUAACCAUUAGCCCUUAGUUGUGUUUUUUUUUUUGUUCUUCUUGUUAACCAGUUUUAUGGGUGUGGGCUCCUCCUUCACACAUUCGAAUCAUGGUACUCUGUGUCAUGAUUUUGUUGCAUUCUGUAGAUGGUGUCAAUCAGUAUGUCAGUAUUAAACAUGCUUGUUUUUAUUAGUUGUGAUUAGUUUUUUCAUGUUGUCAUUAAGCAGUCACUAGCUGAAACUAAUAUCUUCUCUAUCUUUUCUUUCUUUUUUUUUCUUUUUCUUUUUUUUAUAUAUAUUUUUUUGUUUUGUUUCUAACCACCCAGCCGCCACCGGCAACUAACCUAUGACCUUCUGACCUCUGAACUCUUCACCCAAUGAUGACCUGACCAUGCCUGCCUGCUGAUCAGUUAACUGGUAAUCGCCUCUGCUUGCCUGUCUUCAGUGCAGGGAGCUGAGGCACUUGUCCGUUCGUCUUACCAUCUAACAAAAAAAGACACACUGAAAAAAAAUUUUUUUCUUCCAACUCAACUUUUUAUUUUUCCCUCUUCGGGUGGGUGAAAGUGAUUCUAGUACCUGCACUGAUAGUAGUAAAGCAAUAAGGUCCAAUUUAGCCCGCACUGAUCAUCCUCUAGUGUCAUAACCAAACGAACGGUAUAAAGGCCUCACCUACAGUACUGGCGAGACAGCUGAUCCUCCACUACCGAUGACAGAGGCAGUUACUGUGAGAGACUUCUAGGAAACCUUUUUAUUUUCUCGUAUAGUGAAGUUAAAAGCUAUCUCUGAAUGUACUGUGUUGUGAUGAUGCAUCAUGCAUGAACCUGUUUGGUCAGGGUUUUUCACUGGUGAAGUACAUACAAAAAAGAGAAAACGAACAAUUUAUUUUAUUUAGAUUUUUUUUAAAUUUGCAUACUGUUAAGUCACUACAGUGCCCCAACAGGGUUAACGUUGCAAUCUUUGUUUUCAUUGUGAUAUUGCCUGCCAAAUUUGUUAUAUUGAUAAGGGUGCCAUGAUUGAUUACAUUUUUAGCAUUGUUUAAACUGAGACUGCAACAUUGAAAUCCACACAAUACAGUUGUGAUGUGAUUAGUGAAACUAUUAUACUUAAAAGCCUCUCUUAUGUGUAUUAUGAAAACAAGGUACAUGCAUUAUGUAUCACAUUACUGGGCAAACUGUUCAAAUAUUUGUUUUUAGACCUCCCUGUAUAGAAAAAUAAGGAUGUAAAAGCCAUGCUUGCCUAUUUGCUGUAUAAUUGUAAUGAAAUUGUAGAUAAGUGUAGUGCAUUGAAGCAAAAUGAACAAAAAAAGUAGAUAAUUUUACUAUACAAGGGUGCUGGUGCAUAAAAAAUAUAUAUUUUUGGAAAUGUAGCAUUUUAUACUUUCAAGUGUUAUAAAAAAAAAAAAAAAGAAAACAAACAAAAAAAACCCUACAAAAACAAACUUUAUUUCAUUGAAUGAUUUUUUUUCUUCUCCCUGGUGAUAGUCAAGAUAUAAGACCAAAAGAGCCUUUUUUCUUUUUUUUUUUUUUUCUCUUUUCAUAGUUUCAGUAUUGGAAUAAGUCUAAGAAAAGAAAGUGCCUUAUUUUUCUCCAUUAUCAUUAUGUCCCAUGUGACCUGCUCGUUGUCUUGUAUAACUCUGAAAUAAAAAACAAUGCUCUAGGAUAAAUGGGAUGUACAACCUAUUGCCAAGCAGAUUUCCCAAGGUUCCAUCUGGCACUCAAGAUGUUCAAUAAAAGUCAAUGCAUGACAGCCCCCCACCCCCCAAGUAAAUAUGUUUAAAGAUAUUUGGUCAAACAUAGAUGUUGAGUUUUAAACAACAUGGUCUUUGCUACAAAAACAAUUUUUCUUAGUUCUUAGUUAUUAGUUAUAAAAGAUGAGGAAAGUCCCACAUUACGUCAGAAACACACUGCCGUGAAGAUUUAGCUUGUGUGCAGGGCAUAGCUUAAUUGUUAUCUCGUCACCUUGAAGUGAUGUAUUAAAUUUUUAUGCUUCUAUAUAUAAUUUUUCAUACUUCAUAAAACAUGGAGUUUAGGUGGAUAGGAUUGUUGUGUAUAUUUAAAGAUACACAAUGUUUUAGGACUAUAUAAUCCACUAAAAAUAUAUCAAUGUUUGUAAACAUUUCUCUUAUCUAAGAAUUCACUAAUUAGAUGUGGCAAAGACCUGAUGACUGGCUAUCAUUCCUCCACACUCUUUCAUUGUUUUAAACUUUUCCCUUUUACCGAUCAGCAGUAAGCCCAGAACAUUGUAUUUUGAAGCACCUUUCAGGUGGUUGCAUUUGCCAUCUUUUGUCAUUGAAAACAAUCUAUCAAUUAAUUUACUAUGCAACACAUAUUCAUCUUUUUGUAUUAAGCAGCAGUAGCUUUUAUUUACCAUACCACCAGCUUCGUCUUCCUGUUUAUAUUGUUGUGCUGUUGAUUUUCCUCCCCCCCCCCCUGUCUUUAAAAGAGAGUGGUUUGAUCAAAUUUUGCGACACUCAAGUAUUUACAGAGAGAUCUACCAAUAUACAUGGCAGUAUUUGAUCCAGUUUCAUCUCAGCUGUGAUUAUCCUGGACAUUUUUAGAGAUUUUUUUUUAUUUUAUUUUUUAUUGUGGGAAUAAUGGAAAAUCUGCAAGUCUAUAAAAGAGGCAUAAUAACCCUUAGGUGAUGUUUUAGUAUGAAGAAUUAAAUAAAAAUAAAAAAAAGAAUGGGUCAAUGUUGGAAAAAAAAAGCAUGGGAUUUUAAAUCUGAAAAUGCCUUGGUUCUCAGUAUUAUGACUUUUUUAUGGUUUUAUUCUUUGUGUUUGUUUUUCUGACUUUUUUGCUUUGACAGUAUUACGUACUUUAUUUUUUUUUAGUAUGGGUAGAUGGGAGUGUCGCUGAUAUGUAACCUUAGAGAUGACAUGUACUUGUCUAUUCUUUAUAACCUUAGUAGUUUCAUGCUCUGUAUGUAUCAUAACCAACCUAUUGCCUAAAAGAACCUGUAAGAUAAUGUAUUUACAGCCAUUGUUACAAGUUUAUAAUGUAUUUUUCUAUCUUGUUUUAUAUGUAUGUUAUAUAACAUUCAAAUGAAUUUUUUCCUGACUGAGAAAGGAUACAAAAAUGCAAAACCCACAUUUUUGAUAACUAAAAUAUGCCAAUUGUUUUGCAGUACUUUAUUAUAUCCAGGAGUGUUGUCUUUCUUGGCUUUUAGUUAGCUACUGGAUGACAUUAGACAUCUGUUUUUACAUGGCUUGCAUUUUAAUUCUUUGGUUCUUUGCGGUUUCUAUUAACCCCAUAGCAUUAUUUUAAUAAAUGUUAUAAUACCAAGAUACUAACUCUGGACUUUGUCUGUUCAUUAACAAUGUACGUUUCAUUAAAGUAAAAUCUAGAAAGACAAAAAGAAUGUUACAGUCUUGAGUUACUAGACUAACACUGAAAAGCGUGACCACAGAUAACCCAGCGUUAAUUGUUUUAAUAUUGUUUGUCGGCUGACAUUCUGCACACUACUAUUAAAAGAGCUUCAGUCAAUCUGGCCUUAUGUCUUGCCAGUAUAUGCCAGUAGAGAUGGGAACAAUUUUUUUUUCUUUUCUUUACACCAGGUGUAGAGUAUUGCCACUUGCCCUUUUAGCAUCUGCAUUACUAAUGACACACUUUACUGUUUUAUUCUUCAUAUAAUCAGCUCUUUGCAAAUGAAUAAAUUAGUCUUCAUAAAUCCUUGAAUAACACACUUUACUUUAGUGCUUCUUCUGAAACCAGUUUGAUUCCACAUUGAUGUGAAUAUGAUUGUAUCUAAAACCAAAUUCAUUCUGCUUUGCCUUAAAUUAUUGCAUUUUUACAGCAUUUGCAUAUCUGCUUUCAUAUUCCAAUCAUUUUCCAUAUUAAUCUUUACCUUAUUUAAGCCAUGGUAUUUAACUUGUCAAAGACUGUUCUUUUUUUUUAAAUCAGUAUUUUAGCAAAGUUUCUGCUCAAAAUAUAUUUUUUACAUCUAGUAGAAUAUAUCCAGUAUUUUUAAUUAAAAAAAAAUAAAAAAAUCUGAUAGUUAGAUUGCUGUAUCAGUAGUAGAGAACACUAUAUUCAAUCCAAAAAAACAAAAAAUAAACACACACACAUACAUAUAUAUUUUCUUAAUUUAAAAAAAAAUUCUAAUUUAGUGCAGAUUAAACUCAAUAUUGACAUGUUUAUCGUAUUAGGUCAUUCUGAGGUAUUGAAUUGAGCAAACACUUUGACAAGAAUUGAUACGAUUUUAUAUUAUUCACCUGUGGAGUAUAUACUUCAACCUUACACUCUGUAUUUUCAGGGUUUUAUAAGGAUUAAAAAAAAUAAUAAUUUGGUAUAAACAGGGUGAUUGCAAAACUAGCAUGAUUUGACUUUAAAUGCAAAUAAAGUCAUAUAUAUAAGUGGCAUCAUAGACAACAGUUCUCAUAAAGAAACGAUUUUAUUUAAUAGCAAUUUUAUAAUAACAUUGACAGGCAUAUUUAAAAAGAUGCAGUCUUAUACUUUAAUUUUUGUUGAAAAGUAUGGGUAUUUCAGAAAACAAAGAUUUCACUUGAGUUGUCAGAAUUAUGUUUAUAAUACCUUCUUUAAAAUUGUGUUAACAAAAGCAUGUCUUUGAGAUUUGAGUAAUGUCUUUGAGAUUUUUUUCAUUGUAAAGUGAGUGAACAUUGCAUUGUAUGUUUAUUUUAAGCCCUAAUACUUCAUUAGGCAUAGCAUUUAUCAUUGAUCAUAAUGAUUGCUUAUUAGUGAUGUCCCGAAUGGUUCGCCGCGGACUCAUCAUUGAGUAAACUUUGACCCUGUACCUCACAGUCAGCAGACACAUUCCAGCCAAUCAGCAGCAGACCCUCCCACCUCCUGGACAGCAUCCAUUGUGAAGCUGCAUUCUUAGUGAGCUGUGCAGGAGGUGGGAGAGUCUGGGAGGGAGGGUCUGCUGCUGAUUGGCUGGAAUGUGUCUGCUGACUGUGAGGUACAGGGUCAAAGUUUACUCAAUGAUGAGUCCGUGGCGAACAGUUCGGGACAUCACUAUUGCUGAUACAUUUUAUUGCUUAAUGAAAUAUUUAGGUUACAACUUACUAUGGAUGCCCAUAUAGUGUAGCAUCUACUUCCCAGCCUACUUCGCUCUCCUACCUAGUACAUGCUUGGGAACACUUUCCUAGUCCAAUUAUGUUAGAAGUGGGCAGUAGGUAGGCAGAGACAGGAGUGUUGGUGGCUAUGAGAGGGAACAAGCGAGAUGCCUGUUGGAGGGCUCUCCUGCCUCUCUUGUCAAUCAAUUCAUGGCAUAGAUAUUUAUGCGAACAGCAUCAUCUUCUAUCAGGAGAAUUGAGUUAUAGGUGGGCAGAGACAGUAGUUUAAGAUAAAAUAUCUUUAAAAAUUUUUUUAUUUUUUUUAAAUCUUGCAAAUCAACGGUAUGUUUAGAUUAAAUGUUAUGCUCUAAAAAGAGCAAAAGUUGUGUAUACCAUGACAGGUAUACUUUAACCCAGUAGUUCAGAACAAUUUCUCCAUACGUGUGGUCAAGAGACAAUAAAACUAUUUUAACUAAUUACAUAUUUACAUUGAUAUUGAAGCAUGCAUAUUACACAACAUAUAUACAUAUACAAACUUGUAAACUAAAGUGAAUUUGAGAGAAACACUUUCAAUUUGCUUGAAAUAUUUCAAGGUGUUUGUUUUUUUGCUCCUCAAUCCAAAAUAUUAUUUGACACAUAAAGAAUUUAUGAACUUCAAAAAAAUCUCAGAUAAUGCUGCUACAUAUCGCUUUGUGAAACCUUUAAAGUAUACAUUUUUAUUUUUUUAUUUUUUAAAGAGGAAAAUGUAUGGGUUUUAAACAUCCCUUGUACUGUGGGUUUAUUUUUAAAUCAACAGAUUCUAUAGGUUCUGCUUGUUUUUUUUUUCUUUUUCUAAUGGUACCUGUUGGUAAAGAUUCCACAUUUAUUUAUUAUAUAUUUAUUAUUGUAAAUGUAAAAAUAAAUAACUGUCUUCUAAAUGAUGCAGUUUUUUGGAGUUCUUUAAUAUUCUGAAACAACCAAAAAAUAUAUACUUGGGAAAUUUUCAUUAACAUUAUGCUAUCUCAUUAAUAUUCUAAUGCACAUGUGUUGGCUAUUUAUAGCCAACCUUCCAAUGACCAAUCAGGUAUUGUCAUGACUAGUAAUAUGCAACAGAAAUAUCAGUCCUGAAUCUGAAUAGUAUUGCUCGGUUUUGCAUUCAUAGAAUUUUACUCAAGGUUUUCAUUGACUUCCAUAAAUUAUUUUUGCUUUGCCUUUUCUAAACCUCAAGCAAUUUAAUUGUCUUGAAUGAGUUAGUCAUGGUGUAUUUGACUUAAUGUGAUCAAUUUUCCUGCUUUCCUGUAUUUUAUUUUUUAUACAUAAAAUGUUAGCAAAUCCUGAUAUGACUAAAGUAUUUUCUGCAAUUUUACACUUUUGUGGAGUACCAAAUCAAUGUCUUAAUUAGUGUGAGCCAGUUAUGCACUUAUAAUUCUACUCGCCCAUACAGCCUGCUUUCGGAUUAUUGCUCACUCUAUGUUGUGUAAAUAUUUAUAAAAAUAGUUCAAUUACAUACCAUUCACAUGUCAUGACCUAUUCACCUAUUUAGAAAGAAUCUGGAAUUCACAAAACAUGUUGAUGUCAUGAUCCACUUCAACUAAAUUUACUACUGGAUAAUUUAAUGGUAAAUAUGCAAAUUAAGGUAAAUAAUAUCAAAAUAAUGUCUCCUCCAUAAUGGACUUCUGAGCUGAUGUACCCAAAUCAAGUGAAUGGCUUCCUGUUGCAGUGGUUUAUGUAAGUGUGGUAUAUGUGCAGGUAAGUGCUGGAUGACUAUUGAAUUAUCUAUUGUGUUUUGGAUUUUUUGUUGGGGGGGGGGGAGGUUAUUUGUUGAUUAAUAUGUACUGAAAUAUAAUUUUUUUUUUAAAAUAAAUGGGAGAGGGGAGAAACGGUCUUGCCUAGAAUGUGUAGUUACUAAAGAAAGUACUUUAAAGUAAGUUAAUUUGUCAUAAUUGUGGAAGAACCUCCUAUUUCCGGGUGUUUGUUUUUUAGUACUUUUAGGUCAAACCUUAUGAGGAGUAAAGUGCUGUUUUGACUGUGAAAUAUUGUAAUACAGUUAAAAAGAAAAUCUAAAUUGUUUUCAGACUUGCAGAUUUGUCUUAUUUAUUAUUUAUUGUGCUUCUUUUGGGGUAGCAUAGAAGCCCUUUUAAUUACACUCAUCAUAACCCACCAAUUGAAAAACUUGACACGAUUUACAUGUAAAAUGAAAAUAUUCAUCUAAUAAUUUAAUCACAAAGUUGUGUAAAUGUUAAUAAUUAUGUUGCAUUUUACUGUACAUUUUAAAAGGCUGAUGUUUCCUACUACUGUAGAGAAUAGCUAUACAUUCAGUACAUGGAACCUGCAAAAUGAAUCUCGGUGACUACACGGCAUGCGUAGUGACUGGUUCACUAACUAGAUUGUUUUGCUUGAAUUUUCCAGUCAUAUUAUUUUGUAAACGAAAACACACCAGUUAAUUCACAUUCUUCAUCCCAACCAAUUCAUUUUUUCUUCUACUUCACCUAUGAGGAGUUUCAUUAAAGUUUCAUUCCGAUCAACGUAUUUUUCUAGUAUUCUUUAAUGUUAUUUACCGGUAUGCAAAUUUCUUGCACUCUGAAAUAUUAUUUGGACAAAUGCAAACAUGGCCAACCAGUAAUGGCCACCAACUUUAUAAAAACAAUAACUUUUUUUUUCUUUUUUUCUUUUGAUUGCAAAAAAUAACUUCGUCAGAAGAAAAUACAAACUUUUAUUUGAAGAAUACAUUUUUAAGGAUUUAUUUAAAAGAACACGCCAAGCACAUGAAGCACAUCAGAUUUCAUUUUAGAAAAGUACCAAAUUCAGUAGUUUUCAGCAAUUUUAUACUUCAUUCUUGUAAGUUCCUUCUCGGCUGUCAAGAUAUAAGGUGUAUUUUUCCAUCUAGCUUAGUCUCUUGAGUAAAGCUUAUAGUGUCAGGCGCUUGCUCUACUUUUGCUACUUUUCAAUGACCUGUAUUAAAGCUUAUUGAGAAGUCUGUGAUUGGUCAUUCUUGUGCACACGCAGCCAGUCAGCAAGGCUUCUCAAAGGGAGACUUUCUCAUCUGUUUCAGGGUUAGCAAUAGCUACAUGUACUAAAUGUUUUCAUAAGAUGUGCCCAAAAAAAAAAAGUGUGUUUUUUGGGAAGAUAUCAGUUUUGGUUUUUUCCUUCAUUUGAGUGUUCU